GAGCAGUUGGAGCAUUCCCAGCCUCGCCUCGGGUGGAGGGAUUGCGGGGAGGGAAAGCAAAACUACACGGCUUCUAUCUGUGUAGUUUUGUUUUUGUCAGGGAAUAUUUCGAGGCUCGACCGUUCUCACCUUGGAUUUUUCUGCACAAACCUUUCUGGAUAAGGGGGCUGCUGCCCGUUAGUCAGUCGGGCUCCGUCCCAUCACUUCCAGGCACUCUUGUGGAAACAAGGUGCCGACCACCAUGUCAACACAAGCGCCAACGUUUACACAGCCGCUACAGAACGUCGUGGCACUGGAGGGUAGUGCCGCUUCGUUCGAGGCUCAAAUCAGUGGUUUUCCAGUUCCUGAGGUGAGCUGGUUCCGUGAUGGCCAGGUUCUUUCCGCCGCAGCUCUGCCCGGCGUCCAGAUCUCGUUCAGCGACGGCCGCGCUGUUCUGAGGAUCCCCGCUGUGACCGCCGCACACAGCGGACGCUUUUCUGUCAGAGCCACCAACGGCGCUGGACAAGCCACGAGCACCGCUGAGCUCCUGGUUACAGCGGAGACGGCGCCUCCCACCUUCCUUCAGAGGCUGCAGACCUCCACAGUGAGGCAGGGCAGCCAGGUGAGGCUGAACGUCAGAAUCACAGGCAUCCCCACACCUGUAGUCAAGUUCUACAGGGAGGGAGCCGAGAUCCAGAGCUCUGCCGACUUCCGGAUCCUGCAGGACGGAGACCUGUACAGUCUGCUGAUUGCAGAGGCCUUCCCAGAGGAUUCUGGGACGUAUUCUGCAACAGCCACCAACAGCAGUGGACGGGCCACGUCUACCUGCGAGCUGCUGGUUCAAGGAGAAGAACCAGUUCCAGCAAAGAAAACCAAGACGGUGAUUUCAACUGCUCAGAUUUCACAGACCAGAGUCACAAGAGUGGAAAAGAAGAUGGAGUUCGAACUGGCUCAGACACUUGGUCACAAGACUCCACCCAGAGUUCCACCCAAACCUUCGUCAAAGUCCCCCACCCAGCCCUCGCUGGUCCCCAAGGUGACCGCAGGGCGCCAACAGUCACCGUCACCUGUCAGACACGUGAAGGCUCCCACGCCCACAACUGUCAGGCCGGUAAAGUCUCCCGUCACCACGAGGAAGCAGCCUGCCCCCGCCGCUGAAGUCCCUCCACCAUGGAAGAGAGGAGAUGAUGGCAUGAAACCAGUUCAUCAACCAGUCAUAGACUCCAAAGAGGCUGAGGGAGGGACAAAAGCUGGGGCGGUGGCCAAAGUGGUGGCCGCCGUUGACCUGGCUAGUAUUCGCCAACCCGUGCAUGUCGAAGGCGGUCGAGCUGAAGAGGUGGAGGCUGUAGAGGCUGAAAUGAGGCAGCAGACAGUUGCUAUGUCUGCCGAUCAACAGUAUCAGAUUGGCUGGACGUCAACGAGAAUGCAGGCUGGUCAAAUGCUCACUGCUGCUCAGGAGUUCACAUCUGACCUGCAGGCUCAGAUUCAGAGAGGGACAGAAAUCUCCUCCAGAGUGGAAACUGGUCUCACUCCGUCUCCAGUUCCACAAUUCAUGGUUUCUAAAGUUUCUGUCCCCAAACCAGAGUCUGUUGGGGAGGUGUCCAUCGCCGGCUCAGCUAUCGCCACUCUGCAGAAAGAGUUAUCCUCAUCUCCUUCUAGAAAGAUCAUCAAACCGGUCAAGUCUCCCAGUCCGUCUCUUAAAGUUGUUAGGACCAGUGAGAUGCUGGAGUCCAUCCCACCGCCUUUCAAAGAAUCCAUUGAGUCGUAUCGCUCUGGCACCCAGGUUCAGACGGGGGUCGCCUACAUGGUGGGGAUGGACAGAGUUUAUGAGGACUGGAGAGUCAAGGUGCCAGAGGCAGCAGCUGUACCGUCUGCAGGUGGCGCUGUUGUCCCACCCACUUUGGUCUCUGGCUUGAAAAACACAAACGUGACAGAGGGCGAGUCGGUGACCUUGGAGUGUCAGAUCAGCGGUCAGCCCGCCCCCGUCAUCAUGUGGUUCAGGGAGGACUACAAGAUCGAGAGCUCCAUUGAUUUCCAGAUCAGCUACGUGAGCGGAUCUGCUCGGCUGGUGAUACGUGAGGCUUUCGCUGAAGACAGCGGACGCUUCACUUGUACAGCCACCAACGAGGCCGGAACCAUCAGCACCUCCUGCUACCUGCUCGUCCAGGUGUCUGAGGACAUCGAGGGCAAGCAGGAGGUCGUUUCCACUGAAGUUACUCAAGUUACAGUAGAAGCUAAAGAAGAGACCGAAGUGAGUGUGGUUGAGCCGGAUUCCCCUGCUGCUGCUCCCAUCUUCAUUAAGACACCCGUCGUUCAGAAGCUGGUGGAAGGAGGAAGCGUUGUGUUUCAGUGUCAGGUGGGCGGAAACCCCAAGCCUCACGUUGUCUGGAAGAAGAGUGGCGUGCCGCUCACCACCGGAUACAGGUAUAAAGUUGCCUACAAGAAAGAGACCGGAGAGUGCAGAUUGGAGAUCUCGAUGACCUUUGCAGACGAUGCAGGAGAAUAUUCUGUCUUUGCCAAGAAUCAGCUUGGAGAAGUCUCAGCCUCCGUCAGUCUUCUGGAGGAAGAGGAAUAUGAAGCGUACAUGAAGAAACAGGAAGUGACAGCUCCAGUGCAGGAGCCCAAACCUGGAGACAUUCCCCCUAUCACAGUGGAUACAAUGACCACCGUUAUCUCCGGACAGGAAUUCCAUUUGUCUGCCAUGGAGCUGAGAAUCAUUCAGGAGAUCGAGCUCACCAUCAUGAAGAUCACCUACAGAGAGAUUAUAACCGAGGAUGGAGAGUUGAUGGUGACCGCCACUGCCACUGAGGCAGUGCAGCCAGCCUUCGACACUCCGGUCAAAAACUACAGGAUCAUGGAGGGAAUGAGCGUCACCUUCCACUGCAAGAUGUCUGGAACGCCGCUCCCCAAGAUUGCUUGGUUCAAAAAUGGCCAGCGCAUCAGGCCCGGUGACCACUACCAGAUGGAGGUCCUCCAGGAUGGACGAGCCAGCCUCCGCCUGUCUAUGGUGCGACCAGAAGAUGAAGGCGUGUACACUGCCUUCGCCACCAACAUGAAAGGAAAUGCUGUCUGCUCAGGGAAGCUCUAUGUGGAGUCAUCUGCAGCCGCUCCUCAGAGAUACACACCACAGCCUGCAGUGCAGAGGAUCAGAUCCACGUCACCUCGUUCUCUGAGCCGCUCUCCUGGCCGAUCACCCAGCCAUUCACCCGGACGAUCUCCCGCUCGGCGGCUUGAUGAGACUGAUGAACAACAGCUGGAAAGACUUUACAAACCCGUAUUUGUCAUGAAGCCUACUGCAUGUAAAUGCUCUGAGGGACAAACUGCCAGAUUUGACCUGAAGGUUGUUGGCCGACCAAUGCCUGACACUUAUUGGUUCCACAAUGGGCAACAGAUUGUUAGUGACCACACCCAUAAGAUUGUGGUUAAAGAGGAUGGGACUCAGUCCCUGAUCAUUGUCCCAGCCAUGCCCCAUGACUCUGGAGAAUGGACAGUUGUGGCUCAGAACAGAGCCGGGCGCUCAUCCAUCUCCGUCACUCUCACAGUUGAUGCUAAGGAAACCUUGGUCCGUCCCCAGUUUACUGAGAAACUGAGGAACAUCAGUGUGAAGGAGGGCACUCUGGUUGAGCUGGCUGUUAAAGCCAUUGGAAACCCACUGCCUGACAUCGUCUGGCUGAAAAACAGCGACAUCAUCACCCCACACAAGCACCCACACAUUAAGAUUGAAGGAACCAAAGGAGAGGCCAAAUUCCAAAUCCCCUCAGCAGGCGGACCAGACAGUGCCUGGUACACCGCCACAGCCAUCAACAAGGCUGGCAGAGACACCACCCGCUGCAGAGUCAAUGUGGAGGUUGAAUAUGUUGAGCCUGAACCAGAGAGGAAGCUCAUUAUUCCCAAAGGAACCUACAAGGCCAAAGAGAUCAGCCCUCCAGAGCUGGAGCCUCUUCACCUCCGUUAUGGCCAAGAGCAGUGGGAGGAGGGCGACCUUUAUGACAAGGAGAAGCAGCAGAAACCAUUGUUUAAGAAGAAGCUCACAUCUGUCCGAAUGAAGCGCUUUGGUCCGGCCCACUUUGAGUGCAGGCUGACUCCGAUUGGAGACCCCACCAUGGUGGUGGAGUGGCUGCAUGACGGCAAGCCUCUGGCUGCUGCCAACAGGCUGCGUAUGGUCAAUGAGUUUGGCUACUGCAGCCUGGACUAUGAGGUUGCUUAUGCAAGAGACAGUGGUGUGAUCACCUGCAGAGCAACCAACAAGUUUGGAGUCGACCAGACCUCGGCUACCCUGAUCGUCAAGGAUGAGAAGGGCCUUGUUGAGGAAUCUCAGCUUCCUGAAGGCAGAAAGGGAGUUCAACGAAUUGAUGAAAUGGAACGGCAGGCUCAUGAAGGUGGACCUUAUGGAGUAACUGCUGAAGAAGAAACAGAGAAAAUGAAACCUGAGAUUGUCCUUCUCCCUGAGCCUGUCAGGGUUGUGGAAGGUGACACAGCCAGGUUCCGCUGCAGAGUGACCGGCUACCCGGCUCCAAAGGUUAACUGGUACCUUAACGGACAACUCAUCCGCAAAAGCAAGAGAUACAGACUUCGUUACGAUGGUAUUUACUACCUGGAGAUUACAGAUAUCAAAUCCUAUGAUUCAGGAGAGGUAAAGGUUAUAGCUGACAACAACCUGGGUUCAGCUGAAUAUGUUGUGAAGUUGGAGAUUCAACAGAAGGAAGACUUCAGAACUCAUCUGCGCCGUGCUGCUGAGGGUAAAGCAAGCGAAGCUCCUGCUGAGUCAGGAAGAGUACCAUUUGAGGUGGUGAAGGCUGAGCAGCCCACUGAAGACACUCAGCUGAAGGAGGUGGUCAAGCUUAAGAAAGCCCAGAGAAUUGUCCACGAAAAAGCCGUAGAAGAGUCUGAGGAACUGAGGAGCAAAUUUAAGCGCAGGACAGAGGAAGGCUAUUAUGAGUCCAUCACUGCUGUUGAGCUCAAGUCACGUAGGAGAGACGAUUCUUAUGAAGAUCUGCUACGGAAGACAAAAGAGGAGCUUCUUCAUCAUGCAAAGGAAAAGGAGGAGGCUGAGAAGAAGAAGGAGGAAGAGCGCCUCAAACUAACUGCGAAACCUCUGAAACCAGAAAGGAUCAAGCUUUCACCCAGCAUGGAAGCUCCUAAGAUCCUGGAGCGCAUCACCAGCCAGACAGUUGCACUGGGAGAUGAAGUCAAAUUCAGAGUCAGAGUUGUUGGUAGACCAGAUCCUGAGUGCCAAUGGUUCAAGAAUGGUGUUCAGCUGGAAAAAUCAGACCGCGUUUACUGGUUCUGGCCUGAAGACCAUGUGUGUGAACUUGUGAUCAGAAACGUGUCAGUCGAGGAUUCAGCUAGCAUCAUGGUUAAGGCAACCAACAAGGCUGGAGAGACAUCCAGCCAUGCUUUCCUGCUGGUGCAAGCAAAACAAGUCAUCACUUUUACACAGAAGCUUGAGGAACUCAACGCCAAAGAGAAGGACACCAUGGCUACAUUUGAGUGUGAAACUAAUGAGCCUUUUGUUAAGGUUAAAUGGCUCAAGAACAACAUGGAGAUCUUCUCAGGAGAUAAAUACAGGAUGCACUCUGACAGAAAGGUCCACUUCCUCUCUGUGCUGAUUAUUGACAUGAGGGAUGAUGCAGAAUAUUCAUGCGCAGUUGUAGAUGAUGAGAGCAUCAGAACCAGCGCCAAACUCAAUGUUGAAGGAGCUCCUCUGGAGAUGGUGAAGCAGCUGGAGAACACCGAGGUGCCUGAGACGUACUCUGGAGAAUUUGAAUGUGUUGUAACUCGUGAAGAUGCUGAAGGCACCUGGUACUUUGAGGACAAGCUGCUCUCUCCCAGUGGUAAAUAUGUCAUGACCUCCCGCCGUGGAAGACACAGUCUGUCUGUGAAAGAUGUCAAGAAGGAAGACCAGGGCAAAUAUACCUUCAAAGUGGGUGAAUUCACAACAACUGCCUCACUAAAGAUGAAAUUGCGACCCGUCACCCUGGUUCAGCCUUUGACGGACCUGACCGUUUGCGAGGGUGAUAUUGCCCAGCUUGAGGUCAAGUUCUCACAGGAAAAUGUUGAAGGCAGCUGGAAGAAGAACGGACAACCAAUUACAGCUUCUGACCGUGUUCACAUUGUUAUUGAUAAACAAGUCCACAAACUCCUGAUUGAAGAUGCUAUCAAGGAUGACUUUGGAUCAUAUUCAUUUGUGGCUCCUGAUCAUGAUAUCACAACCACUGCAAAGCUGUUGAUUCAGAGUAUUGGCAUCUUGGUUCCAUUAAAGGAUGCAUCUACCAUUGAAGGCACCAAGGCUGUCCUGGAGGCCAAGAUCUCUGCUCAGGAUGUUAGCUCUGUCAAGUGGUACCACAAUGACAAUUUGUUGGUGCCCAGUGACCGGGUCUGCAUGGUGGCAAAGGGAACCAAGCAGCGUUUGGUUUUCAGCAGGACCUAUGCUUCUGAUGAGGGUCACUACAAACUGGCUGUUGGCAGAGUGGACACCAGCUGCAAACUCUCUGUGGAGCCUGUGCAGAUCCUGAAGCCCAUGAAGGACAUGGAGUGCUCCGAAUCUGAGAACGUCUCCUUCGAAGUUGAGGUUUCCCACCCAGGUAUCGACCCCUACUGGACUUUCAAGGACCAGCCACUCAAAGCCAGCGGCAGCCACAAGAUGGAAACCAAGAAUAAGCACCACACCCUGACAGUCAUCAACGCGAUGAAGGAUGAGGAGGGCGAGUACAUGUUCGCUGCUGGUGAGAAGACGUGCAGAGCUUCACUUACUGUGACAGGUGGUGCCAUCAAGAAGCCUUUGCGAGAUCUGGUUGUGGCUGACUCCCAGACUGCUGUGCUGGAGUGUCAAGUCGCAAACCCAUCUGCUGAAGGAAAGUGGCUGAAGGACGGACAGCCUGUCGAUUUCAGUGAGAAUGUGCUGAGUGAGGUGGACGGUGCCGUGAGACGUCUUGUUAUAGUUAUCACAAAAGCCACGGAUAUCGGAGAGUACACCUACCAAGUAGCCACGUCCAAGACCACCGCCAGUCUGAAAGUUGAAGCUGUAAAAAUCAAGAAGACCCUGAAGAACUUGAAUGUGGUCGAGACUCAGGAGGGCGUGUUCAGUCUGGAGCUGACCCAUGAGAACGUCAGGGGAGCACAGUGGAUCAAGAAUGGUGUUGAGAUCCAGCCCAGUGAGAAGUUUGAGAUCAGCAUGGAGGGCACAGUUCACACACUGAAGAUCAACAACUGCUCCACACAAGACGAGUCAGUUUACUCCUUCAAACUGGGAAAGCUGUCUGCAAACGCCAGACUUAAUGUUGAAACCCUUAAGAUCCUGAAGAAGCCAAAGGAUGUGACAUCACUGCUGGGUGCAACAGCUAUGUUUGAAGUGGGCAUCUCUGAAGACAACAUCCCAGUUAAAUGGAUGUUCAAGAACACUGAGCUGAAGCCAAACGAGCACUACACCAUGCUGUCUGAGAAAAGGACGCACAAAUUACUUAUCCAGGAUGUGGACAGCAGCAAAGAGGGAGAAUACACUGUGGUGAUUGGUCACCUUCACUGCAGUGCUCACCUCACUGUUGAGUCUCUGCGGGUGACCAAACCCCUUAAGAACGUGGAGGUCCCUGAAACCCAGGUGGCCUCUUUCGAGUGUGAAGUUUCUCACUUCAACGUGCCGUCCACCUGGCUAAAGAACGGCGUCGAGAUUGAGAUGAGUGAGAAGUUCAGGAUCGUGGUUCAGGGGAAACUCCACCAGCUGAAGAUCAUGAACACCAGCAGGGACGACUCUGCAGAGUACACCUUCGUCUGUGGGAACGACAAAGUGUCAGCAACGCUCACUGUCAACCCUAUUCUGAUCACAACAAUGCUGGAGGACCUGAAUGCUCAGGAGAAGGACACCGUCACAUUUGAGGUGAACGUCAACUACGAGGGAAUCACUUACAAAUGGCUCAAGAACGGCGUGGAGAUCAAAUCCACAGACAGAUGCCAGGCUCGCUGCAAACAGUUCAAUCACACUCUGAGCCUCAGGAACGUCCACUUUGGAGACAGCGCCGAGUACACCUUCACGGCCGGGUCCGCAGCUACUACAGCUAAACUCUAUGUGGAGGCUCGUGUGAUUGAAUUCACUAAACACCUGAAGGACCUGAAGAUCACAGAGAAGAAGAGGGCGACCUUUGAGUGUGAAGUUUCUGAGCCGAACGUCCAGGUGAUGUGGAUGAAGGACGGCCAGGAGCUGGAGAUGUCUGACAGGUACAAAAUGACCUCAGACAACUUUGCGCAUCGUCUGGUUCUGCCGUCUGUCCGCAUGUCUGACGCCGGCGAGUACACGGCUGUAGCCGGGUCGAGCAUGUCUGUUGGACACCUGGGAGUCGAGGGACGAGAUGUUAAAAUCUCUGAACCUGAAAGCAGAGACAUUACAGUGGUGGAGAAACAAAGAGCAACGUUUGAGUUUGAGGUAAACGAGGAUGAAGUGGAGGGUCACUGGCUGAGGAAUGGAGCAGAGAUCCACUUCACAGAGGAAGAGAGGUUCAACUACGCCACCAUCAGGAAGCUGCAUCGCCUCACUAUCUCUGAGACGUUCAGGAGCGAUGCUGGAGAGUACACCUUCAUCGCUGGCAAAAACCGCAGCACCAUGAACCUUCAUGUGAGAUUGCCAGAGCCGCCUCAGAUCGUACGCCACAUGCAGGCCCAAACGGUGAUGUCGGGUCGGUCUGUGCGCUUCUCGGCGCAGGUGAGCGGCCUUCCUCAGCCUCAGGUGACCUGGUACAAAGACUCCCAGCUUCUCUCCACAAGCUACAAAUGCAAGUUCCUCCACGACGGAGACGAGCACACACUACUGCUGCUGGAGGUCUUCCCCGAGGACGCAGCCGUCUACAGCUGCGAGGCCAAGAACGACUACGGAGAGGCAACAAGCUCCGCCCCUCUCACUGUGGAAGUUCCUGAAGUGACUGAAACGGUUCGGAUUUCUCCUCCGGUUCUGAUCACUCCCAUGAAGGACGUUCUGGUCUCAGAGGGACAGCCUGCCCAGCUGAAGUGCACUGUCUCUGGGGAAGAUCUGCAGAUUUCUUGGUUCUGUAAGGACAAAGAGAUCCGUCAGUCUGACAUCUUCAGGAUGUCUCAUUUGGAUGAAAUCUGCCUGCUGGAGAUUUCCAGAGUCCUCCCUUCACAUGAGGGAGAGUAUUCCUGCAUUGCCACAAACAUAGCAGGAAUGGUCACAUGUUCUGCCACUUUGAACCUUGAUGUAACCGAAGUGGAGAAGGAACCAGUGGUAAAGGAGGAAGUUAAAGCCUUUUCCAGCUCAACGUUCACAGUGGAAGAGGAAACCCAGGAGUCAUACUACACUGGCUUAAAAUUACCCGACAAAACCAGAACACUUGAACUCAAACCAGAAACUAAGCGCUUCUCCAGCUCUUUGGAGAGGAAAAAAGAAAAACCUGUUUUCCUUAGCAAACUUUCUCCAGCAGCUGCAGCUGUUGGAGAAACUUUUGCCUUUACUGUCAAAGUGUCCGGAUUCCCAAAGCCCACUGUUCAAUGGUUCCACAAUGGGCAGACAAUAACCAGUUCAUCAGUUUAUACAUUUAUUCAUGAACAAGAUGAGUACAGUUUAGUUAUUAACAAAGUUCAACGAGAAUUUGAGGGAGAGUACUCCUGCACAGUCAGCAACAGAUUUGGCCAGUCGACUUGCUCUUCUUAUCUUCAUGUUCAGUUAAAGGAACCAGAAGGGGAGAAAAGGGUUGAUGACAAAGCACCUGCAGCAACUGGUCAACCUCCAAAGUUCAUGAAAGCUAUAGAGUCAGUUCAGUUAUCAGAGGGUGGGCAGUGUUUUUUCAGGUAUGUGUUGACUGGAGAGCCUCUCCCUGAUGUUCAGUGGUUCAAAGGAAGCAUCCAUAUUGAGCCUGCUGGCUUUAACAUGAUGGUGAACAACCCAGAUGGAUCAGGCUUUUUCAGUAUCGUGAGUGUUAAACAAGAACAUAGUGGUAUCUACACAUGUAAGGCAUUCAACCCAUAUGGGGAAGAUUCUUGUAGUGCUGAGCUGCUGGUAUUUAAUGAAAAAUCUCAAGAAGAGCACCAGUUCAUUCAAAAAACUAAAGGCUUGAAGAUAUCACUAACCGAGCAAAGCACAGAGUCUCGGGUGUACCAUGAAAGAAGCCGGUCUGAUCAGAUGAUUUAUACCAUUAGCACUGAAGACCGGCAGAUUAUUCCUAGCGAGGAGGUGGAAACCCUCCAAGAGCUGAAUAUCUCUGCUGCUACACUUCAAAAAGAGCAACUGACCCACCAAGCUGCCCUUCUGCACUCUCAUGAAAUUCAUGAGAGUGUUUCCUUGACUCCAGCCCAUCCCCCAGAGGUCUUGGCUGUUCCUACAAAGCAACUUCCCAAGGCCUCAUUCUUAUCUUCAGUCCAGGAGAGACAGAAGAUAACAGAGCAGCACUCAGAGAGAAUCCUGAGUCCUGAGGUAGUUGAACUGCAGUUCUCAAAAGAACAACAAUCUAAAAUCAUGUCAGCUACAUCUGAGGAGGUCCUUUCCCUGACCACUGUGAGAGCUGAGCCUUUGACGGACCGGACUCCAGAGCACAUGCAGACCACAACUGAGCCCAAGCAGCUUGUCGGCAGCUACCAAGUCGAAUCUGCUUUACCCAUUCUUGCUGAUGUGUCAGAUGCUGUGGAGCGACCAGAGGAGGAGAGAAGUUUUAGAGUCCAAGAGGGGGUUAAGAUUUUAUACUCUGCUCAAUCUGCUGAGCAGUUGUUGCUUACAGAAACACACUCUGAGGCUCUGUUAGCUUUAGAGCCUGCCGUUAAACCACAAAUUGAAAAAGAACAAUCUAAACCAGUACUAGCAGCAGUGAGUGAAACCAGGGUGGCUCUAUCUAAAGAGCAGAGAUAUGAAACUCAGAUACCGGAGCAAGAAAGCAUCCAGCCAAGUAAAGAUAAGAUAUGUAAAUCUGCCAUAGUAACUGAGGAGAAAUAUCAGGUUCAGGGUGAACAGACAGUACAGGUGGCACCUCUACAGACUCCGACAUGUCUGCAGACUAGUUGUGAGGAUAAACAAGUUUUAAAUUUGCAAGUUAUCACUGAUCAGGGUGUUUUAGAGUCUGAGGGAAGACUCGGCAGUGAAAAGCCCCCAAUGGAGCUGGCAGACAUCUCUAAGAAUCCAACUUUGCUGUAUUCAGUGACUCAAGAAGAACAGAGGACUGUGGUAUGUGAGGCAAGUUCAGUGUUCACAACAGAACCCGACUAUGCAUCUGUUCAGCCAAAGAAAGAGCAACCACAGCCAAGAUACCUCCAGUCGAGCCAUUCUGUAUCAGUUUUACCAAAGGAAGGCAUCAUUGCCUUUGCUGAACCUGAUCAGCAGGUGGCAUUACCAAAACAGGAGCGGGCUCGAAGCCAUGCUGCAUCCUCGGAGACACACAGAGAGAUCAUAGCAGAGCAUCAUAAAGACCUCAAUGUAUCUGUGGGUGGGAUUAAGGCACAGUAUAAGACCGAAUCUAUACCUCCAAACAUUCUUGGUGUGUCCUCCCAGCCCCUGCGCCUUCCAAAGGAGACCCCUUUCACUGAAAGCUUCAGACAGCAGCGAGCAUUAGUUCAGAGAGAGGAUCAGAGGAAUAUUAUGCAGUCCUUGAGCAUCACAGACACUCAGGUUUUAGAGGAGGGUCACACUGCCAGUCUUCACACUGAUGAGAAAUUCAAGCCUGAAUCAAAAGUUGAACCAAAGAUCCCAAAGAGACCUGUCUUCAUAGAAGAAAAGGCAGUUGCAACUGAAAGGUGCGCCAUCUUAGAGGCUGCUGAGCAGGAUUUUGCGAUGCAGAUCCAGGAGGGACAAUCAGUCCGGCAGUCUGUGUUGUUAGAGGAAAAGCGGGUCCUUCUGGUAGAACAAUCAAGUGAGAUACAUAAACCAGAAGCUUCCACUGUCAGUGUUAAGACACAACCUAAAGGUGUUGUUUUUAUUCAUGAGUCUCAUGGCGCUCAUGCUCUACCGAAAGAACUCAACUUUGUUCUUAAUAUCCCAAAACCAUCAAGUAUGACUAUUCGGCGUCAGCUGAGAGAAGCUCUUCAGUCUGCUGUGGCCAGUGACCAACCAAUCUUACUAGCAGAAGUGGUGGGGAAGUUAGAAACAGUGGAGAUACAGGAGGUCAAAGUUCAACGAGAGCCCAGACGGACCACUUUCACAUAUCUGAUCACAUCGCCUGGUGUCCCACUGGAGAUCACACUGUCCUUCCAAGGAGAAUAUCCUCAGAAAGCUGAUCUUAAGUCUGAGCUGCAGGUAGCUCUACAAGCUAUGGUUUUCCAGGAGCAGCAAAGUCUUUCAUCAGAACAGCAAGGCAUCUUGCCAAUUGACAGACCUCAGAAGGCUCAGGUCAGCUCAGUACCCUCUAAAGAGAUGUUGUCAACCAUGAUGGACUCAGUGGUGGUGGCAGAGAGUGUUGUUGGGUUUCCUCCAGAAGCAUCUCAUUCUGCAGAAGUCAGAACUGAAUUGAUGGGUUCUUUCCAAAGUGCAACAAUUGAGAGCCACACUGAGACCCAUGAAUCCAGGAAAGUGAGUCGGACAGAGUUUACAUCAGAGAGGGACAUUACUGAAGUAACCACCUUGUCCGCUGUAGAGCAUGUGGACACUUUUGUUCACAGAGAAACCAGAGAGGAGUAUCUUUCAGAGGCCAUUCUAAUCAGUGAGUCCUCUGACAGCCAUAUUGAUCAUCCUGUUGUUAUUGAGUCUCUGGAGGAUGUUUGUGCUGAAAUAAAUGAUAAAGCUGUUUUUACCACUACUAUCAAGUACGCCACCAAGGUUAACUGGUUUUUCAAUGGCCAGCUAGUGAAAUCUGGUACAGAGUUCAAGUGUUCUGAAGACCGUGACACAUACACACUAAUUGUCAACAAAGUUGUCAAGGAGAGGCAUCAAGGAGAAUAUGUCUGUGAGGCUGAGAAUGAAGUCGGCAGGACUACAACAUCUUCAAGGCUCACUGUGGUCUCAAAAGUGAAACCUGUGUUCAAACACAGAAUUGUUCCUCUGGAGAUCAAUGUCGGCAACUCUGCCAGAUUUGAAUGUGACACAGAGGAUGCUCCAAAUGUGAACUUCAAGUGGUUCAAAGAUGGCCACCCCAUCAAAGAGGGUGAUAAAUACAGGAUUAUCAGUCGCUUCACUGCUUCCUCCCUGGAAAUUCUGAGCCCAUCGAAGGAUGACAGCGGGGAGUAUACCUGCAAGGCAUCCAAUCAACAUGGCAGUGAUGAAUGCUCUGCUUCUCUCAGUGUGACGGAGAAACUUCCUCCAGUUUUUCAAACUAAACCUGACAACCAGACUCUGUAUGUUGGAAAGAGGGCACUCAUACAGUGUGUAAUAGGAGGAUCUGCUCCUCUAAAUGUUGUGUGGCUAAAAGACCACCAGGUUCUGCCCUCUGUGUCAGAACACUACCAAACCUUUUGUGAAAAGAAUAAGCACACUCUUGAGAUCAAAACGCUUGAGGCAGCGGACCGUGGGCUAUAUGUGUGCAGGGCAUCUAAUAACAUUGGGAUGGCUGAGUGCAGCAUGGAGCUGCGUGUUGUUGAUAAGCCCAACUUCGUAAAGCCCCUGGGUUCGGUUGCUGCCGUGGUGGGAGCUCCUCUUCACCUGGAAUGUCAGGUGGAUGAGGACACAGGAGUCACCGUUACCUGGACCAGAGAUGGUAGGAAAGUCCACCAAUCUCCAGACUGUAAACUGUCUUUUGAGAAUAAGACAGUAAAUCUUGAUAUACUAAAAACCACACUGAAAGAUUGUGGGAAUUAUGUGUGUAUGGUGGCAAAUGAUGCUGGAAGUGCUUCUUGUUCCACUUCUGUCAAAGUACAAGAGCCACCAGUCUUUGUAAAGAGACUGGAGGGUACAACAGUUUGGAAGCGAGGUAGCACGGCUCGGCUGCAAUGCACCGUCAAAGGAUCCCCCGAGCUUCACACCACCUGGUUCUUCAAUAACAGUGAGCUGUCCAGUGGUGGCAGAUACGCUGCCAGCUUUAAGGACGGUGUCGCCACUCUUGAGAUAAACAAUGUUACGUUGAGUGACAGUGGGAGCUACAGCUGUGAGGUUCUGAACGAGUCAGGCUGUGAGAGCUGCAGCACCAAAGUGACAGUUAAAGAACCUCCAUCGUUCAUUAAAGAUGCACCCUCCAUAGAAGCAGUGAGAGGAUCAGUAGCUGUGUUGGAUUGCGAGAUUGCAGGUUCUGCACCAUUUGAAGUAACUUGGAAAAAGAACAAGAAACGCUUGUCCUCAGAUAAAAAGUACAGAGUAGUGUCACAAGGAUCACUGACCUCUCUGGAGAUUCACACAUUUGAGAGCGCUGAUGCCGGUGAAUAUGAAUGUGUUGUUUCAAAUGAGGUCGGCUCAGUGACCUCUAACUCGGUGGUUAAACAGAAAGAGCCACCUAUCUUCUCAAAGAGGAUUGAGAGCUCUACAGUGUUGUUGGGAAAUACGGUGAAACUACAAGGAGUAGUGAAAGGCUCAGCUCCAAUUUCUAUAAAAUGGCUGAAAGACUCUAAGCUGCUAAUAGAUGAUGACUCCAGUGUCACAACAACAUUUGAGAACAACAUUCCUUGCAUUUCCUUCACCUCUGUUGGGAUAAAACAUGGUGGCAAGUAUACUUGCAUUGCUGAAAACGAGGCAGGGCAGCAGAAAUGCGAGGCUGUUCUCACCAUUCAAGAACCGGCUAAGAUCGUAGAGAAAGCAGCGUCCAUCAGUGUUACAGUUGGUGAACCGGCUACGCUUGAGUGCAGCAUCUCUGGGAGCCCUGAGCUCAAAGUCAGAUGGUUCAAAGAUGGCAAAGAGAUGAUUAGCGGUCGUAAAUAUAAGAUGACUCUGAAGGAGAACACCGCUGUUCUGAAGAUACUUUCAGCAGAUAGAGGAGACACGUCAGAGUACAAGAUGGAGGUGUCCAAUAAAGUCGGAAAAGACGAGUGCACAUGCUCAGUCACAGUUAUAGAUCGUGCGGUUCCUCCAUCCUUCACUAAAACUCUAAAAAAGAUGGAUGGAAGUAUUGGUAGUAAUGCUACCUUGGAGUGCAGAGUUGCUGGAUCACAGCCAAUGGUUGUUUCUUGGUUCAAAGACGACAAAGAAAUUCACAGUGAUGAUAAAUACAAGCUUGAUUUCAGUGAAAGUGCAGCCUCUGUGACAAUUACACAUCUUGAUCAAAGCGAUGGAGGAGUUUAUACGUGCCGGGCUUCAAACAAGGCCGGAGAAAAUGAGACCAGUGGAACACUGACAGUCAAAGAACCUCCAGCUUUCACAGUAAAACCCGAGUCGCAGGAUGUUGCACCAGGAACGAACGUUGUGAUAAAAGCAGCCUUCACUGGGUCUGCUCCACUGGUGGUUAAAUGGUUCAGAGAGGAGAAAGAGAUUUUCUCUGCAGGAAAGUGUAUCAUAAAAAAGGACGUCUCCUCAAGCUCUUUAGAGCUUUAUUCUGUAAAACCCAGUGAAUCUGCUAAAUAUACCUGCCAAGUUUCAAAUGAUGCCGGGAAAGUGGAUUGCACCGCCAUCCUCUUCGUGAAAGAAGCUCCCACGUUCACAAUGAAGCUUGAGCCUUCACGGCUCCUAAAAGCUGGACAGCCUCUGAAACUGUCCUGCAAAGUACAGGGAACUCCUGUAAUUUCCGUCACAUGGAUGAAAAAUGGCUCUGAAAUCAUUUCUGACCACAAACACUUGAUGUCCUUUGAGAGCUCAGUAGCCUCUCUGGAGGUGGAGAACUGCUGUAUAGAAGACAGUGGGGAGUAUGUGUGUUUGGCUUCUAGUGAGGCCGGGAGAGAUCAAUGCAGCUGCUCAGUAACCGUCAAAGAGCCUCCGGUGUUUAUAAAGCCUUUUGAAUCAGCUGAGUUUGUGAAGGGAUCUGACAUUGUCCUGACAGGAACCGUUUCAGGUUCCCCGCCAUUUGAAAUAAGUUGCUUCCUCAAUGAUAAGCUGAUCAGAAGCAACAAAAAACAUCAGAUCCGUGUUCAAAAAGACACAGUCACUCUUCAGAUAUCUGACUGUGACAGCAGGGAUGAUGGGACGUACCGCUGCACGGUUGCAAAUGAUGCUGGGGAGACUACUUGUUCUUGCCAGGUUUCUUUGAAAGAGCCUCCUCGGUUUAUCGUGAAACUGCCUCCCACAACCUUUGUGAAGCAGUGUGAGGGACUCCGUUUAGAAUGCAAGACCAACAGCGCACGCUCCUUGAAAAUGUGCUGGUACAAAAAUGACCAAAAGAUAAGUGACGGAGGCAAUUAUGAAGCCAUGUUCGUUGAUUCGACUGCAUACCUCCAGCUACACUCUGCAAGGCUCGAGGAUAAUGGAGUCUACACAUGUGAGGUUCAUAAUGAUGCUGGCAGCGCAAGCUGCAGCACCACUCUCACAGUUCAAGAGUCUCCAUCCUUUACUAAAACUCCCAACCCAGUGGAGGGAAUUCAAGGGAAAGAUGCCAGUCUUUACUGUGAGAUGUAUGGCACUCCACCUUUCCAGGUUAACUGGUACAAAGACAAAAGGCCCAUAAAAGAGAGUUGGAAACAUAAGAUUGUUAGUGUGGGCAACUCUGCUACUCUUCAUGUCAUGAAACUUGAGCAGAAUGAUGUUGGCCUGUAUGAGUGCAAGGUGUCAAACAAUGUAGGAAGUGAGUUCUGUCACACUACUAUCAAUCUAAAAGAACGACCAGCGUUUGUCACAAAACUCAUCGAUCAGUCCGUAAGAAUCGGCCAGCAACUGACACUGACAGCCACAGUGAAAGGCUCUGAGCCUUUGACUGUGUCCUGGAUCCAGGACAAGGACCAUGUCCUUAGAGACAGUGAUAACAGGAAGAUAACCUUUGAGAACAACGUAGCCACUCUUGUAGUUCCAGAAGCUGACUCAGCAACAGCUGGUAGAUACACCUGCCAGCUGAGUAACGACUCAGGACUGGUGGAGUCAGUCUCCCAAGUUACUGUUUUAGAACCUGCUGCCAUUGUGGAUAGUCCAGAAUCCAUGAGUAUCACAUCAGGAGAAAAUGCUUCUAUUGAAGUAACAGUGUCUGGUUCACCAGAACUAAAAACAAAAUGGUUCAAGGACAACAAAGCCCUCAGUUCUGGUGCCAAAUAUCAGACAUCUUUCACAAAGAAAAUUGCUGUUCUGAAGAUCCGUUCUGCUGACAAAGCGGAUGCCGGAGAAUAUAAACUAGAGGUUGCAAAUCACAUUGGUACAGCUUCUUGUAAAAUCAAGCUCUCAGUCUCAGAUAAGUUGAUUCCUCCAAGUUUCAUAAAGAAGCUGAAUGAUACCCACUUUGUUGUGGGAAGGCCUGGUGAGAUGGAGUGCAAAGCUUCUGGAUCUUCUCCUUUAACAAUUUCCUGGUUCCAUAAUGGCAGGGAGAUCAAGAGUAGUCCCUCCUAUGACAUCAGCUCCACAGAUAAUAAAUACAGACUGCGAAUUUCAACUGUCAGCAUGUCUGAUUCUGGCAAAUACACCUGUAAAGCAGUGAAUGCUGCAGGAGCCAGUGAGACCAGUGCCUCAUUUAAUGUGACAGAACCUCCUUCAUUUUUGGAAACUCCUGAACCCAAAGAAAUCUUGCCUGGCAAAAAUGUAACUUUCUUAGCUAAAGUAAAAGGCAGUGCCCCGCUGCAAGUCAAGUGGUUCAGGGGAGCCAAAGAAAUGCAACAUGGAAGAGGCUGUGAGAUCUCAUUUAAGGCUGAUGUGGCCACAUUGGUUCUUCAUAGAGUUGAUAGAUCCCAUGCAGGAGAGUACACAUGCCAGGUCAUAAACAACGCAGGAAAGGAAAGCUGCCCUCUCCAUCUUUUUGUGAAAGAGCCAGUCCACUUUGUGAAGAAGCUGAGAGAUAUUUCUUCUGAGAAGGGUAAGCCUCUGAGGCUUGAGGUCACUUUCUCAGGAACACCCAGGGUAAAUGUGACCUGGAAGAAGGAUGGGAAACUCAUCUGGGCCUCAAAUGAGUACACGGUGAUCACCACAGACACCUCCUGCAUCCUAGAGAUUCUUAACUCUGACAGAAUGGAGGCAGCUGGCACAUACUCUUGUGAAGUAGACAACGGAGUAGGAACUGACAAAUGUGAAGCACACAUUUCAAUUCUAGAGCGGCCAUACUUUGUCGAUCAGAUGGAGCCAGUGGAGGUAACAAUGGGUAAUGCAGUUACCCUGAAAUGUCGUAUUGCAGGAAGUCCUGAUAUCUCAGUAGCUUGGUUUAAGGCUGGUGGAAAGCUGAGGAAAUCCCCCAUUUGCUCCAUGGAUUUCUCAAAUGGUAUUGCCUCUUUGAAUCUGGUCAAGACAGCUAAGUCUGAUGAUGGUGAAUACACCUGCAAGGCUGAGAACCGGGUCGGUUCAGCCUCUGCCACUUGCAGAGUGACAGUGAAAGAGCCUGUGUGCUUUGUCAAGAAGUUGGAAGACACAACUUUCGUGGUUGGGCAGCCGCUGAAGCUAGUCUGUACAUACACUGGGAGCCCGAGGGUGUAUGUGUCGUGGAAAAAGGACAACAAGCUGAUCUGGGCCUCUUAUCAGUACAACGUUAAAACCACCGACUCUACCUGCAUUCUGGAGGUUCUGAACAGUGACAGGCCUGAAGCAGCAGGAAUGUACACUUGUGAGAUUUCUAAUGGAGCUGGGAGUGAUGUUUGCCACGCUCAUGUCAGCCUAGAACCCCCUCGCUUUGUGAACAAGCUGGAAGACACGUAUUUCAGACUCCGGGAGCCUUUGACCCUGAAGUGCACAUACACUGGGAGUCAGAGAAUACAUGUGACCUGGAAAAAAGAUGACAUGUUAAUAUGGGCCUCAUACAAGUACAACGUCAAGACUUCUUAUGAUACAUGCAUCUUGGAAGUCCUCAACAGUGACCGAGUAGAAGCUGUGGGAAGAUACACAUGUGAAAUUUCUAAUGCAGGAGGAAGCGAUGUCUGCCAUGCUAAUGUGAAAUUAGAACGUAAAGUGCCUCCAAACUUCACUAAGAGGCCGUCUGAGUCCAUCGUGGAUUCAGCUGGUAAGGUAAUAAAGAUGGAGGCUCGGGUGUCCGGCUCCCAGCCACUGACCAUCACCUGGUACAAGGACAACCAAGAGAUCCAUGCCUCUGGAAAAUAUGACAUCAGCUUCAAGAACAACAUGGCUGUGCUGUGUAUCAAAGACUCUGCAGUUUCUGACAGCAGUGUCUACACCUGUGAGGCUUCCAACGAAGCAGGGAAAGUGUCAUGUCAGGUGUCCCUCACAGUUUCAGAAACUGGUCAACCUCCUAAAUUUGACGUCCCUCUGGAGCCGGUCACAGUGAACGAGGGGGAGAAGCUGAGCCUCAAAUGCCAUGUUAAAGGCUCCUCUCCUCUGACCAUCCAGUGGAUGAAGGACAGGAGGGAGCUGAAGUCCAGUGAUAAAACCAAAAUCACAUUUGUUGGUGGGACGGCCUCCCUUGAGGUCAGCUCCGCAUCAAAGGAAGAUGCAGGGGAUUAUCUGUGCAAGGCCAGCAAUGCAGUCGGUAGUGACUUCUGCAAGGCCAAGGUCACUGUGAAGGACAAAGGAGCCAAGCCUUCACCCACCGAGGCACCGACCCCCGCUGCAGCUGCCCCAGUCAAAAGACUCGACAACCUUUUCUUCAUUGAAGAACCCAAAAACAUUUCAGUCACAGAGAAGGGCACUGCAACCUUCAUCGCCAAGAUUGGAGGUGAUCCAAUCCCCAGCGUGAAGUGGAUGAAGGGCAAAUGGAGGCAGAUCACCGCUGGUGGUCGUAUCUCCAUCGAGCACAAGGGCCAGGAUGCCAAACUGGAGAUCAGAGAGGUGACCAAGUCCGACUCUGGCCUCUACAGGUGUGUCGCCACCAACAAACAUGGAGAGAUCGAGUCCGGCGCUGAGAUGGAAGUCACCAAAAAGGAAGAAGGGGAAGGCAUUGGAGAUAUCAGAACAAAACUCAAGAAAACUCCCUCCAAGCAAAAGAGCCCAAAGAAACUUGAAAACAUCAGUAUUGUUGACUUGCUCAGAGGUCAUGACCCCAAAGACUAUGAGAGGAUCCUCCGGGAACAUGGGAUCCAUGACUACAGGGCCAUCCUGCAGGCCGUGGAGUUCCUGAAGAGAGAGAAGGAGAUGGAAACUGGCAAAGCGGAGGUGGAACAUGGUGGUCGGGUUGAAGAGGAGGACAUGGCCAGACUGAUCCAGCAGCUGGAGGGACGUGUCGACACAGAGCCUGUGUCUGUGAUGGAAGACAUCUCUGACCAGACAACCACAGAGAACCAAACGGCAACGUUUGAGUGCGAGAUCCAGAUCAACUACCCAGAGAUCUCUCUGACCUGGUACAAGGGAACGCAGAAACUGGAGAACAGUGAUAAAUACGAGAUCAGCAGUGUGGGCAACCGCCACUACCUGAAGAUUAAGAACUGCCAGGUCAAAGAUGAGGGCAACUUCCGUGUGGUGUGUGGUCCUCACAUCUCCAACGCCAAACUCACCGUAACAGGAGGUGAUUGCAAACCAGCCGACCAAAUUCAGUUUACUAAACGCAUCCGAAACAUCGAAGUCAGCGAACGUCACUCCGCCACCUUCGAGUGUGAGUUGUCCUUUGACAACGCAACCGUUUCGUGGUACAAAGACUCGUGGGAGCUCAAAGAAAGCCCCAAAUAUAACUUCAGGACAGAAGGCCGACGGCACUUUAUGACGAUCCGCAACGUGACAGCAGAGGAUGAAGGCGUUUACUCCGUGAUCGCUCGCCUGGAGCCAAUGGGAGAAGCUCGAAGCACCGCCGAGCUUUACCUCUCAGGCAAAGACGUUGGUUUAGGAAAGGUUCCUCAGGACAUCCCAGAUUCGUCAGUUCAGCUCCCAGACAUGGGUUCCAUGAUCAUUUCCCAAGAAUCCUCUGAAUUUUAUCACCACGAGGAACGAUCUGAAGUCAAAGAGUUUAAGAGUCUGACGGUUGAAGAAGAAACGGUUUCGGUUCUGUACUCCUCCGUCUCAGAAGAGAAAAAAGCUGUGGAAGAGUAUAUUGGCCGGACUGAAGUCAGAGAGGAAAUCACUUCAGUUCAUGAGGUUUACAGGAAGCCAGAAGAGAAACCCUCUGAGCGCGAAGCUCCACACCCACCUGCCGUCACAGAACCUGAGGUAAAGAAGCCAUGGCCUGAUACUUUCACAACUCCUCAGCGAGAAGAACCGACAGUUCCACAAGUAUUCACCGAACCAAAGCCUGAACCCAAGCCAAAAGAACCAGAAAAGGUUCCUCCAGAACCAAAACGACAGCUUCAGAAGCCAGAAGUACCUGAACCUAAAGUGACCGAAGCACCAGAAGUAAAACCUGCCAAGAAAACUCCUGCAGUUCCUGAACCGAGAGUCCCAGCUGUAACCAAACCAGCAGAGGCCAAAGUCCAUCCAGUCACUGAGAGGAUUGCUCCUCCAAAGACUGAGGAGAUCUUGCCAAGAGCACCAGUGCUACCAAAGGCAGAAGAACCUUUAGUCCAGCCAUCAGCAGCUGUGGUUACACCAUCAGCACCAGAACGCCGACCAGCUGAAGUAAAAGAUGUAACCAGACCAGAGAAAGCAGUCGUCCAAACACCUGAAUCUAAAAUCCUUCCAGUCUGGACUGAAGCUGCUCCAGUUAAAGUUACCUCAGAAAGGAAGGAGCUUGAAGUUACUGGAAAACCAGCCCCAUUGGUUUCCAAGAGUGAGCCAGAGGUACUCGAGUUUACCCCUCAAACACAAGAAGAACCAAAGUUUGGAGAAAAAGCUAAGAAGGCUUUUGAAGAAGUGGAGAAGGUCAUUAAGUUUCCUAAAACGGUUGAUGAAGCCAAAAUGCCAAGAGAAAUUGAGAGGUUCCCUGAUGCAACAAAAUUGGUUCCAGAAACACAGAAAAAGAUUCCAGAAAAAACAAAGAUGAUUACUGAAUCACCAAAGGUGGUUUCUGAAGCACCAUCCAAGGUUCCAGAAAAGUCAAAGGGGGAAAUAAAGAGGGGUCAAGAGGUUCCCAAAAAGGUUCCAGAAACACAGACUAAGAUUCCAGAAAAAACAAAGAUGAUUACUGAAUCACCAAAGGUGGUUUCUGAAGCACCAUCCAAGGUUCCAGAAAAGUCAAAAGGGGAAAUAAAGAUGGGUCAGGAAGUUCCCAAAAAGGUUCCAGAAAAAACAACGAUGAUUACUGAAUCGCCAAAGGUGGUUUCUGAAGCACCAUCCACUGUCCCAGAAAAGUCAGAAGAAGAGAUAAGAUGGGGUCAAGAGCUUCCCAAAAGGGUUCCAGAAACACAAAACAUGGUUCCAGAAAAACCAAAAGAAAAGAAAGUUUUACAGGAACCAGAGAAGAUUUUGAUGGUUCCCAAAAAGGUUCCUGAAACACCAAAGAAAGUAAUAGAGGAAAUGAAGGUUAAGGAGCCACCAGCAGACCUAAGGAGUAAAACAGAAGCUCCACAGGUUGAAAUAGUGAAGACCCCUCCAGGUUACAAAGCCCCACAGCAACAAGAGAAGGUUGAAAAACCUCAGCAACAAGUGUCGCCUCCUGAAGUGAAGAAACCUUCUGCACCAGCACCAAAGCCUUCAUAUCCUCCAAAGGUUAUACCUCCUGCAGAGGAGAAGAAACCUUCUGAGCCAGAACCAAAGUCGACACAUCCUCCUCCUCCCCCUGAAGUUACUGCUCCUGCAGAGGAGAAGAAACCUUCUGCACCAGAACCAAAGCCUUCACCUCCUCCUCCUCCUAAAGUUACUCCUCCCAUAGAGGAGAAGAAACCUUCUGCACCAGAACCAAAGCCCUCACCUCCUCCUCCUCCUUCUCCUUCUUCUCCUCCUAAAGUUACUCCUUCUACAGAGGAGAAGAAACCUUCUGCACCAGAACCAAAGCCCUCACCUCCUCCUCCUCCUAAAGUUACUCCUCCUGCAGUGGAGAAGAAACCUUCUGCACCAGAACCAAAGCCCUCACCUCCUGCUCCACCUAAAGUUACUCCUUCUGCAGAGAAGAAAGCAGCACCAGAACCAAAGCCUUCACCACCUGCUCCUCCUCCUCCUCAGAAGGUUACUCCUGCAGAGGGGAAGAAACCAUCACCAGAGCCAAAGCCCUCUGUUCCUCCUCAAAAAGUUUCUCCUCCUGCAGAGGAGAAGAAACCAUCUGUAUCUGAACCAGCAGCUCCGUCACCCAAAGUUGCUCCUCCUGCAGUGUCUCCUCCAGAAGAAAAGAAACUGCCUCCAGUAUCAAGAGAACAACCAGCAGAAAAAGUAGUUUCUCCAGAAGCUCCAGUUGCACCAGUGGAGAAGAAACCUUCUGAGCCCGGUGUAAAGGCUGAACCUACCACCGUUUCUGAAAGAAUUUCUCCUCCUGAAGACAAGGAACCAGUUUCAGCUCCUGGACCAACUAAAGUGCCAACUCUUAAGCAAAAGGGUAAAAUUCCCAUUGAGGAGGAGAAAACUACCGAGGUUCCUAAACUAAAGAGUAAAAUGACCAUAAAACCCAAAGAGAAAGAGCCAGAAAUGGAGACCAUUCAGUUGAAGAAGGCUCCGGUAAAAUCUCCAGAGCCCGAGAAACAGGUUAUAACUCAUAAAGCAGAAAUGAUAAGACACCAUGAUCCAGAACUAUCAGUGCGAGGACUCCAUGAUAGAGAAGAGCGGGAGAUCAUAACCCUUGGAAGAACUGAACGAGUCUUUAUAGCAGAACAGGAAACAAUUCAACUGAGUCAAAUUGAGGAGACUGAAACAAUUAAAAUUGUCCAAACAACAGAGAAAGAAGUUUGGACAAGAACCACAAAACCCAAGAAAGAAGAGGAACCCGAGGUUCCCAGUGUAGAUAAGAAGAAAAUAAAGAAACUACCGAAGACAGAGGAGCAACAAGAAUCUGUGAAACUAAAACCAUUUGAAAAGCCUGGAAAGUUAGAACAAGAGCAAGAGCAGAUCAAACUGAAACAGGUUCCAAGUAAGCCUAAAGAACUUGAAAAGGAAAUUUCAAAGGAUAAAACUGAAACGACAAAACAACGUGACACAGAACCGAGAGUCCAGAAACCUCAAGAGAGAGAAGAUCGAGAGAUAAUCCCACAUGGAAGACCUGAAAGAGUCUCCGUUCUUGCCGAGGAGCCAUCUAAAGCUGGUCAAACAGAAAAACCUGAACAGCCAGAGGAAGACGAGAAAUCUAAGUGGACGAGAACCACAAAGGCACCAAAGGAAGGAGACACGGAGCCAGAUGUAUCGAAGAAGAAAAUCAAGAAAUUACCAAAGAAAGAUGAAGAACCAGAAGUUGUGACAUUGAAACCUUUUGAAAAACCCACAAAACAAGAAGCAUCAGAACAAGCAAACACUAGAGAUGAAGGUCGGGCAAAGACAGAUACUGAGCGCUCUCCUUUUAAAUUGGGUGAGAUGUUGCUCAAAGAUAAACCUACAUCAGCUCUCAAAGACAAAGAAGACAAAGAUGUUUCUUUGACAAGUUCUGACACAAGUCUAGAUAUUAUCAAAUCCCAACCAGAACCACCACAAAAGAAAAAGGUUGAUCAAGUACCUAAGGAUGAAGAAACUACAGCAGCAGAUAAACCUAAAGUUAAACCUAAAGUGAUUCCCAAACCAGAGGAAAAGGAAGAGCAGGUUGUGUUGAAGCCUUUCACCAAAGUCACUAAGCCAGAAAAAGUCCCUGAUGAAGAGAUAAAGAAGCCCGUAGACACAAAGGUUCCAGACAAGACAACCAAAGACAUGAAAGAUACAGAGAAACAGAAACCUGUGAAGAAGGAGGAACCGUCUGUUCCAGCCAAGAAACCAAGUCCUACAGGUCUUAAAGAGAAGAUCUCACCUACUGAAGCAGAGAAGGUCCCAGCAAAACCAUCCGAUGUGUUAAAGAAAGAUGUUGAACUCAAAAAGACUCCUUCUCCCACGGUCAGUACAGAGAAAGCAGAAGACAAAAAGCCCACAAAGCCUGUUGAGGAGCCGAAGACGGCUGAGCUAAAAAAGACUCCACCGUCUAAAGUGGAGAAGCAGAAAGACGUGGAGAAAGUUCCAGCUGAGAGAAAGCCAAGUUCUGAAAAAGUCAAAGAGAUCCCUAAAGCUGUUUCCCCCAAAGACUCAGUUGAAGCCAUAACACUCAAAAAAGUUCCCAAGAAGCCAUCAGAAGACAAGGUCUCAGAAUCAGAAAAGCCUGAUAAAGGUCGGAUCCCCCUUUCAAAAGAGAUUUCUCCUGGAGCUGUGCAAAUGAAGAGGGUGACAACUCAGCCUGAGGAGGAGGUCUUUGAAAAUGAGCCUGACGAAGGCGAGGUUGAGGAGGAAUCCUGGGGCUGGGAUCUUGUUCCCUCAGAGGACUGGCAAGGUGAAGAGGUGGAUGGGGCCGUUGAGACUCCGGGUAUGCCUGGUGCCAGACGAGAUGGGAAACCAAGUGACGAGCCUCCGAAAGGCAGAGGCAGAGGAUUUGGGGCAAGACAAACUCCCUCUCCUGGUGAUGGGGGAAGGGGUCGGGGCAUGAAACCCGGUGGAAAAGGUCCAACACCACCAGAGGAACCGUUUGCAGGCUUCAAGCUCAAACCUGUGGCUUUGAAGUUUGUGAAGAAGAUUCAAGAUAUUGUGCUGCAGGAGGCCGAGUCCAUCGGCUCCUCGGCCGUGUUUGAGUGUGAGGUCACACCCUCUACGGCCGUCACCUCCUGGAUGAAGGAUGACAGUAACCUGCGUGAGAGUCCCAAGCAUAAGUUCACCUCUGAUGGCAAAGAUCGGAAGCUGCACAUCAUUGAUGUCCAGCUGUCCGACACUGGAGAAUACACCUGUGUGGCCAAGAAUGCUGGAAAGGAGAUUACCUGCACUGCUAAGCUCAUAGUUGAAGAGCUCCCUGUAAAAUGGCUGAAGGAGUUGGAACCUGAGACCUCAUGCAUGAAAGGUCAACCAAUGUACCUGAUCUGUGAACUGAACAAAGAAAGAGACGUGGUGUGGAAGCGGAACGGAGAGCUUCUGAAGAAAAAGGCUGGAAAAGUGGCCAUUAAUGUGAUCGGUAUGCAGCACGCUGUGACCAUCCAGAACGUCACUGAUGAGGAUGCAGGCCUCUACACCUGUGAAGUAGAUGGUCAGGCAGACGUCAAAACCUCAACCACCGUCAAAGUGAUUGAAACCAUCAAAGACUGGCUGGUGAAGCCUCUGAGGGACCAGCAUGUGAAACCAAAGUCCAAGGCCACAUUCAAAUGCGAGCUGUUCAAAGACACUCCCAACUGGAAAUGGUACAAAGGCGAGAACGAACUCGCUCCUUCUGACAAAGUUGAGAUCGACAAAGAUGGAAAGGACAUGAAGCUCACCAUCAACAACUGCCAACCUGACGACGUGUCAGAUUACACCAUCGAAGUUGAAAAUCGAAGAUACACAGCCAAGCUCACACUGGGAGAGCGUGAAGCAGAGGUCCUGAAGCCUCUUGCCAGUGUUGAGGUGGUUGAGAAGGAGGAAGCUCACUUCGAUACUGAAAUAUCUGAGCAUGAUGUUCCUGGUGAAUGGAAACUCAGAGGCCAGGUGUUGACCAGGUCUCCGACAUGUGACAUUAAAGCAGAGGCCGGAAAGCGCUUCCUUACACUGAAGAACGUGCAGCUGGAUCAGGCUGGAGAAGUGUCGUACCAGGCUCUGAACGCUGUCACCAGUGCCAUGCUCACCGUUAAAGAGAUCGAAAUGGGCUUUGUUGAAACGCUGAAGGAUGUGUCUGUGCCCGAAAAGAAACAGGCUAAGUUUGAAUGCACCAUCACUAAGGAUAUACCAAAGGUCAUGUGGUUUAAGGGGGUGGAAAUCAUCACCCCCAGCCCCAAAUAUGAAAUAAUUGAUGAUGGGAAGAAACACAUGCUGAUUGUAAACAGCUGUGAGUUUGAUGAUGAGUCUCAGUAUUCGAUAGAGGUAUUGGACAAAAGGUCAACGGCUCAGCUGACGGUGGAAGGCAUGAGGCUCAAAUUUGUGCAGCAACUUAAGGACCAAACGAUCAAAGAAGGUAACUCGGUGCGCUUUGAUAUCGAGUUGACUCACGAGAACGUGCCGGUGGUUUGGUACCGAAACGAAGUCAAACUCCACGUGAGUCGAACGGUGCUUAUGCACGUGGAAGGAAGGAGACACACUCUAGAAAUGAGGAGUUUGAGUCUAGAUGAUACCUGCCAGAUAAAGGCAGAAGCCAAGGGAAUUUACUCCUCAGCCAAACUGACAGUCAUAGAGGGAGACGCCAUCUUCCUGGUGAAGCUGCGGGAUUACACCGCCACCGAGAAAGACGAGGUGUCACUAGACUGCGAGCUCAGCAAAGACGUUCCUGUGGUCUGGUAUCACAAUGAGAAGGAAGUCGUUAACUCCAAGCUGGUGGUCAUGAAGUCAGAAGGCACCCGCAGGUCUCUGGUCCUGAAGAAAGUGGCGCAAAACGAUCAAGGAAAAUACGUAUGUGACUGUGGAACAGACAAAACAUCAGCCAACAUAAUGAUUGAAGCACGUGACGUUAAGGUUGUGCGGCCGAUCUACGGCGUGGAGCUGUUUGAUGGCGAGACGGCUCGUUUCGAGGUUGAGAUCUCUGAGGACGACGUCCACGGCCAGUGGAAGCUGAACGGAGAAGCGCUCAAUCCUUCCUCAGAUGUGGACAUCAUUGAGGAAGGAGGCAAACACACCCUGAUCCUGUACAACUGUAAGGUGUCCAUGACCGGAGAGGUGUCUUACUCUGCUGCCAAUGCCAAAUGCUCCGCCAACUUGAAGGUCAAAGAACUUCCUCUGAACUUCCUGACCCCCCUGAGCGACGUUCAGGUGUAUGAGAAGGAUGAGGCCCGGUUCGAGUUGGAGGUGUCGAGACCUCCAAAGAGCUUCCGCUGGCUCAAAGGCUCCCAGGAGCUGACAGGCGACGACAAGUACGAGAUGAUUCAGGAGGGCAAUAUGUACGUUCUGGUGAUCCGAUCGGCGGCGUUUGACGAUGAGGCCAAGUACAUGUUUGAGGCAGAGGACAAGAGGACCACCGGCAAACUCGUUAUUCAGGGUAUUCGCCUGGAGUUUGUCAAGCCCAUUAAGGACGUAACAGUGAAAGAGAGAGAAACUGCAGAGUUCAGCGUUGAACUGUCUCAUGAAAACAUCUCGGUGGUUUGGUACAAAAACGACGUCCGGCUGCUUCCCAGUAAGGUGGUCCAUAUGUCGGAUCACGGAAAAGUCCACACUCUGGCCUUCAAGGAGGUGACGAUCGACGACACCUCUAUGAUCAAGGUGGAGGGCAUGGACAAGAGCAUGACAGCCAUGCUCACUGUCGUCGAGGGUGACUUGUACUUCACCACCAAGCUGCAGAACUACACUGCUGUGGAGAAGGACGAGGUGAAGCUGGUCUGUGAACUUAGCAAGGCUGUUGCUGAUGUGAAAUGGUUUAAGGACGGGAAGGAGAUCACUCCGUCCAAGAACAUCGCCAUCACCACGGAUGGAAAGAAGAGAAUCCUGAUGGUCCGGAAGGCAGAGAAGGCCAACAUCGGAGAGUAUACCUGCGACUGUGGCUCAGACAAAACCACAGCAACCCUCAACAUUGAAGAGCGCGAUAUCAAGGUUGUCCGUCCCCUGUACAGCGUGGAGGUCACUGAGACAGAGACAGCCAGGUUUGAGACUGAGAUUUCCGAGGAGGACGUCCACGGAAACUGGAAACUGAAGGGAGAAGCUCUGCACCAGACUGCGGACGUGGAGAUUAAAGAGGAAGGAACCAAACACAUGCUGAUCCUCUAUAAUGUUCAUAUGGACAUGGCCGGAGCUGUUGACUUCUCUGCAGCCAACGCCAAAUCCAAUGCUCAGCUCAGGGUCAAAGCUCGCUCCAUCACGCUGAUGCGUCCACUGAAGGAUGUGACAGUGACAGCUGGAGAGACGGCUACCUUCGAGUGUGAGCUCUCAUAUGAAGGCAUCGAAGUGGAGUGGUUCGUUGGAGGACAGAAGAUGGAGGCCAGCGACCGGGUAAAACCUCGGGUGGCAGGUAGAGUUCACACUCUGACUGUCCGAGAUGUGAAGCUGUCAGAGGCCGGGGAGGUCAAAGUGACUGCCAAGGACUUCCUGACUCAAGCUCAGCUCUUUGUUGGAGAGCCACCAGUAGAGUUCACAAAGCCUCUGGAAGACCAGACGGUGGAGGAAGAGGCCACCGCCACCCUGGAGUGUGAAGUGUCAAGAGAGAACGCCGAGGUGCGCUGGUUCAGGGAGGGUCAGGAGAUCAGAAAGACCAAGAAGUAUGACACCAUCGCUGACGGUCGCAAGAGAGCACUUAUCAUCCAUGACUGCUCUCCAGAUGAUGCCAAAAUGUACACAUGUGAUGCUAAAGAGUUCAAAACUUCCUGCUUCCUGGAGGUUACACCUCCUUAUGUGGAGUUUACAAAACCACUACAGGAUGUGGAAGUCAGAGAGAAAGAAUCAGCCAGGUUUGAAUGUGAAGUGUCCCGCGAGUCUGCCAAGGUUCGCUGGUUUAAGGACGGCAGCGAGAUCAGGAAGGGAAAGAAGUAUGAAAUCAUUGCUAAAGGAGUGCAGAGGAUCCUCAUCAUCCACAAGUCAGUGUUUGACGAUGAGGCAGAGUACGAAUGUGAUGCCAGAACCUUCAAGACGUCUGGCAUGCUCACUGUCAUCGAGGAAGCAGCCACAUUCACCAAGAACCUGUCCAAUGUGGAGGGAACAGAGACAGACAGUGUAAAGAUGAUCUGUGAAGUUUCCAAGGCCAAUGCUGAGGUUACCUGGUUCAGAGGAGAUGAAGAACUGCCAGAGGGCGGACGCUACGAUCAGAUCAUGGACGGUCGCAGGAGGAUCCUGAUCAUCCAGGACCUGAGGAUGGAAGAUGCUGGAGAGUACAACUGCAGACUGAGCCCCACUGUCAGAACAUCUGCCACCCUGAAACUCAAUGAACUGGCAGCGGAGUUCAUCUCUCGCCCUCAGAACCAGGAUGUGGUAGAGGGUGAGCAGGCUGAGUUCUCCUGCACCGUGUCCAAAGAGACCUAUGAGGUGAAGUGGUUCAGAGGUGAACAAGAGAUCCAAGCUGGAGACAAAUACACAAUCAUCAGUGAAGGAAAGAGAAGGGCUCUGAUUGUGAAAAAAUGUGACCUGAAGGAUGAGGGUGGCUAUGUUGCUCACAUCGGCAGCGUCAAAGCUUCUGCUGAUCUCUGUGUCAUAGAAAAACUGAGGAUCGUUACACCAAUUAAAGACACAGACGUGAAGGAGGGAAGCGAGAUUGUGUUUAACUGUGAGACCAAUACUGAGGGAGGCAAGGCCAAGUGGCUGAAGAAUGAGGAGACCAUUUUUGAAAGCAGCAAGUACAUGAUGGUUCAGAGAGACAACGUCUUCUCUCUGAGGAUCAAAGAUGCCCAGAAGGCCGAUGAGGCCACCUACACUAUCUCUCUGACUAACAACAGGGGAGAACAAGCCAAGUGCUCUGCCAGCGCUAAAGUUGCAGAGGAAAAACUCAAAUUCCUGGAGCCCAUUGAAGACAUUGAGACUCAGGAGAAGAAGACCAUCAGCUUUGUUUGCAAAGUGAACCGGUCUGAGGUGACCGUAAGAUGGAUGAAGGCCGGCCAGGAGGUGACCCUCAGCAAGCGCAUCGUCUACAGAGCCGAUGGACUCAAACACACCCUGACUAUCAAAGACUGUGCCAUGGAAGAUGAGGGCGAGUACACUGCCAUGGUUGGAGACGACAAGUGUGCUGCUGAGCUGAUCAUCAGCGAGGCGCCAACUGACUUCACAGGACAGCUCAGAGAUCAGACUAUUACUGAGUUUGAGGAUGCAGAGUUCACUUGCAAGCUGAGCAAGGAGAAGGCUGCUGUCAAGUGGUACAAGAAUGGACGAGAGAUCCGAGAAGGACCAAGAUAUCAUAUGGAAAAAGAAGGCAAAACAUGCAGAUUGAUCAUCAAGGUGUGCAGACCAGAUGAUGAGUGUGAAUAUGCCUGUGGUGUGGAUGAGAGAAGGACCAGAGCCAGGCUCUUUGUAGAAGAGACCCCAGUGGAGAUCAUCAGACCACCACAGGACAUGUUUGAACCUCCAGGCUCAGAUGUCGUGUUCGAGGUGGAGCUCAACAAGGACAGAGUGGAGGUUAAGUGGAUGAGAAACAACAUGAUCAUCGUGCAGGGAGACAAGUACCAGAUGAUCAGUGAGGGGAAGAUCCACAGGUUACAAGUCUGUGAGAUCAGACCCAGAGACCAAGGAGAGUACCGCAUUGUGGCCAAAGACAAGGAUGCCCGGGCCAAACUGGAGCUGGCAGCUGUUCCAAAGAUCAAGACCACUGACCAGAAUCUGGUGACGGACGCUGGAAAACCCUUCGUCAUGUCGGUUCCUUACGAUGCCUACCCUCGUGCUGAUGCAGAGUGGUUCUUUGAUGGCAAAAGCUUACCUGUUCAAAACAUUGAUACGUCGCUUGACAAAACCGAGUACCGUCUUAAGAGCCCUACCAAGGAGGACCAGGGUCGGUACAGAGUGGUAAUCAAAAAUAAACAUGGUGAGGGUGAAGCUUUCAUCAACCUGGAUGUGGUUGAUGUCCCUGGACCUAUUAAGAACCUAAGAGUGGUCGACACUGCUGAUGGUGAGGUCAGCUUAGCCUGGGAGGAGCCCGAGAGUGAUGGUGGCAGCAAGAUCAUCGCUUAUGUGGUAGAACGACGCGAUGUAAAGCGGAAGACCUGGACUCUUGCUACAGACCGGGCUGAUACUCCAGAGUACUGUGUCAGUGGUCUCCAGAAGGACUCCCUGUACCUGUUCAGAGUCUGUGCUCGUAACAGAGUUGGCCCCGGUCCCAUUGUUGCAACUGACGAUGCCGUUCAGGCCAAGAACAAGUUUGAUGUUCCAGAUGCUCCAGAAAAUGUUGGCAUUGGUGUGGUGAACAAGUUUGGAGCCACUGUCAACUGGGAGCCUCCUAAGUUUGAUGGGGGCUCAGAGAUCACUGCAUACGUGAUUGAGCUCCGUGACAGAACCUCUGUGAAAUGGGAGGCGGCCCUGGUGUGUGGAGCCAGUGAUCGAUCGGCUACUCUGAAUGACGUAGUGGAGCACAAGGAGUACAUCUUCAGAGUCCGAGCUGAAAACAAGGCCGGAAUUGGACGGCCUAGUGCUGCAACCAACCCAGUCAAGAUCAUGGAUCCCAUUGAGAGGCCAAGUCCACCUCUGAACCUGAACUACAGUGACCAAAUCAACACCGCUGUCACUCUGACCUGGGAAACCCCGUUAAGCAACGGUGGCAGCAUGAUCACCGGGUACAUUAUCGAGAAAUGUGAUGAGGGCUCAGACAAGUGGUUACGCUGCAACGCCAGACUGUGUCCUGACCUCUCCUACCGGGUUUCUGGACUGAAGCCUGGUCAGAAGUACCUGUACAGAGUGUGUGCUGAGAAUGCUGCUGGUGUCUCAGAUCCAACAGAGCAGCUGGGACCACUGCUUGCCGACGACCCACAUGUUGGUCCAACCUUUGAUCUAAGCGGCUUUAGGAAUGGCCUGGAAGUUAUUGCCCCUCAGCCUCUCACCAUCAGGGUCCCCAUUACCGGAUACCCCACUCCCACAGCAAAGUGGAACUUUGGAGAAAAGGAGCUGACCACAGCAGAGGAGCGUGUCUCCAUGGUAACAAAGCCAACGUUUACAGAGCUGACAAUCUCUCCAAGUGUCCGUCCUGAUAAAGGCACAUACACCCUGCACCUGGAGAAUGAUGUCACAUCCGUCUCUGGAGAGAUUGAGGUCAAUGUCAUCGCAUGUCCAAGUGCACCCAAAGACUUUAAGGUAGCUGAAGUAACUCGGCACCAUGUCCACCUGAUGUGGGAGCCGCCAGAACACGAUGGAGGAAGUCCAGUUACCCACUAUCAGAUAGAAAAGAGAGAGGUUUCCCGCAAGACCUGGGCCAAGGUUGCUACUGGUGUCAUGGAUCUGGAGCACACAGUAACAGAUGUGAUUGAGGGAAAAGAAUAUCUGUUUAGCGUUAUUGCCUGCAACAAGUGUGGACCUGGAGAACCAGCCUACAUAGAUGAGCCCGUAAACGUCUCCUCACCUGCCACUAUUCCUGAUCCUCCUGAGAACCUGAAAUGGCGUGACAAGAGUGGCAAGAGCAUCUUCCUUUCCUGGGAACCUCCAAAAUAUGACGGUGGUGCUCCGGUUAAAGGUUACGUGGUUGAUAAGUGUCAACGUGGGACAGACAAGUGGGAACCCUGUGGUGACCCCAUUCCUGAACUCAAGUUCCAGGUGACAGGGCUGAUCGAGGGCCAGUGGUACGCCUACAGAAUCAGAGCAGUGAACAAGUUGGGGGCAAGCAGACCCUGCAGGGCCACCGAUGAAAUUCAGGCUGUAGAUGCUCGAGAACCUCCAGAGAUCCAGCUGGAUGUGAAGCUGCUGGCAGGCCUGACUGCCAGAGCAGGCACCAAGAUUGAGCUUCCUGCAGACGUCAAAGGACAGCCUGAUCCUCGUGUAAAAUGGACCAAGGCUGACUUGGUCCUACGGGCUGAUGACCGUAUAACCAUUGAGACCCAGCCGGGACACUCCAAAGUUUCCAUAGGCAACACCACCAGAGAAGACACGGCCACUUACAUCAUAGAGGCGGUCAACAUCUGUGGACGCGCCACUGCCACCAUUGAUGUCAACAUCCUAGAUAAACCAGGCCCUCCAGCUGCCUUUGAUAUCUCAGAGAUCACCAACGAGUCCUGCGUUUUAGCCUGGAACCCUCCCAGAGACGAUGGUGGCUCACCCAUCGCCAACUACAUUGUUGAAGCUCGUCAGACAGACAAAGAGGAGUGGGUCAAAUUGUCAGCCACUGUGAAGGACACCACCUUCAAGGCCUGCAAGCUUAUUGCUAUGAAGGAGUACAUCUUCAGGGUCAGUGCAGAGAACCAGUAUGGCAUUGGCAUUCCUACAGAGCACACACCAAUCAUUGCUAAGUACUCUUUUGAUCCACCUGGUCCUCCAACCAGAGUCACUCCUUCUGACAUUGCCAAGGAUGCGGUGACACUGACCUGGUUUGAGCCAGAUGAGGACGGUGGCAGCCCCAUCACAGGAUACUGGAUUGAGAAGUUUGAUCAAGAAAGCGACAAGUGGAUACGAUGCAACAAACUGCCCAUCAAGGACACAACUUUCAGGGUAAAAGGACUUCCCACCAAGAAGAAGUACAGCUUCCGUGUGUUGGCAGAGAAUCUGGCUGGACCUGGAAAACCAAGUGCAGAGACAGAUCCUGUGCUUAUUAAAGAUCCCAUUGAUCCUCCAUGGGCACCCGGAAAACCUGUUGUCAGGGAAGUUGGCAAGACCACUGCCUUGUUAGCGUGGACACGACCGGAGCACGACGGCGGGGCAAAGAUUGAAGGUUACAUCAUCGAGUUCCAGAAGACUGGAAGCGAGGAAUGGAUCCGUAUUGCAGAGGACGUUCCUCAGACAGAGCACCAGCUGCAGGGUCUGAUGGAGAAGCAGGAGUACUCAUUCAGAGUUAAAGCUGUCAAUAAGGCGGGCGAGAGUGAACCCAGCGAACCCAGUGACCCCGUGGUCUGCAAGGAGAGACUCUACCCUCCAUCUGCUCCUCAGUGGCUGGAAGUCGCCAACAUCACCAAGAUCAGUGCUGAUCUGAAAUGGCAGGCUCCAAGCAGUGAUGGAGGUUCACCCAUCACAAACUAUGUGGUGGAAAAGAGGGAUGUGAGGCGGAAGGCCUGGCAGACUGUUGACACCACCAUCAAGGAGCUCAAAUACUCAGUGACUCCUCUGAAUGAAGGAUCCCUCUACGUGUUCAGAGUUGCUGCUGAAAAUGCCGUUGGAAUGGGAGAGUUCUGCGAGCUGGAGGAUGCAGUUCUCGCCAAGGACACAUUCACAACUCCUGGACCUCCAUACGCCCUAACAGUGAUGGAAGUCACUAAGAGACAUGUGGAGCUCAAGUGGGAACCUCCAAAGAGCAAUGGUGGAAGACCCAUAACCAAGUAUGUGAUUGAAAAGAAAGAAAAGGUUGGAACUCGAUGGCUGAAGUGCUGCAAGACUCCAGAUAAACAGACACAGUUCAAGGUGACAGAUGUUGAUGAAGGAUCAGAGGUGCAGUUCCAGGUCAGAGCUGAGAAUGAGGCCGGAGUGGGAGACCCGAGUGAGCCCACUGUCAUCCUCACCAUCGAGGAUCCAACAAGUCCUCCAUCUCCUCCUCUGGAAGUGGCCAUUGUUGAUGCCAGCAGGGAACACAUCAAUGUCACCUGGAAACCACCAGCCAAAGAUGGCGGCUGCCCAAUAACUGGAUACCAUGUUGAGGUGGCAGAGGCUCGUCCAGAACUCAAGUGGCUGAGGGUAAAUGCCCGGCCCAUUAAAGAGCUGAAGUUUAGGAUUGAUGAUGGAAUCAAACCAGAGAAAAAGUAUGUGAUUAGAGUUCGUGCCAUCAACUCUAUUGGUGUCAGCGAUCCCUCUGAAAUCUCCGACAAAGUUGCCACCAAAGAUCCUGACUGUGCUCCAACCUUGGAUCUGGAUGGACAGGAUGUGAUUGUGGUUGAAGGUGAGAAGCUGCACCUGAACAUCCCCUACAAAGCAAUCCCAACUCCCAAGAUGGUUUGGCAGAAAGACACAGUAGAGUGUAAAGCCGACGACCGGCUCUCCAUGACCGUUGAGAUGAACAGCGCUCACCUGGAGAUGCUGAAGUGCCAGCGUGCCGACGCUGGUGCCUACACCAUCACUCUGGAGAACACUCUGGGCACUGCUACUGGCACCAUCAACGUCAAAGUUAUCGGGCUCCCUGGUCAGUGUAAAGACAUCACCUCCAGUGACGUCACUAAGAAUUCCUGCAAGAUCAGCUGGGAAGCUCCAGAAGACGAUGGAGGCACACCCAUAGUCAGCUACACUCUGGAGCGCCGAGAAGCAUCCAAGAAAACCUACAUGCCCAUCAUGUCAGGGGAAAAUGUCCUCACCUACAACACGAAAGACCUUUAUAUCAACUGUGAGUACUACUUCAGAGUGAAGGCUGUCAACAAGGUCGGAGCAGGAGAAUAUUUGGAGCUACGUAACCCGGUUCUCACCGAGGAAAUUAAACAGAAACCAGACCCUCCCAUCCAGGUUGAGGGUCAUGACCCCACAUCUAAGUCCAUCACAGUCACCUGGAAGGCUCCAGACUACGAUGGCGGCUGCCCAAUACAGGGUUACAUAGUGGAGAAGAUAGAGAAAGAUGGUGACCGCUACGAGAAGGUCACCCCAAAUCUGGUUCCCGGGUUCUCCUACGUGGUGACUGGCCUGAAAGAAGACAUGGAGUACCAGUUCAGAGUCCGAGCAGAAAAUGCCGCUGGGCUCAGCGAGCCUUCCCGCAGCACGCCGCUUAUAAAGGCUGCAGACCCUGUUGAUAAACCAACAGUCACACUGCAUGCACGUGUGCAGUCCGGCCUCUGCAUUAAGAAGGGCGAGGAAAUCCGCAUCGAUGCUUACAUCUCUGGCUCUCCGUAUCCCAAAGUCACCUGGCUGAGAAAUGAGGAGGAUGUGACCAAGGAACCUGCCAAAAAGAUUGUUCCUGUGUUAAAAAAGAAGAAGACCAAAGCCAAUGUUCCAGAACCAGAGGAGGAGUUUGUGACUCCUCUGCGUGAACGUCUUGGUCUGGAUAAAACCACCAAAGGCCAGUCUGCUCUGAUGAUCCGUGACUCUGUCAGGGUUGACCACGGCAACUACACGAUCAGGGUGGAAAACACGCAUGGUGCUGCUUCUGCCACCUGCUUCGUCAAUGUCCUGGACAAGCCUGGCCCUCCAAUAAACUUCACUUUUGAUGAGAUCAGGAACACCUCUGUCAUCUGUAACUGGGAGCCUCCGGCGGAUGAUGGAGGCAGCGAGAUUCUGAACUACAUCCUUGAGAAGAAGGACAACAAGAAUGAUGAGAUUGGCUGGAUCACUAUCACCUCCACCCUGAAGGGCACCAGUUUCCCUGUCACCAAACUCAUCGAAGGGAAGGAAUACAUCUUCAGAGUAACAGCUGAGAACAAAUAUGGCUGCGGUUUGCCAUGCAUCUCUGAUCCACUUGUCGCCAAGAACCAAUUCAAUCCUCCUGAUGCUCCCAACACUCCCAGAGUGCAUGAGGUGACAGCAAACUCCGCUCACAUCUCCUGGCAUGAGCCAAAGGACAAUGGCAGCCCGAUCCUGGGCUACUGGAUUGAGAGGAAGGAGGUGAACAGCAAACACUGGACCAGAGUCAACCGGGCCCUCCUCAAUUCUCUAGAUGUGAAGGUCACCGGACUGAUGGAGGGACUCACCUAUAUCUUCAGAGUAUGUGCAGAAAACCUGGCUGGCCCUGGGCCCUUCAGCGAGCCCACUGAGCGCAUUGUGGCCAUGGACGCCAUUCUUCCUCCUGGGCCCCCCACUCCACGGGUUGUGGACACUGGCAAUGAUUCUGUCAUCUUGGCCUGGAAGCCACCAUUGUACAAUGGUGGAGGCGAGAUCCUGGGAUACCACAUUGAGAAGGUUUUGGUCGGAGAGAAAGAAUGGAGUCGCUGCACAGAGUUCAGGUGUAAAGAAUUAACAUUCACAGUGACAGGCCUCACUGAAGGAGCAGACUAUUACUUCCGGGUCCUUGCUAUUAAUGAUGCUGGCCCAGGAGCUCCUGGUCUCACUGAACCUGUAACCGUCAAAGAGCCACAAGAAACUCCUGUUGUGGAAUUUGAUGACUCUGUGAAGAACGGCGUCAUGAUCAAGGCUGGUGACUCCCUGAGGCUUCCUGCAGUGGUGACGGGCCGACCUCAGCCAGAGGUCAAAUGGGCCAAAGACGAGGCAGAAAUUGACAAGGAGAGAAUGAUUGUGGAGACGGAGGGUAAGAGGAGCACUCUGUUCAUCAAGAAGGCUGUGAGGGCAGAUCAUGGAAAAUACCAGAUCACCGGCACCAACAGCAGUGGCACCAAGACCGCAGAGACCAGAGUGGACGUCAUGGAUGUCCCUGGACCAGUGGUUGACUUGAAGACUGUCCUGGUGACGAAGAAGAACAUUGUUCUCACCUGGUCAGACCCUCUGGACAAUGGAGGCAGUGACAUCAUUGGCUAUGAAGUGCUGAGGAAAGACACCAAGAUGAAGCUGUUCCGUCAGCCCAUUGAGGUCGCGUCCUGUAAGUGUGAUGUUCAGGGCCUGCUGGGUGGUGAAGAAUACGACUUCAGAGUCAUCGCCAGAAACAAGUAUGGUGACGGCACACCAGCAGAUCUGGGACCCAUCCUGGCUGAGGAUCCUAAAGGGACUCCAUCUGCUCCUGAGAAACUGCACUACACUGACCGGAGCAAGUCAACUAUUACUCUGGCUUGGCUGCCCCCUCGCACUGAUGGCGGCAGCCCCAUCAGAGGGUACUACGUUGAGAAGAUGAGAUCAGAUAGCACAGAGUACGAGGUGGCCAAUCGUAAGAUCUUUACAGAGUGCUGUGGAACUAUUGAAAACCUCUCUGAGAACCAGGAGUACCAGUUCCGUGUUAAAGCUGUAAAUGAAGUUGGAGAAGGCGAUCCUUCCAAACCAAUAACUGCCAAGAUCCAGGACGAUGAAGUUGCUCCAGUUAUUUCAAUUCUGAAGUUUUUCAAGAGCAAUGCCAUCAAUGUGAGGAAAGGAGCAGCCAUAGACAUCCCGGCAGAGGUGAUUGGACUGCCUUUGCCAACAUUCCAGUGGAUGAAGGAUGAUGUGGUGAUUGAGAAUCCUGAUGAGGAGAAGAUGACCAUGGAGUCAGAGGAGGUGAACAGAACAACAAUAAAGACAAAGAUAGCUAUCCCAGUGACCGUCCGACAGGACAAAGGAAACUACAAGCUGGUAGCUGAAAACUGUCAUGGCAAAGCUCAGCAUGUGAUCAGAGUUGAAAUCCUCGACCGCCCCCUUCCACCAAGGAAUGUUGUUGUGUCGGACAUCAAAGCAGACUCUUGCUACCUGACGUGGGACGCUCCGGAGGACAACGGAGGCAGUGAGAUAACCAACUACAUCGUGGAGCGCAGAGACGCCAGCAAGAAGAAAUCAGACUUUGAUGUUCUGACCAUCAAUCUGAUCGACAGAAGAUAUGGGGUCUACAAAUUGGACUUGAAUGGAGUCUACCAAUUCAGGAUCAAAGCUGAAAACAAGUAUGGUGUCAGUGAUGGCUGUGAUUCAGAAAAAGUCCAGCUUAGGGAUCCGUUUGGCCUCCCUGGACCUCCACGUAACCCUAAAAUCAUAGCUGCAACAGCAACCACUAUGACGGUCACCUGGGAUCCCCCUCUGGACAAUGGCGGCUCCACCAUCCAGGGCUAUUGGCUGGAGAAGAGGGAGCGCGGUGCCGUUUACUGGGGUCGUGUUAACCGAGCUCCAGUCACCAAACCAGCGGUUAAGGGGCUGGAAUACACAGUGUUGAGGCUCAUAGAAGGAACAGAGUACCAGUUCAGGAUUGCGGCCUGCAACGCAGCAGGAGUCGGACCACACAGCGAACCCACUGAGUGCCGCUUCGCCACCGAUCCAUGCAAUCCUCCAAGCCCACCUGGCAGCCCAGAGGUUAAAGAUAAGACCAAGAGCAGCAUCACACUCACCUGGACUCCUCCAGAAAGAGAUGGUGGAAGCCCGAUCAAGGGUUACAUUGUUGAGGUUCAUGAGGAGGGCUCUCCAGAUUGGAGAAGGGUCAACCCAGCCGACAAGCUCCACCCAUCCACUGAAAUUACCGUCCCUGACCUGAAAGAGGGCAAGAAGUGCAAGUUCAGGAUUUAUGCAGUGAACGCCGCAGGAAACUCAGAGCCUGCUAGGACGGGCGAUAUCCUGGUUCAGGACAUCCUGAUCGAACCCACAGUGACUCUGGAUGUGAGUGCUCACGACCUGCUGAACUGCAGAGCAGGAACCACUGUCAGAAUUCCUGCCACCAUAAAAGGACGACCCAUUCCCAAAGUCACCUGGACCUUCGUUGAUGGAACUGCCGAGACUGAAAAGAAGAACGACCUUCACACGCUGCCCAUUGAUUCAGAGAUCCAUUCUACUGACACAACUUCAUUGGUGGUGAUCCCAGAAAGCAAGCUGAGCCACACCGGUCGAUUCAUCCUCAACGCAGAGAGUCCAGCUGGACACAAAGUACUCAAAGUCAGAGUCAAUGUACUCGACCUUCCUGGACCUGUUAGAAAUCUGAAGGUGAGUGAUGUGACCAGAGGAACCUGCAGACUCACCUGGAAGCCUCCAGAAAGUGAUGGAGGAGAGAGAGUGAAGAGCUACUUCAUUGAGAAGAAGACUGUGGAAGGCAAAGCCUGGACCAAGGUAAACCCAACCUGUGCUACCCAGUCUCUGGUGGUUCCAGACCUCAUUAAUGGUGAGGAGUACCUUUUCCGUGUCAAAGCUGAAAACCGCUUUGGCUUUGGCCCAUUUGUUGAGACUCCUGAAGGAACCAAAGCUAAAGAUCCCAUCCAUCCUCCGGAUCCUCCAACAAGGCUCAAGAUCCACAACAUAAGAAAGGGCACUCUCACUUUGACCUGGAAGGCUCCGAAGAACGACGGAGGUUCGCCAGUCACGCACUACAGCGUCGAUCUUCUCUGCUGGGAUUCCAGUGGUGCCCAAAAGGAGUCUUGGAGGAGAUGCAACAGGAGAGAUGUCGACACCACAAACUUUAAGGUGGAGGACCUGACAGAGGGAGAUGAGUAUGAGUUCAGAGUGAUAGCUUACAAUGAGGCCGGACCCAGCCGACCAUCAACCACUGCUGGACCCGUCAUCAUCCAGGACCAGACCUGUGCUCCAUCCAUUGAGCUGGAGGAGUUCAUGGAGGUGGAGCAGGGCUCUGACAUCAGCAUUGUGGCGAAGCUUCGUGGCUGUCCCUUCCCAACACUCACCUGGUUCAAGGCGCCUCCCCACAAGCCUGACGACAAGGUCGAGGUCCAGUACAACGAGCACAUCAACAAGAUUGUGUCAGAUGACAGCUGCACGCUGCUCAUCCAGCAGGGCAAACGCCACGACACUGGCCUCUACACUCUGGUGGCCUCCAACAGUCUUGGCAAAGCAUCCAAGGAAAUGAGGCUCAACGUUCUCGGUCGUCCUGGUCCUCCCUCAGCUCCUAUUAAGUUUGAAGAAAUUGGCGCAGAGAAGAUUACGCUCUCCUGGCUACCACCAAAGGAUGAUGGUGGCUCUAAAAUCACAAACUAUGUCAUCUGGAGGCGUGUGGCUAAUAGGAAGACCUGGGUACCUGUGACAAAUGAGCCCAAGGAACGAAUCUGGACAGUGGAGAACCUCAUGGAGGGCCACGAAUAUGUGUUCCGCAUCAUGGCACAGAAUAAGUAUGGAGUUGGCGAGCCACUGGACAGUGACCCUGAGGUUGCCCGAAACCGUUGCACUGUUCCUGGUCAGUGUGAGAAGCCAACAGUAACCAACAUCACCAUGGAUUCAAUGACCGUCAACUGGGAGGAGCCUGAGGAUGACGGCGGCACCCCGAUCACUGGCUACUGGCUGGAGCGCAAAGAGACCACAGGCAAACGUUGGGCUCGUGUUUCCAGGGACCCUCUCCGUCCCAUGGGCCUUGGCGAGUCCUUCGUAGUGAGUGGACUUGUUGAGGGGUCUCAGUAUUUAUUCAGAGUUUCUGCCAUCAACGCUGCGGGUCCAGGACUUGCUAGUCCUCCAACAGACCCUGUCUUUGCCAGAGACCCUAUCUCUCCCCCGUCUCCUCCGACCCCGAAGGUUUCUGAUUGGACGAAAUCCACAGUAGAUCUCGAGUGGAUUCCACCCUUAAAAGAUGGAGGAUCCAAGAUAAUCGGCUACUGGGUGGAGUACAAGGAGGAGGGCACUGAGGCCUGGGUUAAGGCUAAGGAAACUGAAAUUCGAGGGACACGUUUUGUGAUCAGUGGUCUAAAGACAGGCGGUCAGUACAGGUUCAGGGUGAUUGCCUUCAAUGCUGCUGGUAACGGUGAGCCAGGUGAAGUCCCAGAGGUGCUUGAGGUCAACGACAGAGCCAUUGCUCCUGAGGUGGAUCUGGAUGCCUCGAUUAAGGAGAGGAUGGUGGUCCAUGCGGGUGGUGUGAUCCGUCUGAUUGCCUAUGUGUCAGGGCAGCCGACACCUGAGGUCACCUGGACCAGAGAUGGUGCUGGACUGCCACCAGAAGCUAAAGUGGAGACCACCGCCAUCAGCUCUUCGCUGGUCAUCAAGCCCUGUACAAGAAAACACCUUGGUGUUUAUACCCUGACCGCCAAGAAUGCCAGUGGGGAGAAAACAAAGAAUGUCACGGUAGAAGUCCUAGAUGUUCCCGGACCUGUUGGCAUCCCAUUCCUGGCUGAAAACCUGAGCAUCGACUCCUGCAAGCUCAGCUGGUUCUUCCCUGACAAUGAUGGCGGUUCACCCAUCAGCAACUACAUCAUUGAGAAGCGUGAAGCUGAGCGUAAAGCCUGGACAUCACUGUCCUAUAGUGCCAGCAGGCAGAAUGCCAUUGCUCGCGAUCUCACCCUCGGAAAAGCCUUCUUUUUCAGAGUGGCCGCCGAGAACGCCAUUGGCAUUGGACCUUUUGUUGAGACAGCAGCUCCGAUUGUUAUCAAGGAGCCGAUGAGUGUACCGGACCGUCCCGAAGAACUGGAAGUCACCAAGGUUACCAAAAAUUUGAUCAGCGUCACUUGGAAAGCGCCCAAAUAUGACGGUGGCUCUGAGAUUACCAUGUACAUUAUUGAAGCACGUAUGAUUGGCAAAGACAAGUUCACCAGACUUACCAAAGAGAAGUUGAUGGACAGGAAGUUCACAUAUGAUGGUCUCAGAGAGGGAGAUACCUAUGAGUUCAGGGUGAUUGCCGUAAAUGAAGUUGGACAGAGUAAACCAUCAUUCUGCACUAAACCAAUCACUUGCAAGGAUGCACUUGAGCCACCAACCAUUGAGUUGGACUUCCGUGAUAAGAUCAUUAUACGUGUGGGAGAGAGCUGCCUACUUCAGGGACGCUACACAGGCAAACCAGCUCCAUCCAUUGUUUGGUACAGAGAUGACGAGGAGCUGAAGGCUGACAAACACGUAAUAUUCAAGAACACUCCAACCAUGCUGUCGCUUGGCCUGGUGAAGGCAGAGCGACAGCACAGUGGCAGAUAUGUGGUGGUUGUGGAAAACAGCACCGGAUCCAGGAAGGGCGUCUGCAACAUCACGGUCGUAGAUCGUCCAACACCUCCUGUUGGCCCUGUGGUGUUUGAGGAGGUGCACAGGGAAUAUAUGGUUAUCUCCUGGAAGCCUCCUCUGGACAAUGGAGGUGUUGAGGUGUCAAAUUACAUAAUUGAGAAGAGAGAUGUCAACAGAGAGAUCUGGACCACAGUAACAUCUGCCUCAACCAAGACCACAUGCAAGAUUCCAAAACUAACUGAAGGCAGGGAGUACAUCAUGAGAAUAUCUGCAGAGAAUAUGUACGGUAUCAGCGAUGCUCUGGAGUCUGAGGAGAUGAAAGCUAAAGAUCUGUUCAGAGUCCCUGAAGCCCCUGAGAUGCCAACAGUCAGAGAGGUAUAUGGUACCAAUGCUUUGGUUCUGUGGAACCGACCGCGUGAUGGAGGUAAACCCAUCACCAACUACAUCCUGGAAAAGAAGGAGCCUGGAGCCAAGAGGUGGUCAAGAGUCACCAGAGACCCACUGUACCCAGCCACUCAGUACCGUGUCCAGGACUUGGUUGAGGGCUGCGAGUAUGAAUUCAGGGUGAUGGCUGAGAAUGAGUUGGGAACUGGAGAUCCUAGUCUCCCAUCCAAACCAAUCCUUGCCAAGGAUCCCAUUGUGCGUCCAAGUCCUCCAGUUACCCCUGAAGCUUAUGACAAGACCAAAGACUCAGUCAGUCUGAAGUGGCAGAUGCCACGCCACGAUGGAAAAGGGCGAAUCUUUGGCUACCUUGUGGAGUAUCAGAGUCCUGGUGCCGUAGAGUGGAUUCAGGCCAACACGACUCCAGAGCAGUGUCCUGACCUCCAUUAUGUGGUGACAGGUCUGACUGAUGGACAGGAGUAUUCCUUCAGGAUCUUUACAGUAAAUGCAGCAGGCAAAUCCGACCCUGCCUUUGUCAAACAGACCAUCAAAGUCCAUGACAGGCUAGAGGAGCCAGAGUUACUCUUGGAUGCCAACAUGGCUCGUGACCACUUAGCCAUGCUGGGCACUGAUAUCACACUUAGUGCCACAAUUAAGGGUGUGCCGACACCAACAGUCUCCUGGAAGAAGAAUGAUGGAGAUGUUCCUUCUCACAUCACUGUUGCAGUUACGGCCACUGGUAGCAAAGUCUUCAUUCCCAAGUGUGUCCGUGCAGAUUCUGGCAACUACACUCUUACAGUUGAGAAUGCUGGUGGAAAGAAAUCUGCAACCGUUGCCGUGCUUGUGCUGAAUAAGCCUUCUCCUCCAAGAGAUCUUACGGUGUCUGAGGUGACCAGUGAGUCUGCUUAUCUGACAUGGAAGGCUCCAGAGGACAAUGGCGGUGCAGUCAUCUCCCAUUACGUCGUGCAAAAGAAGGAUGUGGCUGCAGAUCAAUGGGUACCAGUUGCUCCAGCCAAUAAGAAGCUUAGUCUGAUGGUGAUGUACCUGAUGGAGGGAAUCCAGUACUUAUUUAGGGUGGCUGCUGAAAACCAGUUUGGCAGGAGUGACUUUGUCGUGACCAAGACACCUAUCAAGGCUGUUGAUUCUCUUUAUCCACCUGGCCCACCCAAAAACCUCCACCACACUGAUGCAGACAAGACAGAGGUGUGGUUGGCCUGGGAAUGGCCCGAUCGCACUGGUGGAAGUGAAAUUACUGGGUUCAUUGUAGAACACCAAGAAGAGGGCCAAACUGACUGGGUUACCUUCAAAACUGUGAGCAACAACCACAGCCAUGUAACAGGUCUGGUUGAAGGCAAGACUUACCGCUUCAGGGUCAAAGCUCAGAAUGCUAUUGGUGUUAGCCGCCCUGACACCAGUAUCCCUAUUACUUGUCAGGAGAAGACAUUACCACCUACUAUUGAAGUUGAUGUGAAGCUUAUUGAGGGUCUCGUAGUCAAAGCUGGCAGUACUAUUACUCUACCAGCUAAGAUGACAGGAAUCCCUCUUCCCACUGCCAAAUGGAUCAGCGAUGGCAAGGAGAUCACUCCCGAGGGCCGACUUAAAAUUGAGUCUGCUGGUCCUUCAACCACCCUAAGUAUCACAGAGUGCCAGAGAGGAGAUACUGGAGAGUACAUAGUCACUGUGUCAAAUCCUGCAGGUAGUAAGACCGCUGCCCUACAUGUCACUGUAUUGGAUCUACCAGGACCACCAAUCGGGCCCAUCAAUAUCUUGGAGGUCACCCCAGAUCACAUGAUGAUACAGUGGAGGGCACCUAAAGAUGAUGGUGGCACACCUAUCACUAACUAUGUGGUAGAAAAGAAAGAUGUCAAGAAGCCAUGGGAGCCCUGGUCAGUGGUGAGCUCUAGCGGCACCAGUACAAAGGCCAAGGUGACAAGGUUGGAGAAAGGUCGUGAGUACAUUGUCAGGGUUCGAGCAGAGAACAAGAUUGGGAUCGGUGCUAGUCUUGAAAGUCCUCCUACUAUUGCCAAGCAUAUGUUUAAUCCUCCUGGACCUCCAGGCUUUCCUGAGUGUUCUGAUAUCACAGAAAACGCCGUAACAGUGGAAUGGGCCCUACCUGACCAUGAUGGAGGCAGCCCCAUUAGUGGCUAUAUUGUUGAACGCAGAGAGAUGACAGGAAAGUGGAUUCGUGUCAAUAAAACCCCUGUGCUAGACCUAAGAUACAGAGUCUCUGGUCUGUUUGAAGGCAAUAGCUAUGAAUUCCGAGUGUUUGCUGAGAAUAUUGCUGGCAUCAGUGAGCCUUCACUCACAUCUGACCCAAUCAAAGCCACCCGUGCCAUCACAAAACCUGGACCUCCUGGUAACCCCAAGCUUAAGGAUUGGAGUAAAUCUUAUGCAGACAUCUGCUGGACCAAACCCACAAGAGAUGGAGGGAGUCCAAUUCUGGGCUAUGUCAUUGAGAUUCAGAAGUCAGGAUCUGCCCAGUGGGACAGAAUCAACAAGGAUCUAAUAAAGAUCUGUGCUUAUAGAGUGCCUGGGCUGAUUGAAGGAAUGGAGUACAGAAUACGUAUCAGAGCUACAAACAAGGUUGGAGACAGUGAACCCCGGGAGGUACCCGAGACCAUUUUGGCAAAAGACAUCCUGGUGCCUCCUGAAGUUGUGGUUGAUGUCUCCUGUCGUGACUCUGUGACAGUCAGAGCAGGACAGAUAAUAAGUUUGAUUACUAGAGUAAAAGGCAGACCAGAUCCAGAGAUCACAUGGACCAAGGAUGCCAGAGCCUUGUCUCAAGAAAAGCGCCUUGAAAUGAAUAACAACUACCCUGUUUGUGAACUAAUUAUCAGUGAUUCUGUCAGGUCAGAUUAUGGAAAAUAUGGUAUUGUUGCAAAGAACAGCAGUGGACAGGCUCAGGCCACUAUUUUGGUCAAUGUCUUGGACACACCAGGACCUUGUCAAAAUUUGAAAGUGGCUUAUGCGACAAAGAAAUCUUGCAUGGUCUCCUGGGAAAACCCUGAAGACAAUGGAGGAACGGAGAUUAUUCAGUAUACAAUUGAAUGCCGUCAGCCAAGUCAAAGAGGGUGGACAGUGGUCUCCAAUGACUGGACCAAGCGCUUGAUAAAGGCUCCUCUUACUGAGGGCUGUGAAUACUUCUUCCGUGUGAGUGCUGAAAAUAAAAUAGGAGUUGGUCCAUCCACAGAGACAAAGUCACCUGUCUUGGCAGUUGAUCCUAUUGAAAAACCUGGGGAACCCAUAGAUUUCCACAUAUCUGAGAUCGGAAAGACCUUCUGCUUCUUGAAGUGGAAGAAACCUGAUUACGAUGGUGGUAGUAGAAACAUAGCUUAUCAUAUUGAAAAGAAACCAAAAGAAGCUGAAGAGUGGGAGAGGCUUCACAAGGGUGCUAUCAAGGAGACCUACUUUAUGGCAGACAGGUGUAUUGAAAAUCAAAUCUAUCAGUUCAGAGUUCAGACUAAAAAUGAGGGAGGCGAAAGUAAUUGGGUGACAACAGGAGAAGUACUAGUUAAGGAACAACUGGUAGUGCCCGAGGUUAAGAUUAAACUGGAUGGAACUCUUGUUGUUAGAGCAGGAGAUUCUUUUGCAGUAGAAGCAAUAGUCAAGGGCAAACCUCAGCCGGAUGUCAAAUGGACAAAGGAUGAGACCACAGAGGAGAUUAAGAAAGGCCCCAGACUGCAACUUGAAACUGGUGCAGACUUUUCCAAACUGUUGAUUACUGGUGCUAGACGCACAGACAGUGGCAAAUAUGUUGUCACAGCCUCCAACAGUGUAGGAACCAGCUCCGCUAAAUGCAGGAUUAAUGUAUUAGACAGACCUGGUCCCAUCAGGGACCUCAAGGUGUCUGAUAUCACUAUUGACAGGUGCAACCUGGCCUGGGAAGUUCCUGAAGAUGAUGGUGGCUGUGAUAUUUACAAUUACAUCAUCGAGAAAUGUGAGACAAAGAGAGGGGUUUGGUCUGUACAUUCUAAUGCUGUCAUCACCAAUAAAGCUAAAGUAACACGACUUAUUGAGGGUAAUGAGUACAUCUUCAGGGUUCGAGCUGAGAAUAAAAUGGGCCCUGGACCUGCAGUUCAGAGUGAGGCUAUUGUUGCUGGCACACAGUUCAGUGUACCUGAUGCCCCUGAAGCACCAGAGGUCACCAAGAUCGGAAAAGAGGAGAUGACUGUGCAAUGGUCAGAGCCUGACAGAGAUGGAGGAAAACCAAUCAUAGGCUAUCUUUUGGAGAAGAGAGAGGAGCAUGCAGUCAGGUGGUCCCCUGUCAACAAGGAUCCAGUCCCUGGAACUCGUUUCACUGUCACUGGACUAUUACCUCUCCAUGAUUAUCAGUAUAGAGUUAAAGCUGUCAAUGAAAUUGGUGUUGGUACUCCAAGUAAGGCUUCUCGUGCCAUCACUGCAAAGGAUGCAGUUGAGCCUCCUGCACCACCUACCAACUUAAAGGUUGUGGACAGCACAAAAUCCACAAUUACCCUGAGCUGGACAAAGCCUGUGUCUGAUGGGGGAGCCCCUCUCAUUGGCUAUGUUGUGGAAAUAAGGGCACAGGGGAGUGCAAAGAAAGGAGAUGAUGGCUGGAAGAGAUGCAAUGUGGCAGCACAACUUAUUGUCUGCGAGUUUACAGUCACAAGUCUAGAUGAGAAGCUAGUUUAUGAAUUCAGGGUGUCUGCUCAAAACCAAGUGGGUAUGAGCCUGCCCUGUAACCUGGAGGGUGCUGUGAUUCCAAGGGAAAUUUUAGAGGCACCAGAGAUUGACUUGGAUGCCAACCUGAAGGAGGGCCUCACAGUUCGUGCUGGUUGUCCUAUUAGACUUUGCGCCACCAUCAGAGGGCGACCACAUCCAACAGUCACUUGGAGAAGAAUGGGUAUUGACAACGUUAUUAGAAAGGGCAAAGUCGACCUCAUCGACACAAUGACCUUCCUGGUCAUUCCUGACAGCACACGUGAUGACUCUGGGAAAUAUUGCCUGACUCUACAGAGCCCUGCAGGAGAAAAAGCUGUGUUUGUCAAUGUUAAAGUUCUUGAUACUCCUGGACCAGUACUAAAUCUUGAAGGUACGGACAUUAAGCAGACCUCACUCACGUUGUCUUGGAAUCCUCCAGAGAUCACUGGUGGCAGUGAGGUGACACACUACAUAGUUGAAAAGCGAGAGAUUGACCGCAAGACAUGGGCAACUGUCAAGACUGAAGUUCAGCCUGAUAAGAUUCCUCUCAAAGUCAGUGGUCUGAUACCUGGCACUGAAUACUACUUUAGAGUCAUAGCUGUCAACGAGUAUGGUGCUGGAGUUCCCAAAGUGACACCUACUUCCUACCUGGCUUCCGAUCCUGUCAGCAAACCAGACCCUUGCCAGAAGAUUGAAAUUCUGGAGAUAACCAAGAACAGUGCAAUAAUUGGCUGGGUGAAGCCUGAAAGAGAUGGUGGUGCCAAAAUUGAUGGCUAUGUGAUUGAAUACAUUGAAGUCAAACCUCCACCAGAGCCACCAGCCCCUGUUGAGGUGGUUGAAGGAGAGGGAGUUCCUCCACCACCUCCACCUCCACCAGUAGUAGAGGAGGAAGAAGAAGCUGAACCAGAAAAAGAAGUGUGGAAUGCCUACACAACAGUUAAAGGUUUAUCAGUCAGUGUCAGUGGCCUGAAGGAGGGGAAAAGGUACAAGUUCAGAGUGGCUGCCAAGAACAUCAUGGGGAUGAGUUCUUUCACUGAGACUAGAGAGCCGACCGAGAUCAAGGAACAGAUGAUUGAGCCAAAGAUUGUUAUGGCAGAGACUGCAAGUGCUAGAGCUGGAGCCAAGCUUAGAGUGGAGGCACUGGUUUCAGGAAAACCUGUUCCAACAUGCAAGUGGAUACGUGGUGAGAAAGCAGUGGUCCCAUCCAGUCGCUUGGCUGUGCAUCAGUCGGGCAACUUGUGUGUCCUGAUCAUCAAAGAUGUGACAAGGAGUGACAGUGGAGAUUAUAGUCUUGUUGCUGAGAACAGCACUGGACAAAUUUCCCAGGCAAUAAAGAUCAUUAUUAGAGACAUCCCUGGUCCCCCUGAAGGCCCUGUGGAGAUCAGUGACAUUGAUUCUGAUGCUUGCUCCCUGUCUUGGAACAAACCUCUGGAGGAUGGCGGCAGCAAUAUCACAAACUAUGUUAUUGAAAAAUGUGAUGUGGCCAGAGGCGAUUGGGUGACCGCCCUUUCCUCCUGCGCAAAAACCAGUUGUAGAUUGGGAAAACUUAUUCCUGGAAAAGAAUAUGCAUUCCGCAUCCGCGCUGAAAACCGUUAUGGUGUGUCAGACUCAUUCAUUCAAUCAGACAGAAUGGUUGCAAAGUUCCCUUUUGAUGUUCCAAGUGAGCCCCUAAAUUGUCAUGUCAACAAGACCAACAAGGAUUGUAUGUUCAUUAGCUGGGAUAAACCGGAGAGUGAUGGCGGUAGUCCCAUCACAGGGUAUUACAUUGAGCGCAAGGAGAGAAACAGUCUUCUGUGGGUGAAAGCCAAUGACACUGUGGUCCGCACAACUGAAUACCCCUGCGCCGGCCUUAUUGAAGGCUUGGAGUAUACUUUCAGAGUAUCAGCCAUUAACCGUGCUGGUCAGGGCAAACCAAGCAAGAAAACCGACUUUGUAACAGCAAGAACACCUGUUGACACUCCUGGUAAACCUGAAGUUUUGGAUGUAACCAAAAACUCUGUCUCUUUGGUUUGGGCCCGUCCUAAAAAUGAUGGAGGAAGCAAGAUCAUAGGUUAUUAUGUUGAGGCUAUGCGGGUUCCAGGAGACACUUGGAUACGUUGCAACACCAGCAGUCAGAAUGUUCCCAGGGAGGAGUAUACGGUGACAGGACUUGAAAGAGACCUUCAGUACCAGUUCAGAGUUAUUGCUAAAACUGCAGUGAACAUGAGCAAGCCUUCAGAACCAACAGAUCCAAUCCUGGUCUGUGCUGAGAAUGUUCCUCCAAGGAUUGAACUUAAUGCCAAGAUGCAAAAAGCUUUAACAGUUAAGGCUGGAGUCACAAUCUUGCUGGAAGCAGAUGUGUUUGGUAAGCCUAUGCCCAGAGUCACUUGGAAGAGAGGUGAUGAUACUCUGAAGUCAGGUGAAGGCCAGGUCAUUACACAGCAAAGACAACAUUUCCAAUUAGAGAUACCAGCUGUCACCAAAGAACACACAGGAACCUACACUGUGUUGGCUGAGAAUGCAAGUGGCUCAAAGACUGCAGAAAUACAGGUCAAAGUACUGGAUGUGCCUGGGCCCCCUGCAAGUGCCACAUAUACAGAAGUGUUAGCCUCCAGUAUCAAGUUGACAUGGCAGCCUCCUUUGAAAGAUGGUGGUGCCCCUGUCAGCAACUACAUUGUGGACAAGCGUGAAACCAGCAGAACUAACUGGGCACAGGUGUCAGCAAAGAUAAAGGGUGACAUAUUAGAAUUUAAUGUGGAAAAACUAAUCGAAGGUCGUGAAUACCAGUUCCGAAUUCGUGCUGAAAAUACAUGGGGAGUUGGAGACCCACUUAUCACAAACCCAGUCAUCGCUAAGAACCCUUUCACUGUCCCCGGUCCUUGUGAAGCCCCUGUAAUCACCAACGUGACCAAAGACAAAAUGACUGUGAGCUGGAAGGAGCCUGUUGAUGAUGGAAAGUCUACCAUUCUGGGCUACGUGGUGGAAAAGAAAGAGACCAAGGAGAUGAAGUGGACCAAGAUUAAUAAAAAACCCUUAACAGAAAGGUCUCUUGAAGUAACAGGUCUAACAGAGGGAAUUGAGUACGAGUUCCGAGUCAUUGCUGUCAACAUAGCUGGGCUGGGAAAACCCAGUGAACCCUCUGAAGGCACCACAGCACAGGAUCCUAUUACUCCUCCUGGACCUGUUAUAAACCCGUCCGUGACAGAUACCACCAACAGCACAAUCAGUCUCACUUGGACUGUACCAGCUAACAACGGUGGAAGCCCCAUUAUCGGUUACUUAGUGGAAUGCAAGAGAGCCAACACAACAGACUGGAUCCGCUGCAAUGUCCCCAGGAACCUACAGGACACCAACUAUGUCAUCCAGAACUUAAUUGACAAAGCAGAGUACCAGUGUCGCAUCACUGCUGUCAAUAAAGUAGGCUUCAGUGAGCCAGCUGAAGUCCCAGGCAAACAUGUCGCCAAGGAUAUCAUAGUUGCUCCUGAGGCAGAGCUAAGUGCUGAACUGAAAGAGCUCCUUGAACUUACUGCUGGCAGCAAUAUGAAGUUGUAUGCAACCAUCAAGGGUCGUCCCACUCCCAAGGUCACAUGGGCAAAGAUGAACACCAACAUUAAGGACCGCCAGGGCAUUGUCAUCAAAUCUAGCAACAUUGACACCAUGGUUAUGGUGGAGAAAGUCAACAGAUAUGAUGCUGGCAAAUACAUUCUGUCUCUAGACAGCUUGGCUGGCAUGAAGAUGUAUACCAUUGUUGUCAAAGUUCUUGAUACACCUGGUCCACCAGUAAACCUGAUGGUGAAAGAGACAUCCAAAGACAGUGCAGACAUCCUCUGGGAUGCUCCUCUGAUUGAUGGGGGUUUUGAAGUCACUCACUACAUAGUAGAGAAACGUGACACUGAAAGAAAGGCCUGGUCUAUUGUCUCAAACAACUGCACCAAGACUUCUUUUAAGGUUCCAGACCUAGAUGCUGGGCGGUCCUACUGCUUUAGAGUGUCAGCAGUCAACAAGCUUGGUACUGGAGAAUCUUGUGAAACAGCUGAUUCUGUCAGGGCAACAGAGGAGCCUGGGCCUGUCAUGGACUUCAAAACCUUGCUGGUGACCAAAGACUCAUGCACUCUAAGCUGGAAGAAACCUCUCACUGACGGAGGCAGUCGCAUUAUCUGCUAUGUGCUAGAGGUUCUCAAUGGUGAAGACAAAUAUAAAGAACUUAUGAGGUCCAAGAACAUGCAGUACAGUGCCAAGGACCUUGUGGAGGGUAGAGAGUACAAGUAUCGGGUCAAAGCUGUAAAUGAUUCAGGAGAAAGCUCUGCUAAGGAGCUGACUGUGAUUGCUAAGGACCAAAUUAUUCUUCCAAGCUGUGACCUAAGAGAGUUGCCCAACAUGUGCUACAUUGCCAAAGAGGGCAGCACCGUUCGUUUAAAGAUUCCAAUUGUUGGGAAACCUACACCCAAGGUCACCUGGAAAAAGGGAGAUGAUGAAGAUUUGACAGAUACUGGCAGGGUUUGUGCCGAGUCAUCUGCAGUCAACACCACCCUCCUAAUCAGGGACUGCCAGAGAACUGAUGCUUCCAAGUACACCAUCACCUUAAGAAACAGUGCUGGCACCAAAGAAUCCACCAUCUUCAUCAGGGUGGUAGGAAAACCCGGUAUCCCUGUUGGACCAAUAAAAUUCAAGGAUGUUACUGCUGAUGGUGCUACAUUAAAGUGGGGUGUUCCUAAGGAUGAUGGCGGCUCUGAAAUCACAAACUACAUCCUGGAAAAAAGGGACUCCAUCACCAACAUGUGGGUGAAUGUUUCAUCCACUGUGGAGACAAAUACAAUGAGGGUGACAGGUCUCCAUGAGGGCACAGAAUAUAUCUUCAGAGUCAGUGCAGAGAACAAAUAUGGUGUUGGGGAGGGACUGAAGUCUGACCCUGUUGUUGCAAAACAUCCAUUUAAUGUACCUGAUGCACCUCCGCCUCCUCAAAUCAUGAGUAUGCGGCAUGAUUCUGCAUAUCUUGCCUGGUCUGACCCAAGAAAGACUGGAGGAUCUCCUAUUACAGGAUACCAUGUUGAAUUUAAGGAGAGGAACAGUAUGUUGUGGAAAAGGGCCAGUCCAUCUGCCUUAAAGAUGAAGGAACACAAAGUCACUGGACUAACUGAAGGCUUGGAGUAUGAGUUCAGAGUAAUGGCCAUUAACUUGGCUGGAAUUGGCAGACCGAGUGCUCCAACUGACCCACAGGUAGCCCUAGAUCCCAUCGAUGCACCUGGUAAACCAGAAGUAAUCAGCAUUACUAGAAGCACUGUGACCCUCCAGUGGACUGAACCUCAAUUUGACGGCGGCCACAGGUUGACAGGAUACAUUGUAGAGAAGCGUGAUUUGCCUUCCAAGAUCUGGGUGAAAGCCAACAAUGUGAAUGUUGUGGACCCUGCAUUUACUGUUGCUGAUCUACAAGAGGGCUGCAAAUAUGAGUUCAGGAUCAGGGCAAAGAAUGCUGCCGGUGCCCUCAGCCCACCCUCUGAGCAGACAGAUACCAUUAUGUGCACAGAUGAAUAUGCUGCACCAACCAUUAUCAUUGAUGCUCAAGUAAAGGAAGGUCUGACUGUCAGGGCAGGUGAUACGAUUGUUGUGACUGCAACAAGCAUUUUAGGAAAACCUGCACCAACCUCAUGCUGGUCAAAGGGAGGAAAAUACUUCAAACCCUCUGACUUAGUUCAAAUUGAAACCACUCCAACAUCAUCCACUUUAUCUGUAAAAUAUGCUAGCAGAAAGGACUCUGGAGAAUAUAUCAUCACAGCCACCAAUCCCUUUGGUGUAAAGGAGGAAACGGUCAAGGUCAAAGUUCUGGAUGUUCCUGGUUCUCCUGGACCCAUUGAAUGCAGUGGUGUAUCCUCUGAAAAGGUGAUUCUUACUUGGACAGCCCCUACAGAGGAUGGAGGCUCUCCUAUCAAAUAUUACACCCUGGAAAAGAGGGAAACUAGCCGUCUGCUCUGGACAGUCCUGGAAGAGAACGUCAUUGAUUGUCACUAUGUGGCCAACAAACUCAUUCAGGGCAAUGAAUAUUUCUUCAGAGUCUCUGCUGUGAACCAGUAUGGUGCUAGUGAGCCAUCUCAUUCUGAAGCUGUCAAGAUGGUUGACAGAUUUGGUCCCCCGGGUCCGCCAUCUAAACCUGAAGUUGAAAAAGUAGAUGGACAUUCAGUAACUUUGACUUGGAGAAGACCUGCUGAAGAUGGAGGAAGUGACAUUAUUGGCUAUAGUAUAGAGAAAAAGGAAAAGAAAGCGAUGCGCUGGGUUAGGGCAUCCAAGAAAACCAUUGCUGAGCUCAGUUUUGAAGUCACUGGACUCACUGAGGAUGUUGAAUAUGAGUUCCGUGUUCUUGCUGAGAACAAAGCUGGUUUUGGAGAGCCAAGUGAGCCAUCUAUGCCUGUCAAAACAAUAGUUGCUGCCUAUGUUCCAGGACCUCCUGUCAAUUCAAGAGUAACAGACACAACCAAAACUACUGCUACUCUUAACUGGGGGAAACCUCUGGAUAAUGGUGGUCUUGAAGUCACUGGAUAUAUAAUUGAGCACCAAAAAGAGGGAACAGAAGAAUGGAUUAAGGAUACCCCUUCAUCACCACUCAGAAUCACAGAGUUUGUUGUCCCUGGCUUGGAAACCGGUGCCAAGUACCAUUUCAGGAUUAGUGCUGUAAAUGCCAAAGGAGCUGGUGAACCUGGUGAAACCCAGGAAUUGGUUCAGAUUGUAGAACAUGCUGCUGAGCCUGAUUUAGAGUUGGAUAUUGAGCUGAGGAGAACCCUUGUUGUUAGAGCUGGUUGUUCUAUCCGUCUCUUUGUGCCAAUCAAAGGUCGUCCUGCUCCCAAAGUCACUUGGAGUAAAGACGGUGGCCCUGUUCCACGUGCAGUCAUUGAUAGCACUGAAUCUUUCACAAUGCUACUUAUUCCUGAAAGUUCAAGGAUUGAUGCUGGUAAAUAUGAGAUUACGCUUGAAAACUCUGCUGGAAAGAAAAGUGCAGACAUUCAUGUGAGAGUUUUGGAUUCACCUGGACCUCCUCUUAACCUCAAGCCGGUAAAGAUAGACAAAGAAAGUAUUACACUUCAGUGGGAUAGUCCUUUAAUUGAUGGAGGAGCCAAAAUUACAAAUUACAUAAUUGAGAAAAGAGAAUCAACACGCAAGGCUUUUGCUACUGCAAUUACAAAGUGUCCCACAACAUCAGUCAGAAUUGGUGACUUGGGUGAAGGCUGUGAGUACUACUUCAGAGUGUCUGCUGAGAAUGAGUUUGGCAUUGGAGAGGCAGUUGAAACUACUGAUCCAAUUCGUGCAUCUCAAGCACCUACGCCUCCAGAAAGCAUUAUUCCCACUGACAUCACAAAGAACUCUGUGAGCCUGGCAUGGACCAAACCCAAACAUGAUGGUGGAAGCAGAAUUUCAGGUUAUGUCCUAGAAGCCAAGAAGAAGGGAACAGACCAGUGGGCACAUGUUACAACAGUGAAGACCUUGGACUUCACCGUGAAGAACCUUAAUGAGAAUGAGGAAUAUAUUUUCCAUGUCAUGGCUGUCAAUCAAUCUGGCAGAAGUGCUCCACGUGAGAGCAAGCCCAUUAUUGUCAAAGAUUCUACAUCACUUCCAGAGUUUGACUUGCGUGGUGUAUGUCAGAAGACUGUUAUAGCCAAAGCAGGGGAUGACAUUAAGGUUGAAAUUCCAGUUAUGGGGCGUCCCAGACCAACAAUUUCUUGGCAGAAGGAUGGAGCAGCCCUAAAACUCACACAAAGAGUCAAUGUAGAAACUACUGCAGCUACUGCUAUUAUCAGCAUCAGUGAAUGCACUAGAGCUGACAGUGGUGUUUAUACCAUGACCGCCAAGAACAUUGUUGGAUCUGUGACAGAGAACAUAAUUAUCAAAGUGCAUGAUAUACCUGGGCCACCAAAAGGACCAGUGAAGAUUGUGGAAAUAUCACGCACCUAUUGUAUAUUUUCUUGGGAUGCUCCUGAGAAUGAUGGAGGUAUUCCAAUUAAUAACUAUGUGGUUGAAAUCAGAGACACUACUUCUCAAACAUGGACUGAACUCUCAUGCACUGUUAUUCGCACAGUAUUUAAAGCUAUUCGACUAACCACUGGAUCAGAGUACCAGUUUAGAAUAAAAGCUAAGAAUAGAUAUGGUGUUGGACCUCCCAUCACCUCAGAGUCAGUGGUUGCUGCCUAUCCAUUCAAAGUACCUGGGCCACCAGGAACUCCCAGUGUAGUUGCAUUCACCAAAGACUCAAUAACAAUUGGCUGGAAUGAACCUGUCUCUGAUGGUGGAAAUGAAGUUAUUGGUUAUCAUGUUGAGAGGAAGGAAAGAAGUGGCAUUAUAUGGCAUAGGAUCAGCAAUAGUCUUGUGAAAGGCAAUGUUUUUAAGUCAACAGGACUUGAAGACGGAGUUGCCUAUGAAUUCCGUGUCUUGGCUGAAAACAUGGCUGGAAUUGGUAAACCCAGUAAAGCUUCAGAGCCAAUACUAGCCUUGGACCCUGUGGAUCCACCAGGUCAGCCUGUGCCAAUUUUUGUUAACAAGAACGCCAUCACAGUUCAGUGGACAAAGCCUGCCUAUGAUGGCGGCUUUAAGAUCACUGGUUACACAGUAGAAAAAAGAGAAUUGCCUGCUGGUCGUUGGAUCAGAGCUAACUUUACCAACAUUAUUGAAACGGCAUUCACUGUCAGUGGACUCACUCAGGACAUCUCAUAUGAGUUCCGUGUCAUAGCCAGAAACUCAGCAGGAGCUGUGAGCAUACCAUCCGAACCAUCUGACCCAAUUACAUGUAAAGAUAACAUAAUUGAGCCACGUAUUAUGGUCGAUGCCAUCUUUAAGGACACGGUUCUUUUGAAAGCAGGAGAGUCUUUUAAGCUUGAAGCUGAUAUUGCUGGUCAGCCAAUCCCAUCUAUGGCUUGGACAAAGGAUGGAAAGGAGGUUGAGAACACAAUGAAACUGGAGGUUAGGUUUACCGAACUGACAACUAUUCUGACUAACAAAGACUCUGUUAGAUCAGAUGGAGGUGAAUUUGUUUUGACUGCUACAAACGUUGGUGGAUUUGCGAAACAUGUCUUUAACGUAAAAGUGCUUGACAGACCUGGACCACCAAUUGGCCCUCUGAAAGUGUCUGAUGUAACUGCUGACAACUGUGUACUUACGUGGGCUCCACCAGCGGAUGAUGGUGGUGCCAAAAUCGAAGGAUAUGUAGUUGAGAAACGCGAAUCAAGUCGACUGGUUUGGACCAAUGUAAUUUCAGAUUUGCAAGUUACACAGCACAAAGUGACUAAGCUACUCAAAGGAAAUGAAUAUAUAUUCAGAGUAAUGGCUGUGAACAAAUAUGGUCUUGGAGAAUCUCUUGAAUCAGAACCCACUAUUGCAGACAACCCGUAUGUGAAACCUGACCCCCCAGAAAACCCCGAGGUGACAGCUAUUACUAAAGAUUCGAUGGUUGUCAUGUGGCAAGCACCUAAGAGUGAUGGUGGAACUCCCAUCACCAACUACAGUAUUGAAAGGAAAGACAGAGCUGGCCUUCGAUGGGUUAAAUGCAAUAUAAGAAAAGUUAAGGACCUACAGUUCAAAGCAACAGGGCUUACCACAGGACAUGAAUAUGAAUUUAGAAUAUUUGCUGAGAAUGCUGCUGGAGUGAGUGUACCAAGUGUACCCAGUCUAUUUUAUAGAGCCACUGAUGGGCUGUACAAGCCAGGAGCUCCAUGUAACCCCAGAAUCCUGGACACGACCAAAUCCUCAAUCACUGUUGCAUGGAACAAACCUGUAUAUAGUGGUGGCUCUGAAAUCACUGGUUAUAUUGUUGAGACAUGCAUCCCAUGUGAAAAAGAAGAAGAGGAGGAAUGGACCAUUGUUACUCCUAAGGAAGGUCUUCUUGCAACUUCAUUUACCCUCACUAAUCUUAAAGAAAACCAGGAGUAUAAGAUUAGUAUUUCCGCCAUGAAUAGCGAAGGUGUUGGAGAAGCAGCAUUUAUUCCUGGAAAUCCAAAAGCUGAGGACAGACUUCUUCCUCCUGAGAUGGACGUGGAUGCUGAGCUCCGCAAAGUGGUCAGUCUAAGAGCUUGCUGCACACUUAGACUGUUUGUUCCAAUAAGAGGCAGACCAGCUCCUCAGGCUAAGUGGUCUAAAGGUGACGGUGAGCCUAUAGAGAGAGCAACCAUUGACAGCACAUCAUCAUACACAUCACUUGUAAUUGAAAAUGUAAACAGAUUUGACAGUGGAAAAUAUAACCUCACCAUUGAAAACAGCUCUGGUUCCAAAACUGUGACAGUUCAGGUAAGGGUCCUUGAUACACCAAGUGCGCCACAAAAUCUAAAAAUUACCUCUGUCACAAACGAAGCUGUCACAUUAACAUGGGAUCCACCAAUGAACGAUGGAGGAGUCAAAAUUAAGAAUUAUAUAGUUGAAAAGCGUGAGUCAACACGGAAAGCAUAUGCCACAGUUAAAGCCAAUUGCCAUAAUACUUCCUUUACAGUUGACCAACUUCUGGAAGGCUGCAAUUAUUAUUUUAGAGUUUUAGCUGAAAAUGAAUAUGGCAUUGGCUUGCCCAUCGAAACACCUGAAUCAGUUAAAGUGUCUGAGAAGCCACAGCCACCUGGCAAAAUCACUCUUAAAGAUGUCACCAAAAACAGUGUAACUCUAUCAUGGGAAAAACCAGAACAUGAUGGUGGCAGCAGAGUAGGAUGUUAUGUUGUUGAGAUUCAGCCUAAGGGUGUGGAUAAGUGGACCCAAGCUACAAUUGUGAAAGACACAGAAGCUACUAUAAGUGGACUAAAUGCAGGGGAGGAGUAUAUGUUCCGUGUAGCAGCAAAGAAUGAGAAAGGAACUAGUGAUCCUCGUCAAAUUGGCGUCCCUGUGAUAGUCAAAGAUCUCAUCAUUGCUCCAGUUGCUAAAAUGUUGUUCAAUACAUUUAGUGUGUUGGCAGGAGAAGACUUGACAGUGGAAGUUCCAUAUGUGGCACGUCCCAAAGCAGCUGUUACCUGGGUCAAAGAUGGUCAGCCUCUGAAAAGAACUACCAGGGUCAACUUUGGUGCAUCAGACACAGUGCUGGACCUCAACAUUAAAGAGGCAGCUAAAGAUGAUGUUGGCCAAUACACUAUUACUCUUGGCAAUACAGCUGGAGAGACAACAGUAAAUAUUGGUAUUGUUGUUCUAGACAAACCUGGCCAGCCCAGAGGGCCAGUUAAGGUAGAAGAGGUUACUUCUGAUAGUAUAACAAUCUCCUGGAAUCCACCUGAAUAUGAUGGUGGAUGCACUAUUAAAAACUAUGUCGUGGAGAAAAGGGACACAUCCACAACGAACUGGAUGGUUGUAACUCACAAUCUAGCAAGAACAAAAAUUAAGGCAGGCAGACUGAAGACUGGCUCUGAAUAUCAGUUUAGGAUUGUGGCUGAAAACAGACAUGGAAAAGGCCCAGCUCUUUCCUCAGAAUGUAUUGUUGCUCAGUACCCAUACAAGCUUCCAGGACCACCAGGAACACCAAACAUUGCAGCCUGUUCUAUGGACAGCAUGGUUGUAGCCUGGAAUGAGCCUGUGAAUGAUGGUGGAAGUACUAUCUUAGGCUAUCAUCUUGAACGUAAAGAGAGAAAUAGCAUCUUAUGGGUCAAACUAAACAAGUCUCUCAUUACUGACCAAACAUUUAAAACGACAGGUCUAGAACCAGGAAUGGAGUAUGAAUACAGAGUUUAUGCAGAAAACAUUGUAGGAAUAGGCAAAGCAAGCAAAGUGUCUGAAGGGCAUAUUGCAAGAGAUCCUUGUGAUCCUCCUGGCACUCCAGAAGCAACAAAAAUCACAAAAGACUCCAUAACGAUUGUUUGGACCAAGCCUGAAUAUGAUGGUGGUGCAAAGGUAACUGGUUACGUUGUUGAAAAGAAGGAACUUCCUGAGGGUCGUUGGUUGAAGGCCAAUUUCACAAAUGUGAUUGAGACAGAAUAUGUCGCAACUGGACUUGUGCAAGAUAACCAAUAUGAGUUUCGGGUUAUUGCCAGAAAUGCUGCUGGUGUUUUCAGUUUACCCUCAUACAGCACUGGCCCUAUAACUGCCAGGGAUGAGAUUGAACCACCACGCAUCAGCAUUGACCCUGAAUAUACACAGACUCUUGUGGUUAAUGCUGGAGACAACUUCAAAAUUGAUGCUGAUGUUCAUGGCAAACCACUGCCCUCCAUUCACUGGCUGAAGGGAGAACAGGAGCUUGGCAAUACAAUUCACAGAGAAAUUAAGAACACACCCACUAAAGCUUACAUAUCUAUAAAGGAAUCUAAACUUUCAGACGGAGGACAAUACACACUGUUGCUGAAAAAUCCUGGAGGAGAAAAGGCUACACAAAUCAACGUUGUUGUCCUUGAUAAACCUGGGGAACCACAUGGACCUCUUGUUGUUACAGGCAUCGCCAAAGAUCAUUGCUCUCUUGCAUGGAAACCACCACUUCAGGAUGGUGGCAGCAAAAUAUCUCACUAUAUUGUUGAGAGAAGAGAGACAAGUCGUCUUGUCUGGACUGUUGUUGAUCCAAAAGUAAAGAAUAUUUGUCUCAAAGUAAAUAAACUUCUCGAAGGAGAUGAAUAUAUCUUCAGAGUUCAUGCAGUCAACCAGUUUGGAGUGGGUCCACCACUUGAGUCUGCUCCUGUUCUAAUUAAAGAUCCAUAUGUCCUACCUGGAUCACCAAAGAAUGUAGAAGUUUCCAAUGUUAAAAAGGAUUCGAUGGUGCUCAGCUGGGAGGCUCCUUCUGAAGAUGGGGGUAGUCCCAUUACUGGAUACAUAAUUGAGAAACAUGACAAAGAAGGAGUGAGAUGGACAAGAUGCAAUAGACAAACAGUUACAGAUCUGACCUUUAAAGUAACUGGAUUACUGGAAACCCAUAUUUAUGAAUUCAGAGUUGCUGCUGAAAAUGCUGUGGGUGUUGGGGAGCCAAGCACCUCAACCGUUUUCUACAAAGCUCUUGAUCCCAUCUUCCGACCUGGUCCACCACAAAAUCCUAAGGUCACUGACACAACAAAAUCAUCAGUAUUUUUGUCAUGGGGGAAGCCUGUAUGUGAUGGAGGCUGUGAGAUUCAGGCGUAUAUCGUUGAGUGUUGCAUUGCCACAGAACCAGUGGUGCAACCUGAAGCACCAGAUGCAUCAGCCUCUGCCACAGAUGCACCUGCUGAGAAUUGGAUCAUAUGCACACCCCCAACAGGUGUGAAGACAACUAAAUUUGAAGUUGGAAAUCUGAAGGAAAACCAAACGUACAAGUUUAGAGUGUGUGCUAUCAACAAGGUAGGAGUUGGAGAGCAUGCUGAUCUCUCUGGAGCUGUGGUUGUGCAGGACAGAACAGAGGAGCCAGACCUUGACAUUGACCCAGAACUUAGAAAGAUUGUGUCUAUCAAAGCUGGUGCUUCCCUUAGAUUGUUUAUCCCCAUUAAAGGAAGACCCAGUCCUACCAUUAAGUGGGACAAAGAUGAAGAGACUCUCAAAGAGACUGCUCAAGUUGAAAUAACCAGCAGUUAUACAUCCCUUGUAAUUGAUAAAAUGAGCAGAAAUGACAGUGGAAAAUAUACAGUUACUGCUCAGAACUCCAGUGGUACCAAGUCUGCAUUUGUUGUUGUCCGUGUUCUAGAUACACCCAGCGCCCCGGUUGCUCUUAAAGUGAAAGAAAUUACAAAUCAGUCAGUGACACUGGCGUGGGAACCACCUCUUUUAGAUGGUGGAUCCAAGAUUAAGAACUACAUUAUUGAAAAGAGAGAAAGCACACGUAAAACCUAUGCUGCUGUUGUGACAAACUGUCAUGCUCUUUCAUGUAAGAUUGAACCCCUUCAAGAAGGCUGUAGUUACUAUUUCAGAGUACUAGCUGAAAAUACUUUUGGCGUCGGCUUGCCUGCAUCAACAGUAGACCCUCUUAAGGUUUCAGAAGUGCCUCAGUCUCCAAAAACUUUGAUUGUUACAGAUCAGACAAAAACAAGCAUCUCUCUGGCAUGGGAGAGACCAGAGUAUGAUGGUGGAAGCAGAGUUCAACAAUAUCUGCUUGAGGUACAGUUGAAGGGCCAGGACAAAUGGUCUGGUGUAAAUACAUUUAAGACUAUGGAGACUACAGUGUCCAAUCUGAAUCCAGGACAGGAAUAUCUGUUUAGAGUUACUGCAAUCAAUGACAAAGGAAAGAGUGACCCAAAAGCCCUUGCUGGUCCAGUGAUGACCAAGGAUCUGGUCUUUGAGCCAGAUAUCCGGCCUGCAUUCAGCAGCUACAGUGUUCAUGUUGGCAAAGACAUGAAUGUUGAUAUUCCCAUCUUUGGUCGUCCAAAGCCAACUAUUGCAUGGACGAAGGAUGGAGCCCCAUUGAAGUUUACCACCAGAGUAAAUAUUCACAAUACAACUACGCACACAACUCUAAGCAUUAAGGAGGCAGCAAGUGACGAUAUUGGUAUGUAUACUAUAACUGCCACUAACUCAGCAGGAAAGAAGGAAAGUGCAAUCGAAAUAAUUGUUCUGGACAAACCUGGACCUCCAUCUGGUCCAGUGAGGUUUGAUGAAAUCACAACACAGAGUGUCACAAUUUCAUGGAACCCACCCAAACAUAUUGGUGGGUGUCAAAUCUCAAACUACAUUGUACAAAAAAGAGAUACUACCACAACAACAUGGGAGAAUGUGACCACCAACUGUGCUAGAACAACCAUCAAGGUCACUAGACUAAAGACAGGAGCUGAGUACCAGUUUAGGAUCAUUGCCCAGAAUCGCUAUGGAAAAAGUCAAGGUUUAGAUUCAUCAGCUGUAGUGGCUCAAUAUCCUUACAAAGAGCCAGGCCCACCAGGAACUCCCUUUAUUACUUCUCUCUCCAGAGACCACCAAAUUGUUGAGUGGCAUGAACCUAUAAUAGAUGGAGGAAGUCCUGUUCUUGGAUACCAUCUUGAAAGAAAGGAGAGGAAUAGUAUUCUCUGGGUCAAGAUAAAUAAGACACUUAUUCAUGGGACUAGUUUCAAGAGUCAUCCAUUGGAGGAGGGUAUAGAAUAUGAAUACAGGGUCUAUGCUGAAAAUAUUGUUGGCAUUGGAAGAAGCAGUAAGAUUUCAGAGGGUUGUGUUGCCCGUGACCCAUGUGAUCCCCCUGGUACACCAGAAGCUGUCCAUGUGACCAAGGAUACAAUUGUCAUUCAGUGGACUAAACCAGAAUAUGAUGGAGGCAGUAAUAUUACUGGCUACAUUAUAGAAAAACGUGAUCUGCCAGAAGGCAGGUGGGUAAGGGCAAACUUCACGAAUGUGAUUGAGACUCAGUUUACUGUUUCUGGUCUCACAGAAAAUGCACAGUAUGACUUUAGAGUCAUUGCGAAAAAUUCAGUUGGGACAGUCAGCAAGCCGUCAUACAACAGUGGACCUAUAACAGCAAGUGACAAGGUCGAGUCUCCUAAAUACUCAAUUGACCCUGCUUUUACCAAGACUGUCAUCAUAAAUGCUGGAGAGACAUUCCGGUUGGAUGCAGAUGUCCGUGGCAAGCCACUGCCUUCAGUCCAGUGGUUCAAGGAUGAAAAGCCAGUUGAGAAUACAAUCAGACUAGAGAUCAAAAACACAGAAAAUCAUGCAAUGAUCAUUGUUAAGGACUGUGUUAGAGUUGAUGGUGGAAUUUACACACUUCUGCUGAUAAAUGAGGCUGGCAGCGAAACUGUUCCAUUUAAGGUUUUGGUAAUGGAUAGACCUAGUCCAUGUGAAGGGCCUCUCCAUGUCACUGGAGUAGCUGAGGAUAGAUGCACACUGGCAUGGCGGGCCCCACUACAUGAUGGAGGUAGUCCUAUUACACAUUACAUCAUUGAGAGGAGAGAGACAAGUCGCCUAGCUUGGACUGUUGUUUCUAGUACCUGUAACACCACAUGUUACAAAGUUACUAAAUUACUGGAGGGCAAUGAGUAUAUGUUCCGUGUAAUGGCAGUUAACAGCCAUGGAGUCAGUGAGGCACUGGAGUCUGCUGCAGUUACUAUGAAGAAUCCUUUUGUACCACCUGGUUCACCUCACAUUGAAGACAUAUUCAACAUUACCCAUGAAGGUAUGACAAUAACUUGGUCUGCCCCUGAGACUGAUGGUGGUACCGAGAUUAUCAGUUAUAUAGUUGAAAAGAAGGACAGGGCUGGAAUCAAGUGGACCAGAUGUAACAGACAAAAAAUAACUGAUUUAUCAUAUAGAGUUACAGGCCUAACCACAGGUCAUGAGUAUGAGUUCAGAGUAUCUGCUGAGAACAUUGUUGGUCCAGGAGAACCAAGCCUUCCUAGUUCAUACUACAAGGCAUCUGACCCCAAGUACAAACCUGGUGCCCCAGCAUAUGUCAAUGUAAUUGACUCUACAAAAUCCUCCAUCACAGUUUCUUGGGGAAAGCCUCUGUCUGAUGGUGGUAGUACCAUCCAAGGAUAUAUUGUUGAUGUAUGCAAGGCUGAAGAGGAAGAAUGGAAGAUGGUUACACCCCCUACUGGUCUGCGUGUCAACAAAUAUGAAAUUCCUAAACUUACUGAGGGCCAGGAAUACAAAAUUCAAGUGUGUGCUUUGAACAAAAUGGGAGUUGGUGAACCAGUUGUUCUUUCUGGAACGGCGAAGCCAGAGGAAAGGAUGGAUCCACCACAAAUUCAUCUUGACUCCGAGCUGAGAAAAGGCAUCACUGUAAAAGCUGGUGGAUCUGUUAGAAUCUAUAUUCCUUUCAAGGGAAGGCCAACACCUGAGAUUAAAUGGACAAAGGAUGAUGGAGACCUUUCUGAAAAAGCUGUGGUUGAGAAAGCUGUGAACUUCACACAGCUCUCUAUUGACAGUUCUGACAGACAUGACUCAGGAAAAUACACUCUAACCUUGACAAACAGCAGUGGCUCAGUCUCUGAGUUUGUUUCAGUAAAAGUCCUGGACACACCUGGGGCUCCACAGAACCUUGUGGUUAAAGAUAUCAAAAAGGAUUCUGUUACACUUGUAUGGGAUGCACCAGCAAUUGAUGGAGGUUCAAAAAUCAAGAACUAUGUCAUUGAUAAGCGUGAAUCAACAAGGAAGGCAUACGCAAAUGUCUCCACAAAAUGCACCAAGACCACAUUUAAAGUUGACAAUUUAAUUGAAGGAGCUAUGUACUACUUCAGAGUCAUGGCUGAGAAUGAUUAUGGAAUUGGUCUGUGUGUAGAGACAAAAACUGCUUCAAAAGCCUCUGAAGUGCCACUGCCUGUUGGAAAAGUGUUUCUUACAGAUGUCACAAAAACAAGUGCCACACUGGCCUGGGAGAAACCUGAGCAUGACGGUGGCAGUAGGAUUGGUGGUUACCUGAUUGAGAUGCAACCUAAGGGCACAGAUAAGUGGGGAGUUGCAGGAAACCCAAAGACUUGUGAAGGAACUGUUACAGGCCUGACAGCAGGCACAGAAUACUUAUUCAGGAUCAUUGCUUACAAUGAGAAAGGAAAGAGUGAGCCAAAGGCACUUGCUGCACCAGUUAUUGCAAAUGACAUGACCAUAGAACCAAGCAUCAAGAUGCAAUUUAAUACUUACAAUGUGUUAGCUGGAAAAGAUCUUAAACUGGAAUUUCCUGUACUUGGAAGGCCCAAACCUAAAAUCAGCUGGGCAAAGGAUGGUCAGGCUUUAAAGGUGACCUCUAGAGUUAAUGUUUUUAACACUCCAUUAACAACUGGAAUUCAGAUUACUGAGGCAUGUAAGGAAGACUUUGGCAAAUAUUCUAUUACUGCAGCAAGCACUGUCAGCACCAUCACAGAAGAUGUAACUAUUAUUAUCCUCGACAAGCCUGGCCCACCGAAAGGUCCAGUUAAAGUGGUGGAAGUAAGCAACACUUUUGUCCAUCUAUCUUGGGAGCCCCCAGCGUACACUGGUGGUUGUCAAGUUAAGAACUACAUUGUAGAAAAGAGAGAUACCACAACCACAACAUGGCAGCCAGUUGUUACACAGCUGGCUAGAACAGCUUUUAAGGUGACAAAACUGAAAACUGGAGCAGAAUAUCAGUUUAGAAUUAUAGCAGAAAACAGAUAUGGAAAAAGUGCACCUCUAGACUCCAAGACCAUUGUAGUGCAGUAUCCUUACAAACCACCUGGGCCUCCUGGUACACCAUAUGUUAAAUAUGCAACUAAGGACAUGAUGAUCAUUGAAUGGAAUGAGCCAGUUAGUGAUGGUGGGAGUGCAGUUAUUGGUUACCACCUUGAAAGUAAAGAGAGAAGCAGCAUCCUCUGGAACAAACUAAACAAAACUCGAAUUACAGAUACUCAAUUCAAGAUCUGCAAUCUUGAGGAAGGCAUUGGUUAUGAAUUCAGAGUUUAUGCUGAAAAUAUUGUUGGCGUUGGUCGAUGCAGUAAAGUAUCUGAGUCCUUUGUUGCUCGCGACCCAUGUGAUCCUCCUGGUGCUCCAGAAGCUGUAUAUAUUACUAAAAAUCUAAUUAAAAUUCAGUGGACCAAACCUCAGUAUGAUGGUGGUAGUAAAAUAAAUGGAUACAUUGUAGAAAGAAAAGACAUCUCCUCACCUGAUGGUCACUGGGUAAGAUCCAACUUUACUAACAUAAUUGAGACGGAGUACACAGUGACUGGUCUGACAGAGAGUGAGCAGUAUGAAUUUAGAGUUAUUGCAAGAAAUGCUGCUGGAGUCUUCAGUGGGCCAUCAGACAGCUCUGGACCCAUCACUGCUGCAGAUGACAUUGAAGCACCAAGGGCCUCAAUGGACCCCAAAUACAAGGAUAUAAUUGUUGUUUAUGCGGGGGAGAGUUUGCUUUUCGAUGCAGACAUUUAUGGAACUCCACAACCUGAGGUUGUGUGGCUUAAAGAGGGGAAAGAAAUGGAGAAAGCCUUGCGCAUUGAAGCUAAAACUACACACAAAUGUGCAGCUAUGACCAUAAAGGAUGUUACCAAACUAGAUAGUGGCCAUUAUGACCUUGUUCUCAAAAAUAUUGGUGGUACAAAAACCUUCCCCAUCACUGUUAAAGUCCUUGACAAACCAGGUCCACCAAUUGGUCCCAUUAAAGUGUCUGAAAUCAUGGCUGACAGGUGCAUCCUUGCCUGGUCUGAACCAGCUCUGGAUGGUGGAGCUAGCAUCAGUCACUAUGUUUUAGAGAAGAGAGAGACCAGCAGGUUGUCUUGGACUGUAGUUGCACCAGAAGUAAAAAGCCUGUACCAUAAAGUAAAAAAUUUGCUUCCAGGAAAUGAGUACAUUUUCAGAGUCAGGGCAGUGAACAAAUAUGGGGCUGGUGAUUGCCUUCAGAGUGAACCUAUUAUUGCACGCAAUCCUUACAAGCCACCAAGUGCUCCUGGAAUUCCUGAAGCAAGUCAGAUCACAAGGGACUCCAUGGUUCUGUUUUGGACACCUCCAGAAAACACAGGUGGAGUUGACAUCCAAGCUUACCAUCUUGAAAAGCGUGACAAAGAUAGUGUGAGGUGGACAAAAUGCAACAGGCAAAAGUUGACAGAAACAAACUUCAAGGUCACAGGUCUUAUGCCAGACCACUUUUAUGAGUUCCGUGUUGCUGCUGAAAAUGAGACUGGAAUAGGAGACCUCAGUGAAUUAUCCCUUUUCUAUAGAGCAUGUGACGCUACAACACCACCUGGACCUCCACGCCACCCUAAGGUGACAGACUACACAAAGUCUUCUGUGUCCCUCUCGUGGGGUAAACCUGACUUUGAUGGUGGAGCCUACAUCAAGGGAUACAUUGUUGAAAUGAGGGAGUAUACACCACAACCAGAAUUAACUGAGGAAGCAGAAGUAGCGCCAGCAGUACAAGCACCAGUUGAAAAAGAAUGGAGCAUGUGUACUCCACCAACAGGUAUUCAGGUCACUAAACUCACUAUCACAGACCUGAAGGAUGGCGGAGAGUAUCAGUUCCGUGUCUGUGCCAUUAACUCAGAAGGAGUUGGGGAAGCAGCUAAUUUCCAUGGCACAGUAAUAACUUCCGACAGAGCAGAUCCACCAGAGAUGGAGUUGGAUGCAGACCUCAGAAAGGUGGUGUCUGUUCGGGCUGGUGGAACUCUGCGCUUGUUUGUCCCUAUUAGAGGCAGACCUGAACCUUCUGUGAAAUGGGAGAAACUUGAGAGCACUUUAACAGACCAUGCUGCAAUUGACACUACUUCUUCAUACACCAUGCUUGUCAUUGACAAUGUUAACCGCUUUGACAGUGGGAAAUAUUCUUUAACACUGGAGAACAGCAGUGGUACAAAAUCUGCAGUUAUUUCAGUAAGAAUUUUGGACACACCAAGUGCACCACAAAACUUCACUGUUAAGGAGCUCAAGAAAGAUUCAGUAACUCUUGCCUGGGACACACCACUCAAUGAUGGUGGUGCAAAAAUUACAAACUACAUUGUAGAGAAAAGGGAAUCUGUGAGAAAGGCCUAUACUACUAUCACAAGCAAUUGUACUGCCAACUCAUUCAAAAUUGAAGACCUCCCUGAAGGUGGAAUAUUCUAUUUCAGAGUGUGUGCUGUCAAUGCAUAUGGUCAGGGACAGGCAGUUGAAACUAAAGAAACCAAAGUGUCUGAGGUGCCUCAACCACCAAACAAGGUAACUCUUGUGGAUGUAACAAAAACCAGUGCAUCACUGGCCUGGGAGAAGCCUACUCAUGAUGGUGGCAGCAAAGUAAUGUGCUACAAUGUAGAAUUCAAACCUAAGAGUGGUGACAAGUGGGGGACAGCAUGUACAGUCAAAGUACCAGAAGCAACAGUUCCUAAUCUGAAUCCCAAUGAAGCAUAUCUCUUCAGAGUUCUUGCAAUAAAUGAGAAGGGAAAGAGUGAGCCAAAAGAUCUUGGAUUGCCAGUGGUGGCAAAAGAUGUUGCAAUAGAACCAUCCAUAAAUCUACUGUUUACAACAUAUAGUGUCAAGGUUGGGGAUGAUCUCACUCUUGAAGUGCCUGUGAGAGGCAGACCAAAACCUGUUGUAUCAUGGAAGAAGGAUAGCCUUCCUUUGAAACAAACAUCAUCAUUAACAAUCAUAAAUACAGCAACAUCAUCUAAAAUUGUUAUUAAAGGAGCUAGCAGAGAACAUGUUGGCAAAUAUGAGAUUACCUUGGCUAACACUGCUGGAACAGUAACAGCUAGUAUUGGAGUUGUUGUCCUGGACAAACCCGGUCCACCUAAAGGAAUUAAGGUGGAUGCUGUGACUUCAGACAGCAUUACACUGUCUUGGUCCCCACCAGAAUAUGAUGGUGGCUGCUCCAUCAGCAACUAUAUUGUGGAGAAGAGAGAUACAAACACACAGGAGUGGCAAAUAGUGGCAAGUAAUGUUGCCAGAACAUCUUUCAAAGCUGGCCGCCUUACACAUGGAGCAGAGUACCAAUUCCGCAUAUAUGCAGUUAACCGUUACGGAAAGAGUAGUUUCCUUGAUUCCCCAGGAAUUACUGCUCAAUAUAAUUUCAAACAACCUGGACCUCCAUCAACACCUAUUGUCAAACUGGCUACUAAGUCAUACAUGUUGGUGACUUGGAAUGAGCCAGUCAGUGAUGGUGGUAGUCCUGUUCUGGGCUAUCAUUUAGAAAGGAAGGAGCGUUCUAGCAUUCUUUGGACAAAGAUGAACAGAGGAAUGAUCAAAGACACAGAAUACAAAGUCACUGGUAUUGAAGAGGGAAUGCUCUAUGAAUACCGUGCCUAUGCAGAAAAUAUUGCUGGCAUUGGUAAAUGCAGCAAGGCCUGUGAACCUGUUGCAGCAAGAGAUCCAUGUGAUCCUCCAGGCACACCUGUGGUUACUGCUAUUACAAGAACAUCUGUCUCAUUAUCUUGGGAUAAACCAGAGUAUGAUGGCGGAUCCAAGGUUUCUGGCUACAUCAUUGAGCGGAGAGACCUUCCUGAGGGUAGAUGGACCAGGUGCAACUUUACCAAUGUGCCGGAGACUUAUUAUGAUGCUACAGGCCUUACAGAGAACAGUCAGUAUGAUUUCCGUGUAAUUGCAAAGAAUGCUGUUGGACAGUUCAGUAUCCCAUCAUUCAAUACAGGCCCAAUUACUGUCAAGGAUGAUGUAGAUCCACCACGCAUCAUGAUGGAUGUCAAGUUUAGAGAGACUGUGUUUGUGAAAGCAGGAGAAACGCUGAAGAUUAAUGCUGACUUUGCUGGACGUCCUGCCCCUGUCAUCUGCUGGACAAAGGAUGACAAAGAGAUUGAGCUGAGAGCCAGAAUUCAGAUUAUUUCAACAGACACAAGCACUUGUGUUGUUGUAAAGGACUGUGUCAAAAGAGAUUCUGGACAGUAUGUGCUAACUGUCCAGAAUAUUGGGGGAACAGUCACUAUGCCAAUUAAUUGUGUGAUAAUCGAUAAACCAGGGCCCCCCGCAGGCCCUCUCCAGAUCACUGGUCUUACAGCUGAGGACUGCACUCUGUCAUGGGGUCCUUCUCAGGAAACUGGUGGUGCUAAAAUCACACAUUAUGUUGUUGAGAAGCGUGAGACCAGUCGUUUGGCAUGGACAUUGGUAAAGGGCGAUGUCACAAAGACCUACUUUAAAGUGACAGGUCUGCUUAAGGGUAAUGAAUAUCUCUUUAGAGUUCUAGCUGUUAACAAGCAUGGCGUUGGGGAGGCUCUGGAGAGUGAAGUUAUAAAAAUUACAGAUCCAUACACAAUUCCAACUGCUCCCGCAGGUGUUGAUGUCACUGAUAUAACUGGAGAUUCUAUGACCCUUACCUGGUGUAAGCCAGCCAAUGAUGGAGGUAGUCCCAUUGCUGGAUAUGUAAUUGAACGUCGUGAGAAGACAGGCAUGCGCUGGAUUCGGGUGAACAGAGAUCUAGUUAAAGAUGUUACCAUGGUGGUGACAAAACUUCGCAAGGGUUGUGAGUAUGACUUCAAAGUCUAUGCUGAAAAUGCAGCUGGCCUGAGUCCUCCCAGUGAACCAUCUGCAACAUUCAGAGCACUAGAUCCCCUGAUUGUUCCUUGUCGUCCAACCAAGCCAAAAAUUAUAAAUUCCACUAAAGACACUGUGUCUAUCCUCUGGAGGCCACCAGCAAAAGAUGGUGGUGCGCCCAUCUUAGGAUAUAGUGUAGAAUACAGAGAAUUUAUUCGCAAACCAGAGCCAGACAUUGAGGAUGAAGAGGAAUAUGAGGAGGAAGAAGUACCUGAGUCACCUGAAGAACUAGCCAGAUGGGUUGAGGCAAUACCUCUUACCAAAAGUUUGGAGUUUACAGUCACUGGAUUAAAGACAGAUGUAGAGUAUGAAUUCUGUGUAAAGGCAAUAAAUAAAGUGGGCAGCAGUGUGCGUAGCCCAUACUCAGAUCCAGGUGCAGCAGCAGACAGAACAGCAGAGCCAUCAUUUGAUGCUGAUAUUGAGAUGCGCAAGGUUCUCAUUGUAAAACAUGGUACGUCAUUCACUCUUAGUGCACCAUUCAAGGGAAAACCAGCACCAACAGUUCAAUGGAGCAAAGAAGGUGUUGAUCUAACAGUAAGAGGAACCAUUGAAGCAACAGAAUCCAGCACAUCUCUGACUAUUGAGAAGUCAACCAGGAAUGACUCUGGAGAGUACUGUGUCACAAUUGAAUCACCAUUGGGUAAAGCAACUUUGCCCAUUGUAGUGAAAGUGCUUGACUCUCCUGGACCUCCAAUCAAUGUCAAAGUUUCAUCUGUGACUAGGGAUUCUGCAACACUGAUGUGGGAAGCUCCAGAAAAUGAUGGUGGAGAUGCAGUAAAAGCCUACCAUGUUGAAAAACGUGAGGCAAGUAAGAAGGCCUGGGUGUCUGUGACAAGCAAUUGUCACGCUUUGACCUAUAAGGUGGAAGACUUGCAGGAGGGUGCUGUCUAUUACUUCAGAGUUAUAGCGGAAAAUGAGAAUGGAGUGGGUGUACCUCAAGAAGCGAAGGGAGGAACAAAGAUUACAGAAGUACCAAGUCCACCACUGAAACUUGGAGUUGCAAAUGUCACUAAAGACAGUGUUACACUUGCCUGGACAAGACCAGAAUAUGACGGUGGAAGCAGGGUCACUGGUUACCUCAUUGAUGCUGUGGAGAAGGGUCAGACCAAGUGGGUGAAAUGUGCAACUGUGAGGACCUUGACUCAUACCAUCAAGAGCCUGAGAGAAGGGGCUGAGUACUUCUUCAGAGUUCGUGCUGAAAACCAUGCUGGACUCAGUGAACCUAAGGAAAUGAUUGUUCCAGUUAUUGUCAAGGAGAUACAGGAGGCUCCAGAAUUUGACUUAAAGAAUUACCCCAAGAAUACAGUAUAUGUAAAAGCAGGAUCUGACCUGACAUUUGAGAUUCCUCUUACUGGCAAACCCAUGCCAAAGGUGACAAUAUCCAAAAACAAUGUUGUCAUCAAAGGGUCCAAGAGACUUCUGACAGAAGUGACUCCUGAUAGCCUACUUAUAACUUUAAAUGAAAGCAUUUCAAGUGAUGCUGGAAAAUAUGAAGUCACUGCCUCAAAUGGAGGGGGAACAACCAAGAUUUCUCUUAUUUUCAUUGUGCUGGAUAAACCUGGACCUCCAGUUGGUCCAGUUCAGAUUGGAGAGGUUGGAGAGACCACAGUAUGUCUAAAGUGGGAUCCUCCAGAAUAUGAUGGUGGAAGUCCUGUUACCAACUAUGUUGUUAUGAAACGUGAAACAAGUACUCCUGCUUGGGUAGAGGUGUCAACUAACAUCGCCAGGAGUGCUAUCAAGGUGACUAAGCUAACCAAGGGGGAGGAGUAUCAGUUCAGAAUCAAGGCUGAGAAUCGCUAUGGUCUAAGCAGCCACAUUGACAGCAAACCAGUCAUGAUCCAACUACCUUACAUAAUCCCGGGUCCUCCAUCCACCCCAUGGGUUAGCUUUGUUUCCAGAGAGAGUUUGACAGUGUGCUGGAAUGAGCCAGUCAGUGAUGGCGGAAGCCCUGUAGUUGGGUAUCACCUUCAAAUGAAAGAGAGAAGCAGCAUCAUCUGGCAGAAGGUUAAUAAAACAGCAAUACCAGGAAACCAGUGGCGAGUUACAAAUAUCUGUCCAGGCCUCAUCUAUGAAUUCAAGGUAGCAGCUGAAAAUGCUGCUGGUAUCGGAAAGAUGAGCAAGACAUCUGAAGAGGUGCUUGCAAUUGAUGCCUGUGAUCCCCCAGCAAAUGUUCGUGUCACAGAAGUCACAAAGAACUCUGUCAGCCUGACUUGGCAGAGACCAGCAUUUGAUGGAGGCAGCAAGAUAACUGGCUACAGUGUGGAGAGAAGGGAAGCUCCUAAUGGCAGAUGGGUGAAGGCCAACUUUACAAACAUCAUUGAAUUGGGCUUCACUGCAUAUGGACUCACUCAAGAUGAAUCUUAUGAGUUCAGAGUUUAUGCUAAGAAUGCUGUUGGAUCUGUCAGCAACCCUUCUCUUAUUGCUGGCCCCGUCACCUGUGUUGAUGCAUGUGGUGCCCCAGCUAUUGAUCUUCCUCCUGAGUAUCUGGAUGUGGUCCAGUAUAAAGCUGGGGCUUCAGUAAAACUUAGAGUAGAAAUUUUUGCCAAGCCUCUGCCAACUAUUGUGUGGCUCAAGGAUGGAAAGGAGCUGGUAUCCUCUUCUACAGUGUCUGUUGAAAGCACAACAGACUCUUCUGCUGUUUUGAUUAAGGAUGCAACUCGCUUUGACACAGGCUCAUAUGAGAUUAAGAUAAAAAAUGUUUUGGGAUCAGCUUCUGCUACAAUAAGGAUUGAAAUCCUUGACAAACCUGGACCCCCCUCUGGCCUUAUCAAUUUCAACUCCAUAACAGCAGACCGGAUAAUCUUCAGCUGGGAACCAGUUCCAGAGUCUGACCAGGGAGGUUCCAAAGUUACCCACUAUAUUGUUGAGAAGCGUGAAACCAGCAGAGUGGUCUGGUCAACUGUUUCAGAUAGACAUGAGAAUACACACAUCACAGUCGGAAAGUUGGUGCGUGGAAAUGAGUAUGUUUUCAGAGUGAUGGGAGUUAACAAAUUUGGAGUUGGAGAGCCUCUCGAGUCUGAACCGGUCAUCGCUAAGAAUGCCUUUGUAACUCCUGGCCAACCUCAUACUCCGGAAGUAAAUACGACCACCAAGACCACAAUGCUAGUAGAAUGGGACAAACCUGGAGUGGAUGGUGGUAGCCCUGUGACUGGCUACUAUCUAGAGAGACGGGAUAAGAAGAGCUUGCGCUGGAUCAGAGUGUAUAAAGAUCCGAUCACUGACAUCAAACAGAUGGUGUACCACCUGACAGAAGGAAAUGAGUAUCAGUAUCGUGUCUGUGCCAUUAACAAAGCUGGGGAGGGACCAUUCUCUGAUGUAUCAGACUAUUAUAAGGCUGCUGACCCAGUUGAUCCACCAGAUGAGCCUUGCAAGCUAAAGGUUGUGGACUCAACAAAGACAUCCAUCACCCUGGGUUGGUCUAAACCUGAAUGGGAUGGAGGUAGCGAGGUUACUAGUUAUAUGGUGGAGAAGCUUGUUGAAGGAGAGAAAGACUGGGCCAUGGUUACUUCCAAGGGUGAGGUUAAGACUACAGAGUACACAGUUCACGAUCUAAAACCAGAUACAAACUACUUCUUCAGAGUCUCUGCUGUGAACUGUGCUGGCCGCGGAGAACCUUUAGAGAUGACUGAGCCUGUGCAGGCCAAAGAUAUCCUGGAGGAAGCACAGAUUGACUCAGAUGUUGCCAUGAGAACUCAUUAUAUUGUCAAGGCUGGUAAAGAUGUGGAGUUGUCUGUUCCAUUGAAGGGCAGACCUGCUCCCACUGCUUCCUGGAGCAAAGGAGAAGAAUGCAUAGAUCGCAAUCCCAAAUAUGAGUUCCAUCACUCAGACACAACAACUGUGCUCAUUAUGCGUGAAGUGACCAGACUUGACACUGGAAAAUACACAGUCAAGAUAGAGAAUGGCGUCGGACAACCAAAAACACUAUCUCUGUCUGUGAAGGUACAGGAUACCCCAGCUCAGUGCAGAAACUUGGUUAUGAAGGAUGUUACCCGUGGAAAAGUCACCCUCUGCUGGGACCCUCCACUCCUUGAUGGUGGUGCUGAGAUCACAAACUACAUUGUUGAGAAGAGGGACUCCUCUAAGAGAUCAUACUCUGCAGUGACAAACAAAUGCACAAAUACUACAUACACUAUUGAAGAUCUCUCAGAAAAGACAACUUUCUUCUUCCGUGUCUUAGCAGAAAAUGAGAAUGGUAUUGGUGAUCCAUGUGAAACACAGGAGCCUGUCAAGGCUACAGAAACUCCAGGACCAGUCAAAGAAAUUUCUAUGAAAGAUUCAUCUAAGACCUCUGUGACACUACAGUGGCUAAAGCCUGAUUACGAUGGAGGCAGCAUCAUCUCUGACUAUGUCAUUGAGAAAAAGCUUAAGGAUGAUGAGUGGUCAAUGGGAGGAGUCAGCAGACAAUGUGAAUUUGAGGUCAAGAAUCUCAAGGAGCACUCUGAGGUGUUCUUCAGAGUUGCAGCCAGAAAUGAGAAGGGACAGGGUGAUUUUGUUGAGCAUGGCCCUAUCAAGGUCAUUGACUACAUCAUCACUCCUGAGGCAGACCUCAGAGAAUACCCAGGUGGUAGCCUCAGUGUGCGUUUGGGUCAUAAUGUUCAUAUUGAGUUGCCAUACAGAGGCAAGCCCAGACCUGCUGUGCAGUGGUUAAAGGACAGCCUGCCUCUGAAGGAAAGUGACCAAGUUCGAUUUAAGACAACUGAAAACAAAGCCACUCUAAUGAUUAAGAAUGUAAAGAAGGAGAAUGAAGGUAAAUACACCCUGAGUCUUGACAACAAGAUCAACAGGAAAUCUUUCCACAUCUUUGUCGUUACUCUUGGUCCACCAUCAAAGCCAGUUGGUCCCAUUCGCCUGGAUGAAGUCAGAGCUGACAAUAUCAUGAUCUCCUGGGAUGAGCCUAAUGAUAAUGGUGGUGGAGACAUUACUUGUUACAUAGUGGAGAAACGAGACACCUCACAGUCUAACUGGAAGAUGGCUUCCUCCCAUGUUGAGGGUACUCAGUUUAGAGUCCCCAAUUUGAUCAAGGGUGUCCAAUACCAGUUCAGAGUGUGUGCUGAAAACCGAUAUGGUGUGAGUGAGCCUCUAAUCUCACAAAUGGUUAUUGCCAAGCACCAAUUCAGACCUCCAGGACCGCCAGGAAAACCAGUUGUUUACAAUGUUACUAAUGAUGGCAUGACAAUCCAGUGGGAAAAACCAAUCUAUGAUGGUGGAACCCCCAUCCAGGGAUAUCAUGUGGAGAAAAAAGAAAAGAAUAGCAUCAUGUGGCAAAAAGUGAACACUGUCCUUAUAAAAGAAAUGGAUUACAGGAUUUUGGAACUCAUAGAAGGUCUUGAGUACACUUUUAGAGUCUAUGCUCAAAAUGAUGCUGGCUUUAGCCGAAUGAGUGAUGAAAGCAAGCCAACAAUGGCUGUGAGUCCUGUUGACCCACCUGGCCAACCUGAUUACAUUGAUGUAACCAGUGACUCAGUAACACUAAAAUGGGAUGCCCCUAAACGUGAUGGCGGUAGCAAGAUAACAAGCUACAGCAUUGAGAAACGUCAAGGACAUGGUCGCUGGUUCAAGGCCAAUCUGACUGAAGUACAUGACUGUCAGUACACUGUCACCGGGUUGACAACAAAUGAGCGCUACGAGUUCAGAGUCAUUGCUAGAAAUGCAAUAGGCAUUGUCAGUCCCCCAUCCAACUCUUCUGGUUUUAUUGCUGUACGAAGUGAAAAUGCUCCUCCAAAUAUUGAGUUUGGCCCCGAGUACUUUGAGGGUUUGACAGUAAAGGCAGGAGAUAACAUCCGGGUGAAAGUGACUGUCACUGGACGCCCAGUUCCGAAAGUUGUCUGGUUCAAAGAUGAUGUGGAGAUUACCAAAAAGAUGAUGGACAUUAUUACUGUUCCUGGAUCCAGCACUCUGUUUGUCCGAGAUGCUGACCGCACACACCGUGGCCUAUACACUGUAGAAGCUACCAAUGGAUCUGGAACCAAAAAGGAGACUAUUCUAAUUCAAGUACAAGACACUCCAGGGGAACCAGUAGGACCAAUCACCUUCACAAAUAUCUCAGAGGGCAAGUGCACUCUGUCUUGGAAUCCACCAGAAAAUGAUGGCUGCUCUGAGAUUACACAUUACAUCAUUGAAAAACGGGAAACUGCCAAAAUUUCCUGGGCCUUAGUGUCUGAUGAAUGUAAGGAGUGUGCUUUUAAUGCCACCAAGCUCAUCAAGUCCAAUGAGUACCAGUUCAGGGUGUCUGCAGUUAACAAGUUUGGUGUUGGUAGGCCCCUGGAAUCCAGUCCUGUCAUUGCACAAUUGCAAUACACAACUCCUGAUGCCCCAGGAACUCCUGAUGCCACUGAGGUGACAGGAGAGAGCAUAACACUGUCCUGGACUCCUCCAACAUCUGAUGGAGGCAACCCUAUUCAGCACUAUAUUCUAGAGAAAAGAGAAAAGAAAACCGUUCGGUUCUACAAGGUGAUCACCAAAAAACCUAUCAUUGAAUGUGCUCACAAGGUGCUUAACCUAUCAGAAGAUAUGGAAUACGAGUUCCGAGUCAUGGCUGUCAACGACGCUGGCGUUGGGCCUCCUAGCAACAUCUCUUUGCCAAUCAAGGCUGCUGAACCUAAAGACAUUCCAUGUGCUCCAUCUGUGGUUUGCGUGUCAGACUCCACAAACACUUCCAUUAGUUUGGAAUGGACCAAACCAGUUGAUGAUGGAGGCAUGGAGAUCAUUGGCUACAUCAUUGAAAUGGUGAAGGGAGAGGGCACUGAAUGGAAGAGAGUAAAUGAGGAACUUGUGUCAGAAACUAAUUAUGUGGUGAAAGGUCUACAGACAGGAGCUGAGUACAAAUUCCGUGUUGCAGCAGUUAAUCAUAUAGGCAGAGGUGAAGACAAGGAGAUUCCAGAACGUGCUCAGGCUGUUGAUAGGUUAACACCACCACAGGUGGACAUUGAUGCCACAUUUAAGCAGACACACAUAGUCAAGGCUGGAAGUUCUAUAUGUUUGGGCAUUCACUUCCGAGGAAAGCCCAUUCCUUCUGCUACAUGGGUGAAGGAGGAAGGAGAGCUAAGUGGAAUGUCAGAGAUCACAACUAUUGAUGGUUACAGCUCUUUAAGCAUCGAAAACUGCUCUAGAUAUGACACAGGCAAAUACACAGUUAACCUGGAGAAUUCCAGUGGUAGUAAGGCUGUUACCUUUGUGGUAAAAGUAAUGGAUACACCUGGACCGCCAGAGGCCGUAGCUUUCAAGGAAGUCUCCAGAGGAUCAGUCACACUUGUCUGGAAGCCACCUGUCAAUGACGGUGGAGCUCGUAUUCAUCACUAUAUUGUUGAGAGGCGUGAGGCUAGUCGACGGACAUGGCAGCAAUCUGGUGGCAAAUGCACACAGGGUAUUCUCAAGAUCCAGGAUCUGCUGGAGGGAGUUCCUUAUUUCUUCAGAGUCUCAGCUGAAAACCACCAUGGUCUGGGUGAGGCCUUUGAGCUAACUGAACCAGUCAUUGCCACAGCAGAGCCAUCAUCUCCAAAGAGACUGGAUAUCAUCGAUACCACAGAUAAUUCUGUGUUACUAGGCUGGUUGAAGCCAGAACAUGAUGGUGGCAGCCGCAUUCAGGGUUAUCUUAUUGAGGCUAGACCAAAGGGUGGAGACAAAUGGGUAGUGGUUGGAAACACCAAGAAUCUUACCUUUGCUGUUGAAAAGCUCAAUAAGGGUGAUGAGUAUGACUUCCGUGUGAAGGCUAAAAAUGAAGCAGGUUAUAGUUUACCAAAGAAAACUCUGGCGCCUGUGCUGGUAAAGGAGCCUCAUAUUGAGCCUGCUGCUGACCUUAGUGAGAUACCCAACCAGCUUAUCACAUGCAGGUCUGGCAGCACAUUCACCAUUGAUGUUCCUAUCAGUGGUAGGCCUGCUCCUAAGGUCUCAUGGAAGUUGGAAGAAAUGAGACUAAAGAACUCAGACAGAGUCACCAUCAAAGUAACUAAAGACAGAGCUAGUAUCUCAGUCAAAGAAGCCAUGAGAGGAGAUGGAGGAAAAUACUAUCUUACGCUGGAAAAUGUAACAGGAACCAAGACAUUUACGGUUGAAGUUAACGUUACAGGCAGACCAAGUCCUCCAUCUGGACCAAUUGAAAUUUCCUCCAUCUCCUCUGAGUCCUGCAUUGUUAAUUGGCAACCGCCUGAGGAUGAUGGUGGCACUGACAUCACCAACUACAUUGUGGAGAAGCGUGAAUCUGGCUCCACGGCUUGGCAGUUGAUCAACUCCAGUGUGAAACGCACAUCUCUUCAUGUUGGUCAUCUGACCAAAUAUAUGCAAUACACAUUCAGAGUCUCAGCUGAGAACCGAUUUGGGGUCAGCAAGCCCACCGAGUCCGAGACGAUCGUUGCAGAACAUCCCUUCUCACCUCCAGGACCCCCAACAAAACCUUCAGUCUUUAAUGUCACAGCAAACACAAUGACUCUAAGAUGGGAGGAACCCUACCAUGAUGGUGGAAGCAAGGUGACAGGCUACUGGAUUGAAAAGAAGGAGAGGAACAAUAUAUUGUGGGUUAGGGAAAAUAAGAUCCCAUGCUUUGAAUGCUACUACAAGGUGGAAGGCCUAGUUGAAGGCCUGCAAUACCAGUUCAGGGUUUAUGCCAUGAACAGUGCAGGACUCAGCAAAGCCAGUGAGGCCUCUAAGGGAGCAGUUGCUCAAAAUCCAGUUGAUCCACCAAGUAAACCUGAAGUUACCAAGGUUACAAGAACCACUGUCUCCUUGAAAUGGUCAGCUCCAUUGAAUGAUGGCGGUAGUCCAAUUGUUGGCUACAUCAUCGAACGAAAGCCCUACACUUUGACAGGCGAGGGCCGCUGGCUCAAGUGUAACUACACCAAUGUAACAGAUCAUUUCUUAACUGUUACCGCCCUGGGAGAGGGAGAGGCCUAUGAAUUUAGGGUGAUCGCAAAGAAUGCCAACCAAGUCUUCAGCACACCAUCUGAAUCCACAGGGUCUGUGCAGUGCAAGACUGAUUUUGAACCACCAAAGGCCAAUUUGGACAGCAAACUUCUCUCUGAAACUGUAAUGGUCAGAGCUGGUUCAGACCUGGUUCUGGAUGCUGCAGUGGGAGGUAGACCUGAUCCAAAGGCUUUCUGGUCCAAGGGCAACAGGGAACUGGAGAUGUGUGAAAAAUAUCACCUGCAGUACAGCCCUACCAGAGCUAUGGCCAUUAUUAAAUUUUGUGACAGAGAUGAUACUGGAAAAUACAUCCUAACAGCCAGAAACGUGAGUGGAACCAAGACUGCAGAGGUCAAUGUCAAAGUGCUUGACACACCUGGAGUGUGUGAAGGCAACAUUGAAAUCAGCAAGAUAACAGAAGAGUCAUGCACUCUAAGCUGGAAGCCUCCUCUUGAGGAUGGCGGAGAUGACAUUACACACUACAUUGUAGAGAGGCGUGAUACCAACAGACUGAACUGGGUGAUCAUGAAUGCUGAGUGCAAGGAGCUGACAUGCAACAUCACUGGUUUGUUCAAGAACACAGAGUACUUGUUCAGAGUUCGUGGAGUCAACAAGUAUGGUUCUGGCGUUUAUCUCCAGUCACAGCCGAUGGUGGCCAAAAACACAUUCACUGUGCCCACUCCUCCUGGAACCCCAGAGAUCCUAGUUUCAGGAAAGGAUUUUGCCACUAUAGAGUGGCUAAAGCCAGAAAAUGAUGGUGGUAGCCCAAUAACUCAUUACCUGGUUGAAAGACAUGAGAGAAAGAGUGCCCGCUGGGUAAAGGUGAACAAGGAUGGUGCUCACCUGGAUACCACUCUAAAGGUGGCCGGUUUGACUGAAGGCAACAUCUAUCAGUUCAGAGUAACAGCCAUAAACAAGGCCGGCGAGAGUGAACCCAGUGAGGUUUCUCUGUAUGUUGUCUGCAGAGUGCCAACGAGCACUCCCGCACCUCCUUCUAUUCCUCGAAUCAUCGACACCCAUGCUGACAGCAUCAGCCUUGCUUGGUCUCGACCUGUGGAAGAUGGAGGUGCUGAUGUCAUUGGCUACAUUCUGGAGAUGCAGGAAGCUGGAGCAGAGGAAUGGAAGAAGGCCCAUGAGAAGACCUUGCGUUCUGCAGAGUAUGUGGUGACUGGACUUUCUGCAGGCAAGAAGUAUUGUUUCAGAGUGGCUGGUAUCAAUGUCAAUGGAACAGGAGACUUUAGUGAACCAUGUGCUGAGACUGAGCCAGUGGAAAGAAUUGAACCUCCUGAUUUUGAGCUCCACGAUGACCUCAAAAAGACAAUCUGCUUGCGUGCUGGUGGCUCCCUCCGCUUAUUUGUCAGUGUCACAGGUCGUCCUGCCCCUACCAUAACAUGGAGCAAACCUGGUGUUGACCUCCAUAAUAGAGGCUUCAUUGAGGUCACAAACAAAUCCACCACUCUCAUAAUUGACAAGGUUCAUCGCUAUGAUGCUGGCAAGUAUACGCUGUUGGCUGAGAACACUGCUGGGAAGCAGGAAGUCAGUAUUCUUGUCAAGGUUUACGACACACCUGGACCAACUGGGCCAAUCAAGAUGAAAGAGCUCACUAAGGACUCUGCCACCAUUUCCUGGGAAGCCCCAGCUGUGGAUGGUGGUGCUCCUGUCAAUAACUACAUAAUUGAAAGACGAGAGGCCUCAAUGAGAGCCUACAAGACAGUAACUUCCAAGUGCAGUAAAACUUCCUAUAAGAUUGAUAAUCUGAUGGAGGGAAUGCUAUAUUACUUCCGUGUCCUCCCUGAAAACAUUUAUGGAAUUGGAGAGCCCUGCGAGACUCCAGACGUCGUCCUGGUUUGUGAAGUUCCUCUUCCACCACAUAAGUUUGAGAUGUCAGAUGUCACUAAGAGCACAGUCACUCUGUCUUGGGAAAAGCCAGAGCAUGAUGGUGGCAGUAGGUUGACAGGUUACAUCAUUGAAGCUUGCAAGUUUGGUACUGACAAGUGGAUGAAGGUGGCAACACUGAAGCUCACAGACUUUGAGCACACCGUAGAGAAACUGAAUGAGAAAGAACAAUAUUUGUUCAGAAUUAAAGCUGUCAACAGCAGAGGAGCCAGUGAGCCAAAAGAACUUGUUGCUGCUGUCACUGUCCAGGAACAGAGAGUGAUGCCUGCAGUAGACUUGUCCAGCAUUCCCCAGAAGGUUGUUAAUGUUUUGGCUGGUAAGACAUUGGAGCUGGACCUCCCAAUCAUUGGCAGACCUCCUCCUGUUUCAUCCUGGUAUUUUGCGGACAACAAGAUAAAGAUAACAGAUCGGGUGAAGGUCAAGAGCACUGGCAAGUUCUCCAAGUUAACUGUGUCUGACACUACCAUUAAUGACAGCGGUGACUACACACUAGAAGUCAAGAAUGCUGUUGGAGUCAUCACUGAGGUCAUCAAGGUCAUCAUUCUCUCUAAACCAGAUGAACCUCAAGGGCCUAUACGAUUUGAUGAAAUUGAUGCCACUACUGUCACCUGCAGCUGGGAUCCCCCAGUCAGAGAUGGUGGAGCUCCCAUUAGUGGUUAUUUAGUAGAACAGCGUGAUGCUCACAGGCCUGGCUGGGUGACUGUUUCUGACUCUGUGAGCAGACCGUUGUUCAGGUUUGAGAACCUCAUUGAGGGAGAUGAAUAUGUCUUCCGUGCAGCUGCUGUGAAUCGCUAUGGCACCGGAGAGUUCCUCCAGUCUGAGAUUGUCACUUGUAGGAGCUUGAAAAAUGUGCCUGGACCUCCUGGUCGUCCAAUUACCUUUGAUGUGUCUCGUGAUGGAAUGACUGUUGCUUGGGAGCCACCAGAUGAAGACGGAGGUCUUGAGGUUUCUGGAUACAUCAUUGAGCGCAAAGAAGUAAGGGCUGACCGAUGGGUGCGUGCAAACAAGAACCCUGUCACUAUGACCAGGUACAGGUCAACUGGGUUGAUUGAAGGCCUGGAAUAUGAACAUAGAAUUACAGCCAUUAACGCAAGAGGCCUGAGCAAACCAAGUUUGCCAUCCAAGCCAGCAGUAGCAACAGAUCCCAUUGAUCCACCCGGCUGUCCUCAAAACCCAAGAAUCACAGAUACUACCAAGUCAUCUGUGUCACUUGCUUGGAGUCCACCUGAUGAUGAGGGAGAUGCUAGAGUAGAUGGUUAUUUGAUUGAGAUGCAGAAGGUGGGCUCUGUGGCUUGGAUCAAGUGCAACACCACUCCAUCUCUCAUAUGCGAGUACACGCUGACCAACAUGCCACAAGGAGAGGAGUUCAAAUUCCGUGUAAUGGCUUGUAAUGCUGGUGGUUCUGGAGAACCUGCAGAAGUACCAGGAACGGUCAAAGUAACAGAAAUGCUUGAAUCCCCUGAUUAUGAACUGGAGUUGAAAUACAAAGAUGUGUACGUUGUCCGUCAUGGAGGAGUGGUUAGACUCUCUGUACCCAUUAAAGGCAAACCCCUUCCAACUUGUAAAUGGUCAAAGGAUACUGGAGCUAUCGCUGUGAAGGCUAUGAUUGCCUCCACCGAGGACUCCAGUGAGUUGGUGAUAAAGGGAGCAGAAAGGAGUGACUCUGGUCUGUAUGAGCUCCUGCUGGAAAAUAAGGUUGGAAAGAAGAAAGCCCAGAUUAAGGUCAGAGUCAUCGGGCGCCCAAGUGCUCCAGAGGGACCGAUGGUCUUUGAGGAAAUCCAAGCCAACUCUGUAAAGGUCUCCUGGAAGCCACCCAAGGAUGAUGGCGGCUCAGAGAUUCUUGGCUACAUUGUAGAAAGGCGUGAAGCAGCCAGAAAUGCCUGGUACACCGUGGACUCUAGAGUAACUGAGACCCAGCUUGUUGUUAAGGGCUUAAAAGAAGGAACAGAAUACCACUUCAAAGUUACUGCUGAAAACUCAUUUGGCAUCAGUGCAUCUCUAAAAUCUGAACAGCCGCUAGUACCAAAGACUCCUCUCUGUCCUCCUGAGCCUUCAACUGCACCACCUGAGAUAAUGGAUGUUACCAAAAGCUCAGUGGCACUUGCCUGGUCCAGACCAAAGGAUGAUGGAGGAUCUGCCAUCAACGGUUAUUUUGUUGAGUACAAGGAGGUUUCCACUGAGACAUGGAUCCGCCACGAGACCAAGAUCAUCUCUACUAUGUUCACUUUACAUGGACUUACCCCUGAUACAGACUACCAAUUCCGCAUUAUUGCUGUUAACAACAUAGGUGAAAGUGAGGCUGGUCCAGCAUCUGAUCCUGUGACAUGCAAAGAUCCAUUUGACAAGCCCAGCCAACCAGGAGAGAUUGACACAGUGAAUGUGAGUAACAACUUUAUUACUAUUUCCUGGCAACCUCCUGAGUGUGAUGGUGGAAAGGAAGUCCUGGGCUACUGGGUUGAGUACAGAAAGUCUGUGGAGAGCACCUGGAAGAAGUGCAAUAAACAGAGGGUUAAGGAAAAGGAAUUCACUAUGGUGGGCUUGGCUGAGGCCACCGAAUAUGAGUUCAGAGUCUUUGCUGAGAAUGAAACAGGAAUGAGUAGACCCCGUAGGACUGCCACAUGCAUCAAGACGAAACUAAUAGCUGAAAGUAAACCAAGCCUUAGGAAAGAAAUGGAUGAAACCACCGCCAAGCUUGGACAGCCUGCUGUCAUGAAAUGCCAGAUUGUUGGCCGACCUGUUCCAGAAAUUAAGUGGUAUCACGCUGGCAAGGAAAUUGUUGAGUCCCGCAAGUAUGAGAUGAGCUCUGAUGGCCGCAACCACUCCCUGUCUAUCAUGACAGACCAGCAGGAAGAUGAAGGAGAAUAUACCUGCAAGGCAGUGAAUGAAGCAGGAGAAGUUGAGACCACUGGCAUUCUAGUGUUGGAGGCUGCUCCAUCCUUCCACCCCGAUUACCCUCUUAAGGAAACAUAUUAUGCUGGACUGGGAACAACUCUACGCAUCCAUGCCGUUUAUAUUGGUCGUCCUCAGCCAAAGAUCAUGUGGCUGCAUGGAGCUAAGACACUGGAAAACACAGAGGAUAUUAGCAUUGAGACCACUGAGCACUACACACACCUAAUAGUAAAGAAUGCUCAGCGCAGAGUGAAUGGAGGAAAAUAUAGGAUCAGAUUGCAUAACCACUUUGGCAGGGCUGACACUGCAUUCAAUGUUGAAAUUUAUGACAAACCUGAUAUACCUCAGGGACCCAUUGUCCUGGAUGCCCUCCUUAAGAACUCUGUCAUUAUCAGCUGGAAACCUCCCAAGGAUGAUGGAGGCUGUAUGAUCACCAACUAUAUUGUAGAAAAAAGAGAAGACAAAGAGGGCACGGAGUGGGAACUUGUGUCUUCCUCCAUUAACAGCACAUCUUGCCGUGUGCCCAACCUCAUUGACAGUGCUGGAUACUUUUUCCGUGUUUAUGCCCAGAAUAGAUAUGGCAACAGUGAGCCACUGGAGCUCAUCUCCCCCAUCCUGAUCAAGAGCCAACUGGAGAGACCAUCACCACCUUUGUCACCAGUUGUUUCUGGUAUCACUAAGGAUUCCUGUGUGGUUUCCUGGAAACCCCCACUAAGUGAUGGGGGAUCUAAGAUCAAGAGCUAUUGCCUUGAAAAGAAACAUAAAAAAGAUAAGAAGGAAUGGACCGAAUGGACUCCAGUUACCACAGAUGAGAUCAAGCAAACUGUGUUCUCCGUCAAACGCCUGACUGAGGGCAUUGAAUACAUCUUCCGUGUCAAGUGUGAAAACCUUGGAGGAGAAAGUGAUUACAGUGAGGAGACCCCUGCCAUCAUACCUGCAACUGCCAUAGACGUCCGCGCUCCUGCCUUCAAGGAGGAGCUGAGGAACAUGAGUGUCAAAUACAAGAGCAAUGCUACCCUUGUGUGCAAGAUUACAGGGCAGCCUAAGCCUGUGAUUAAAUGGUUUAGACGAGGAAAGGAGAUCCACUCAGAUGGAAAGAAGAUCAAGAUCCAGGAGUUUAAGGGAGGAUACCACCAGCUGGUCAUCACUGAGGCUGAUGAGGAAGACUCCACUGUUUAUCAGAUCAGAGCCACCAACCAAGGGGGCUCAAUAUGUGCUACAGUCUCUCUAGAUGUUGAAAUCCCUGCCAAGAUCCAUUUGCCAAAGAACCUGAAAGACAAGGAAGCCAUCCCAGCUUUACGUGGGGAGGUGGUCAAUAUCAAGAUUCCCUUCAGUGGUAAACCAGAUCCUGUUAUUACAUGGCAGAAGGGACAAGAUCUUAUUGACAGUAAUGGUCACUACCAGGUGAUCGUCACCAGAUCGUUCACUUCCCUGGUUUUUGCCAAUGGAGUGGAAAAGAAGGAUGCAGGUUUCUACAUUGUCUGUGCCAAGAACAGAUUUGGUAUUGAUCAACAAACCGUUGAAUUGGAUGUUGCUGAUGUGCCUGAUCCACCUCGUGGCAUCAAAGCCAGUGAUGUAUCCAGAGACUCAGUCACACUGAACUGGGUGGCUCCAGCCAAUGAUGGUGGCAGCAAGGUUGUAAGCUACAUCAUUGAAAAAUGUCCGACCACUGCUGAGAGGUGGGAACGUGUUGCACAGUCCCGUGACACCCACUACACUGUAAUUAAUUUGUUUGGAGGUACAAGCUAUCAGUUCAGAGUUAUUGCUGAAAACAAAUUUGGACAGAGUGCUCCAUCUGAAAGCAGUGGACCUGUCAUGACUAAAGAAGACAAAUCCAGAGUUUUGCUUUAUGACAGGGAGGUUGGUGAUACUGAACGAGUUCCCAAGGGCAAAGCUCAACACUCCGACACCAAGAAUCUGCACAACAAAUAUUCCAUUGCAGAAGAACUGGGCAGAGGCCAAUUUGGCAUUAUUCACCGCUGUGUUGAUAUUAGCUCUGAGCAGACCUACAUGGCCAAAUUUGUCAAAGUGAGAGGUGCUGAUCAGGCAAUAAUUAAAAAGGAAAUUGCAACACUCAAUUUGGCCAAACACGCUAACUUCCUGCUUCUUCAUGAGUCCUUUGAAAGCCCAGAGGAAUUGGUCCUGAUCUAUGACUUUAUUUCUGGCCAUGACAUCUUUGAGCGCCUUAAUACAGCAGAGUUUGAGCUCAAUGAACGGGAGAUUGUUAACUAUAUCAGGCAGAUUUGUUCAGCCCUGGAAUAUUUGCAUUCUCAGAGAUAUGGGCACUUUGAUAUCAGACCUGAAAACAUUGUAUACACAACUAGAAGCAGCUCAAUUGUGAAGAUUAUUGAACUGGGACAAUCCAGACACCUGACACCUGGAGAACAAAUCAAGAUUCAGUACACUACUGCAGAGUAUGCUGCCCCUGAGAUCCACCAGUGUGACAUGGUUAGUACAGUUACUGACAUGUGGUCUGUGGGUGUCCUUACCUACGUGCUUCUCAGUGGUCUUAAUCCAUUCACAGCCGAAACCAACCAACAAAUGAUUGAUAACAUUUCAAAUGCAGCCUAUGGCUAUGAUGAUGAGUCAUUUAAGCAAGUCAGUGUAGAAGCCUUAGACUUUACAGAUCGUUUAAUGACAAAAGAACGCAAGCACCGUAUGACUGCAGCUGAGGCUCUGCUGCAUCCAUGGCUAACAAAACCUACAGAAGAGAUAAGUGCCAGGGCAAUCCCAGUAGGUAGACACAAGAGAUACUACCAGGCAAUGGUCAAGAAAGAAUGGAGCACUGUAGUUUCUGCUGCCCGGGUGGCCAGCGGUGGUUCAAUCAGGUCCCAGCGUGGUGUCUUUGUCUCUAAAGUAAAGAUUGCUCCAUUUGAACAUGGUCCUCUUGCAGGCCAAGUUAGCCAUGCAGUGGUCAAUGAAGGAGACAAUGUGAAGUUCAUCUGCAACAUUGAAAAUUAUGACAGCACCACUGAAGUUACAUGGUACUGUGGUGUCAGGCAACUUGAAGCUGGAGACAAGUAUGAAAUUGAAUAUGAAGAUGGUCUGGCUGUCAUUACCAUCAACAAGAUCACUAGAGCAGAUGAUGGCACGUACAGAUGCAAGGUUGUGAAUGAGUAUGGUGAAGAUAGUGCUUAUGCAGAGCUUUUUGUCAGUGGGGUUAGAUCCUACCGUGACUUCUUCACUACUCGUGUGGUUAGAAGAACAAAGCGAAGAGUUGACACUGCUAGAAUGCUGCAGAAGCCACCAGAAUUUACUCUUCCUCUGGUCAACCGCACAGCCUAUCUUGGUGAGGAUGUGCGCUUUGGAGUAACCAUCACUGUUCAUCCUGAGCCUCGUGUUAUCUGGCAUAAAUCUGGACAAAAGCUUAUCCCUGGACAUGAUGACAGGAAAUACACCUUCACUACUGACAAAGGCUUGUACCAGCUUAUAAUCCACAAUUUGGAAAAGGAGGAUGAUGCUGAGUACAGUGUUGUAGCCCGUAACAGGUAUGGAGACGACAGCUGCAAGGCCCGCCUCACUGUUGUUCCUCGUCCUAAACCAGCAGACCUCACUUUGAGGCCCAUGUUCAAACGGCUGCUUGCAAACAUUGAGUGCAGGGAGGGUCAGAAUGUUCGUUUUGAGAUUAGAGUUUCUGGCCACCCAACACUGAAGUGGGAGAAAGAUGGCACACCUUUAGCCUUUGGACCAUCCAUAGAAGUUGUUCAUGAAGGCUUGGACUACUACAUCCUUCAUGUAAGAGACACUCUCCCUGAGGACUCUGGUGUAUACAGGGUUACAGCAACCAACUCUGCUGGAUCUGCCAGUUGCCAAGCAACUCUUAAAGUGGAGAGAGUAACUCAUGUGAAAAAGGAGUAUGAGCCCAGUGAAAAGGAGAAGCAAAAGAUAGCUGGACAAGAGGAAUUGGACAAAAAGGUUAGACUGGCUCAGAUUUUGUCAGGCACUGUUGUUACACCUCUUCCACCCGCAGCAGUAGAAGCUGUCAGGGAGGCAGCCACUAUGUUUAAACCUGCUGUCACAACUAAGAAAGGUGAGAAAACUGAGGCUGAGAUCAAGAAAGAACAAGAGGAGAGAAAGAAGAGAGCAGAUGAGAAAAGGCUUCGUAUGCCAUAUGUUGUUCCUGCACCUCGUGUCAUUAAUCCAGCUGUUCUUGAGGAAGAUGUAGAAAUUAAACACUUCCAGCCACUGUCUGACAUGAAAUGGUACAAAAAGCUGCGGGAUCAAUAUGAAUUCCCUGAGCCAAUGGAAAAAAUCAGGCAAAAGAGAAUGAAACGUAUCCGUCUGUCACGGUGGGAACAGUUUUAUGAGGUGCCCAUCAGGAUCAAGGAACAGUAUAAGCCUAAGUGGCGCAUCUCUUCAAUGACUCAGGAUGACUUGGAGACUGUGAGACCUGCAAGGCAUCGCACUCCUUCUCCUGAAAUGGAGGCCUACCGCAGGCUCAGGAGACGUUCUCUGGGAGACCUCUCAGAUGAGGAGCUGCUGCUCCCUGUAGGUGAAUAUCUCUCUAUGAAGAGAACAGAAGAAGAAAGACUCCGUCUGGAGGAAGAGUUGGAGCUUGGUUACUCUGCUUCUCCACCUAGUCUAAGUCCAGUUCGCUUUGAGCUGUCUGCUUUGCGCCCAACAUCUCCACGGAGAGUCUACAGUGAUGAGGAAGAAGGAGAAGAGAUUAAAAGAUAUGAUUCAUACAGAAUUCCUUCUAAAUAUGAGGCUGGCCCAAGUUUUGUUGAUCUCCGCCAACGUCAUGACAAGACAACAUACAAGCCUCCAAGACAGAAACAACGGGUGUAUGAAGAAAGAGAAGAUUUGGAGCUGCUACGUCCACAUGCAACCACUCAGAGAAUCUCUUCUUACAAGAGUCAACUCAAGCACAUGGAAUUUGAGGAGAAGACACGCACCUCUAAAAAGGAAGCCGUUACAGUUUCAACCUACUCUGAGAGCACUGAAUCUGAGCAUCUAACAACUUUUGCAACAGAAUAUAUUCCUAAGCCUAUUAAAAAGAUUCCAUUACCUGAACCACAGGUAGAAAAGUCAUACGAAGCAGAAAAGGCUCUAAAGACAGAUGUCACACUUCCAAAAGUGGACUUUUUGUCCAGGUAUGAGGAGAGAAAACAGGCACUCAGAUCAGAGAGAAGAUCUGUAGAGAAGAAAGUUGAGGUUGUAACACAGGCUCCCUUCAGCCUGGACCACGCCCCACGUAUUACCAUCAGGAUGCGAUCUCAUCGUGUACCCUACGGUUCCAACACAAAAUUUACCCUGAAUAUCCAAGCCAAACCUGAACCUGAGAUCAAAUGGUUCCACAAUGGCAAGGAGAUUCAUCAGAGCAGCAAAUACUACAUGACCAACAUCAGUGGAGUUUUAACUCUCCAGAUCAACAACUGUGUGACAGAAGAUUCAGGUACAUACCGUGUAGUCUGCAAGAAUGCUAAAGGAGAAACUUCGGAUUAUGCUACAUUAGAUGUAGCAGGGGAAGAGUAUGCUGCUUUUUCAUCACUCCGCAAAGAUGAGGAACCACCAUCAGCUCAUCUGCCAGAGAUGACACGAACAGAAGUGUAUCAUGUUUCUUCAUCCAAAACAACUGUAAAGGAAACGGUCACUGAAAUUGUAAAAGAGACAACUACUGUUGUUGAGGAGCCAAGGGAGAAACCAGGAGUCCCUGCCACAAUCCUGACUAAACCACAGUCCUUGACUGUGGAGGAAGGAGACAAUGCCCGAUUUGAGUGUGAUGUGGCUGGUGAACCAGCACCUUCCAUGUCCUGGCUUCGUGAAGGAACCACCGUUGCUCCUUCUGCCCGUCACCACAUUGUAUCCACUCAGUACAAUUCUACCUUUGAGAUUUCUGCAGUUGAGGUGUCGGAUGAAGGGAGUUACACCUUGCUAGUAGAAAAUGCUAGUGGAAAGCAGGAAGCCCAUUUCACUUUAAAAAUAAAAAAGUCUGAGUCAAAGGAGAAAGUAGUUGCUACUCCCAGAAUUACUUCUCCUGAGGCUAAAUCACCAUUACCCAAGUCCCCUGAACCAGUCAAAUCCCCUCAGAGAGUCAAGUCACCUGAGCCAGUCAAAUCUCCCCAAAGAGUAAAAUCUCCAGUUUCCCCAAAGUCCCCGACACCAAAGUCCCCGACACCAAAGUCUCCUACUCCGAAGUCCCCAACUCCCAAAUCCCCAACUCCAUCUGAAAGGGAGCAAGUGAUCCCACCAAUCAAGUCACCCAAGAGGGUGAUGUCACCAACUAUUGCAAAGAAGCCCUUUUUUUCAGCAGGACUCAAUGAUGUCACUGCAUCCUGUGACUCUAUUGUCAAACUGUCUGUGAAGGUGACAGGAGAGCCCAAACCUACUGUGUCUUGGUCAAAGGAUGGAAAGGCACUGUCUCAAGGUGGAAAGUAUGAAUUAUUUGAGGACCAAUGUUCAGCUCAUCUAGAGAUCUAUGAAUCAGAGGUAUCCGAUAGUGGUGUCUACAAGUGCACAGCCAUAAACUCCUCUGGAGCAGUAUCAACAACCUGCACAGUCACAGUGAAAGAAUUAAAGAGCCCAGUUCCAAUCUCUGAGGAAAUCCUAAGAAAGAAAAUGGUGGAUGAGGAAAUAUUGUCUUGCAUGAAGGAUGUGAAGUCCUCUGAAAUCCAGAAAUCCAUCAAAGAAGGUCAGUCUGUGACUCUUAGGGCCAACAUUCAUGGGGCUUCUGACAUCAGAUGGAUUCUGAACGGGCAGGAACUGGACAACUCAGAGCAGUACAAAUAUGGGGUAUCUGGAAAUGACCAGACUCUGACCAUCAAGUGUGUAAGUCAGCGAGAGCAAGGGAUUAUCACCUGUCAAGCUCAAACAGAGCAAGGCCUGAUUCGGUGUCAGUUCAACAUCGAUGUCACACUCAAGAGCUCUGAUGCUCCCUACUUCCUGGUGCAACCAAGGUCUCAAAACGUGAACGAGGGACAAAAUGUUACGUUUACAUGUGAAAUUGGUGGAGACCUUUCCCCUGAAGUGGAGUGGUUGAAAGACAACACAGUUAUUUGUGUCACUCCAAACAUCAAACUGAGCCGUUCGAAGAACUUAUACACACUGGAGAUUUGUGAAGCCACAAUUGCAGAUAGUGGGAAAUAUACAAUAAAAGCCAGGAAUAAGUUUGGGCAGUGCUCUGCAACAUCAUCGCUCAACGUCCUUACUCUUGUUGAGGAACCAAUACAAAUGCCUAUUGUGGAGCAAAGAGCUUCUACUGAGGCUGCUAUGAGCAUGCAGAAAAGUUUCUUAGCCUCGUCAGUUCAUGUGGAAGCUUCCUCAAUGCAGGCCAGCAGUUACAGCAGCAGUUCCCACUCUGCUGUUGGCCAAUAUUCGUUUGACAGCAUGUCUGCAACAAGCAUGUCUGCCAUGAUGGCUGAGUCAGUGGUUUCCAUGAGCUCCAGCAGCAAAACAACUGGAAUGUCUGCCUGUUCGCAUGUAAAGGCGUUUUCUACCGGGGCUAAAACAGGCACUCCACCAAAGAUCGAAGCUCUUCCACAGGAUGUUAGUGCAGAGCCGGGGAAGUUUCUGACAGUGGCAGGCCUGUUCUCUGGAGAUCCUGCCCCCUCAGUUCAGUGGGUCCGCUCAGGUCGGACCCUUCCCAAUGGAGAUGAGCGGUUCCACGUGGAUAACACAGCAGAUCUCUCCACCCUAAUGAUCUCUGGGGUGAAGGAGGACGACGCCGGAGCAUACACACUCCGACUGUCCAACGACCUUGGCUCUGACUCUGCAACUGUCAACGUGCACAUCCGGUCCAUGUAAAAAAUGAGAAAAAAAAUCAUAUCCCCUAUUCCCUUAGUCCUCAACUUUUUAUUUACAAUAAUCUUACUUGAUAAAGAUCUGGAAUAUUCUUGUAAAUAGGAACUAUUUUUGUACCAAACUUGACGUUAAUUUAUGCCAAACUAGACUAAAGUCUAAAGUUGUAAAAUGUGCCAUAUUGGAUAACUAUGACUCAAUUUUUCUGUGACAUGUACAUAAUGUAUAUAGCCGAGUUUACCGGUUAUGGGAAAUGUAUGCAUUGUUAUUUAUGACAAUAAUAUUAACUGAAA